GUUAAAUUAUCUCGGGAUUAUAUUUUGUAUUUGUGAAUGUUAAGAAUCAGGCACAGCUCCAUGUCCUCAGCAGUGAUCUGAUUGGCUGGUUCAGGGUCAUGACACAGGCACAGAGGAAAGCCCCGGUCCCCCCACAGGCAUGCUGGGAAGCCUCAGCAGGGUGCCAACCAACAUGUCAACACAGGCGCCGACAUUCACUCAGCCGCUUCAGAGCGUCGUGGCACUAGAGGGUAGUGCCGCGACGUUCGAGGCUCAAGUUAGUGGUUCCCCAGUUCCUGAGGUGAGCUGGUUUCGUGAUGGCCAGGUUCUUUCCGCCGCCGCUCUACCCGGCGUGCAGAUCUCGUUCAGCGACGGCCGUGCUGUUCUGAGGAUCCCCGCUGUGACCGCCGCACACAGCGGGAGAUUUUCUGUCAGAGCAACCAACGGAGCUGGACAAGCCACGAGCACCGCUGAACUCCUCGUUACAGCGGAGACGGCGCCUCCAAACUUCCUCCAGAGACUGCAGAGCUCCACAGUGAGACAGGGCAGCCAGGUGAGGCUGGAUGUCCGUGUGACAGGAAUCCCAACACCUGUGGUGAAGUUCUUCAGAGAGGGAGCCGAGAUCCAGAGCUCAGCCGACUUCAGGAUCCUUCAGGAAGGAGACCUGUACAGUCUGCUGAUCGCUGAGGCCUUCCCAGAGGAUUCUGGGACAUAUUCUGUAACCGCCACCAACAGCAGCGGACGAGCCACCUCCACCGCUGAGCUGCAGGUUCAGGGAGAAGAAGCUGUACCUAUGAAGAAAACAAAGACUAUUGUGGCCUCGUCCCAAAUGGCUAUGUCCCAAAUGGCCGCUUCUCAGGCCACCCUGCAGAAGAAAGUUGAGAUGGGUUUCCAGGCCACCACCAUGAUGGAGAUGCAUGUAGAAGGAGGAAUGAUGACUCAGCAUUUGGCUCACAAAACCCCACCGCGGGUUCCCCCAAAACCGACUUCCAGGUCCCCCCCGUCCUACAUUUCUAAGGUGGGGGGCGGACGUCAGCAGUCACCUUCACCUGUCAGGCAUGUGAAGGGGCCGACACCCGCACCUGUCAGACCUGUUUCUCCUUCAAUGAGACCGUCUGUCUCUCCAAUCAGACCUGUGAAGUCUCCUCUCAUGAGCAGGAAACAGGUGUCUUCCUCUCCUGAGGUCCUGCCACCCUGGAAGCAGGGAGACUACAUGGCAGAAGCCAGCUACAUGACUAGUAUGACCAGCAUGUCCAGUAUGAGCAGCACAACCCAGCUGCAUAUGGAGAAGCACUGGGAGCAGCAGGUCACCGCCACCAGAGAGGAGGCUGCUGCCGUGCCCACAAGAGCUCAGGAAGCUGUUGUCCCUCCCACUCUCAUUGCUGGCCUGAAGAAUGUGAAUGUGACAGAGGGCGAGUCCGUGACCCUGGAGUGUCAGAUCAGUGGUCACCCCGCCCCCACCAUCAUGUGGUUCAGAGAGGACUACAAGAUUGAGAGCUCCAUCGACUUCCAGAUCACCUACAUGAGCGGAUACGCCCGCCUGGUGAUCCGUGAGGCGUUUGCUGAAGACAGCGGACGCUUCACUUGCACCGCCACCAGUGAGGCCGGAACCAUCAGCACCUCCUGCUACCUGCUCGUUAAAGUGUCAGAGGAAAUUGAAAGCAGAGAGGAAAUGAUGACCGUCACCGAAGUUGGAAUCAGUCAACAGAGAACCUGUUCUCCCUUCAGUGUUGAGACAACACAACAGAUGGUGUCUGAGGUGAGCGCAGGAGAGGCUGCUGCUCCCUUCUUCAUCAAGAAACCGACCCCUCAGAAACUGGUGGAGGGAGGCAGUGUGGUCUUUGAAUGCCAGAUUGGAGGAAACCCAAGACCUCACAUUAUAUGGAAGAAGAGUGGAGUGCCGCUCACUACUGGAUACAGAUAUAAAGUUGCCUACAAGAAGGAGACAGGAGAGUGCAAGUUGGAGAUCUCCAUGACCUUUGCUGAUGAUGCUGGCGAAUACGCCAUCUUUGUGAAGAAUACACACGGAGAAGCCUCAGCCUCCGUUACCCUGAUGGAGGAAGAGCAAUACGAUGCAUACAUGAUGCAACAAGACGUGACAUAUAAAACUGAAGUGACAACGACGACGACAGUGAUCCAGGAGCCCUCUGUGGUAGUGAGUCAGUACGAGGUGGAGCAGAGGAGAGUGACAACCCCCAUGAGCUUUGUCUCAGAAACAGAGUUUCUAAUUUCAGCCUUUGAGGAAAGAAUCAUCCAAGAGAUUGAGCUCCGUAUCAUGAGGAUCACAUACAGCGAGCUGGUGAUCGAGGAUGGAGAGAUGAUGGUGACUAUUGCAGAGCACGAGGCACUGCAGCCGGCCUUUGACACACCUGUUAAAAACUACAGGAUCAUGGAGGGAAUGGGCGUCACUUUCCACUGCAAGAUGGGAGGAAGUCCUCUGCCAAAGAUUGCAUGGUACAAAGACGGCCAGCGCAUCAGGGCUGGUGGACGUUACCAGAUGGAGGUACUGCAGGACGGACGGGCCAGCCUUCGUCUGCCUGUUGUGCUCCCAGAGGAUGAGGGCGUGUACACCGCCUUCGCCUCCAACAUGAAGGGAAAUGCCGUCAGCUCUGGAAAGCUCUACAUCGAGCCAUCUGGAACUGUGACACCCCAGAGAUACACACCUCAGCCAGCCAUGCAGAGGAUCAGAUCUACUUCUCCUCGUUCUAUGAGCCGCUCUCCUGGACGUUCUCCCAGCCGUUCUCCUGGACGUUCUCCUGCCAGAAGGCUGGAUGAUACAGACGAGGCUCAGCUGGAGAGACUGUACAAGCCUGUCUUUGUAAUGAAGCCUUCUUCCAUUAAAUGCUCUGAGGGACAGACUGCCAGGUUCGACCUCAAGGUCGUUGGCAGACCAAUGCCGGAAACUUACUGGUUCCACAAUGGACAACAAGUGGUCAAUGACUACACCCACAAGAUAGUGAUCAAGGAGGAUGGCACCCAGUCCCUGAUCAUCGUCCCUGCCAUGCCUCACGACUCUGGAGAGUGGACAGUCAUCGCUCAGAACAGAGCUGGACGGACCUCGGUCGCUAUAACUCUCACUGUUGAUGCUCGAGAAAGCCUGGCGCGCCCUCAGUUUGUAGAAAAGCUGAGGAACAUCACCGUGAAGCAGGGCACUCUGGUUGAACUGGCUGUCAAAGCCAUCGGAAACCCCCUGCCUGACAUCGUGUGGCUGAAGAACAGUGACAUUAUCACUCCUCAGAAACACCCACAAAUCAAGAUUGAUGGAACCAAAGGAGAGGCCAAAUUCCAGCUCCCGUCUGCUGCAAGCACAGACAGCGCCUGGUACACAGCGACAGCCAUCAACAAGGCUGGCAGAGACACCACUCGCUGCAGAGUCAAUGUUGAGGUAGACUUCACAGCUCCUCAAGCUGAGAGGAAGCUCAUUAUCACCAAAGGAACCUACAAGGCCAAGGAGAUCGCAGCUCCAGAGCUGGAGCCUCUCCACAUGCGAUAUGGUCAAGAGCAGUGGGAGGAGGGCGACCUCUACGACAAAGAGAAGCAGCAGAAACCAAUGUUCAAGAAGAAGCUGACCUCUAUCCGCAUGAAGCGCUUUGGUCCAGCUCACUUUGAGUGCAGACUGACUCCUAUUGGCGACCCCACCAUGGUCGUGGAGUGGCUGCACGAUGGCAAACCCCUGGCAGCUGCCAACAGACUGCGCAUGGUCAAUGAAUUUGGUUACUGCAGUCUCGACUAUGAAGCUGCUUAUGCCAGAGACAGCGGGGUCGUCACCUGCAGGGCAUCAAACAAGUUUGGAGUGGACCAGACCUCAGCCACCCUGAUCGUCAAGGAUGAGAAAGGCCUUGUUGAGGAAUCACAGCUCCCUGAAGGCAGGAAGGCUCCUCUUAGAAUGGAUGAGAUGGAGCGCAUGGCUCACGAGGGAGGACCUGCUGGAGUCAGCAUUGAUGACGAGUAUGAAAAGACCAAACCCGAUAUCGUCCUUGUUCCUGAACCAGCCAGAGUGCUGGAGGGAGACAUUGCAAGAUUCCGCUGCAGAGUGACCGGUUACCCCGCCCCCAAGGUCAACUGGUACCUCAACGGACAACUCAUCCGCAAGAGCAAGAGAUACAGACUUCGUUAUGAUGGUAUUUACUACCUGGAGAUUGUGGACAUCAAGUCCUACGACUCAGGAGAGGUCAGGAUAGUGGCAGACAAUCCUCUAGGCACAACCGAGCACACUGUGAAGCUGGAGAUCCAGCAGAAGGAGGACUUCAGGGCCGUGCUGCGUCGUGCUCCAGACUCGAAGUCUGCAGAUGCUUCACAUGAAGCUGGGAGGAUUGGGUUUGAUGUUGUGAAAGUUGACCGACCUGGCGAAAGUGCACAGGACAGGGAAGUUGUUAAACUGCGUAAGACACAGAGGGUGGUUCACGAAAAAACCUCUGAGGAGUCUGACGAGCUGAAGAGCAAGUUCAAGCGCAGGACAGAGGAGGGUUUCUACGAGUCCAUCUCUGCUGUGGAGUUCAAAUCUCGUAAGAGGGAUGACUCAUAUGAGGAUCUCCUGAAGAAGACUAAGGACGACUUGCUUCAUCACUUGAAGAUGAAAGAGGAAGCUGAGAGGAAGAGGCUGGAGGAACAGGGCCAAGUCACCAUCCCCACUUUCAAACCAGAGAGGGUCCAGCUGUCCCCCAGCAUGGAGGCACCCAAGAUUCUGGAGCGCAUUGCAAGCAAGACAGUAACUCCCAAUGAUGAGGUUCACUUCCGGGUCAGAGUCGUCGGCAGACCAGAACCUGAGUGCCAGUGGUUCAAGAACGGUAUCCUGGUUGAGAAGACUGAGCGUGUGUACUGGUACUGGCCUGAGGAUCACUUGUGUGAACUGGUGAUCAAAGACGUCACAGCUGAAGACUCGGCCAGCAUCAUGGUUAAAGCCAUGAACAUUGCUGGUGAGGCCUCAAGCCAUGCCUUCCUGCUGGUGCAAGCCAAGGCAACAAUUAACUUCAUCCAGAACCUGGAGGAUGCCAGCGCGAAUGAGAAGGACACCAUGGUGACCUUUGAGUGUGAAACCAAUGAGCCUUUCGUUAAAGUGAUAUGGUUCAAGAACAACAUGCAGAUCUUCUCUGGAGACAAGUACAGGAUGCACUCUGACAGGAAGGUCCACUUCCUGUCCGUUCUGGUGAUUGACAUGAAUGAUGAUGCUGAAUACAGCUGUGUGGUUGAAGAAGACGAGAGCAUCAGAACAACUGCAAGGCUCCAUGUAGAAGGCGCUGCCUUGGAGCUCAUAAAGCACAUGGAGAACAUUGAGGUGCCUGAGACCUACUCUGGAGAGUUUGAGGUUGAGCUGUCUCGUGAAGAUGCUGAAGGCAGCUGGUUCUUUGGAGACAAAGAGCUUUCUUCAAGCAGUAAAUAUGUCAUGUCCUCCCGCCGUGGAAGACACAACCUCUCCAUCAAGGAAGUCAGGAAAAUGGACCAGGGCAAAUACACCUUUGUAUGUGGAGAACUGAAGACCAGCGCCUCACUGAAGAUGAAAUUGCGCCCGGUGACGCUGAUGCAGCCCUUGACCGACCUCACAGUCUGUGAGGGAGACAUUGCCCAGCUGGAGGUCAGGUUCUCUCAGGAGAAUGUCGAGGGAACCUGGAUGAAGAGCGGCCAGGCCAUCUCUGCCUCGGACCGUGUCCAUAUUGUGAUCGACAAACAGGUUCAUAAGCUUCUGGUGGAGAACGUCACCAGAGACGAUGCUGCUUCCUACUCCUUUGUGGUUCCUGCCCAAGACAUCUCCACCUCUGGCAAACUCAGUGUUCAGACUAUUGACAUUGUGAUCCCACUGAAGGAUGUGUCCUCUGUUGAGGGAACAAAGGCCGUUCUGGAGGCCAAGAUCUCUGCUCAGGAUAUUGGCUCUGUAAAAUGGUACCACAACGACAAACUGCUUGUUCCCAGUGACAGAAUCCAGAUGGUGGCGAAGGGAGCCAAGCAGCGUCUGGUCUUCAGCAGGACCUAUGCUUCUGAUGAAGGACGCUACAAACUGGUGGUUGGCAAGGUUGACACCAGCUGCAGCCUCAGUGUUGAAAAGGUGCACAUUGUUAAGCACAUGGAGGACAAAGUGUGCUCAGAGUCCCAGAAUGUCCUCUUCAACGUUGAAGUGUCUCAUCCCAACAUCGACCCAGUCUGGACCUUCAGGAACCAGCAGCUCAAAGCUGGACCCAAACACAAGAUGGAGUCCAAGGGCAAGGCUCACUCUCUGACCAUCAUUGACACCAUGAAGGACGAGGAGGGCGAAUACAUGUUCCAUGCUGGGGAAAAGACAUCCAGUGCCAAGCUCACUGUCUCUGGUGGAGCCAUCACACGCCCUCUGCAGGACGUGACAGUGGCAGAGUCACAGACAGCUGAGUUUGAGUGUGAAGUCGCCAACGCCGAGGCUGAGGGCAAGUGGAUGAAGGAGGGUCUGCUCGUGGACUUUAAUGAGAACGUGGUGAGUGAGGUGAACGGAGCCGUCAGACGCCUCGUCAUCGUCAUCACCAGACCUCAGGAUGUCGGAGAGUACACCUACCAGGUGGCCAACUCCAAAACCACUGCCAACCUCAGGGUGGAGGCUGUGAAGAUCAAGAAAACUCUGAGGAACCAGACUGUGACAGAGACCCAGGAGGCUUUGUUCACGCUGGAGCUCACCCAUGUUGACGUGAAGGGAUCCCAGUGGAUCAAGAACGGCGUGGAGCUUCAGAACAGUGACAAGUACGAGAUCACCUGUGAGGGCAUGGUCCACAAACUGAAGGUGAAGAACUGCAACACACAGGACGAGUCUGUUUACUCCUUCAAACUGGGAAAACUGUCCGCCAACGCCCGGCUCAACGUAGAGACCAUCAAAAUUGUGAAGAAGAUAAAAGAUGUGACAUCACUGCUGGACGGCACCGCCUCUUUCGAGAUGAGCCUGUCACAUGACGACAUCCCCGUCAGGUGGAUGUACAAAGGCAUGGAGCUGAAGGCGAGCGAGAAGUGUAAGAUUCUGUCCGAGCGGAAAGCUCACAAACUCAUCCUGCAGAACGUCAACAGCAGCAACGCAGGAGAGUACACCGCCGUGGUCGGACACCUGCAGUGCAGCGCCAUGCUCACUGUAGAGGCUCUGAGAGUCACCAAACCCCUGAAAAGUUUGGAGCUACCUGAGACUCAGAUGGCCACGUUCGAGUGUGAAGUCUCACACUUCAACGUGCCAUCAACCUGGCUGAGGGACGGCGUGGAGAUCGAGAUGAGCGAGAAGUUCAGGAUCGUGGUUCAGGGAAAACUCCACCAGCUGAAGAUCAUGAACACCAGCAGGGAGGACUCUGCAGAAUACACCUUCGUCUGCGGGAACGACAGAGUCUCCGCUACGCUAACCGUUAGCCCCGUCCUCAUCACCUCCAUGCUGAAGGACCUGAACGCUCAGGAGAGAGACACCAUCACCUUCGAGGUCACCGUCAACUACGAGGGCAUCACCUACAAAUGGCUGAAGAACGGCGUGGAGGUGAAGUCAUCCGAAAGGUGUCAGGUCCGCAGCCGGCAGCUCACGCACUCCCUCACCAUCCGCAACGUUCACUUCGGAGACGGAGGAGAGUACCAGUUUGUGGCUGGGUCUGCCGCCUCGACUGCCAACCUGUUCGUGGAAGCUCGUCUGAUCGAGUUCACCAAGAAAAUCAAAGACAUAAAGAUCACAGAGAAGAAGAAGGCCAUCUUUGAGUGCGAGGUUUCUGAGCCCAACAUCCAGGUGAUGUGGAUGAAGGACGGGCAGGAGCUGGACAUGACUCAGGACAGGUUCAUCGUGACAGCAGAGAAGUACGUCCACCGUCUCAUGAUCCAGACCGUUCGGAUGUCCGAUGCUGGAGAGUAUUCUGUGGUGGCCGGAUCCAGCAUGUCCAAAGCUCACCUGAUCGUGGAGGGUCGAGACAUCCGCAUCUCUGAGUCUGCUGAGCGCGAGAUCACGGUUCUGGAGCGACACAGAGCAACGUUUGAGUUUGAGGUUAACGAGGACGACGUGGAGGGUCGCUGGAUGAGGAAUGGGGUGGAGAUCCAGUUCUCCAUGGAGGAGAGGUUCAACUAUGUCACCAUCAGGAAGCUGCACCGCCUCACCAUCUCUGAGACCUUCAGGAGUGACGCCGGAGAGUACACCUUCAUCGCCGGCAAGAACAGGAGCACCAUGCACCUCCGAGUCAACCUCCCGGAGCCUCCUCAGAUCCUCCGUCACAUGGAGCCUCAGUCAGUGGAGGCAGGUAAACCCGCUCGCUUCUCCGUGCAGGUGAGCGGCGUCCCUCAGCCUCAGGUCUUCUGGUACAAAAACUCCCAGGCUCUGUCACCAGGCUUCAAGUGCAAGUUCCUCCGCGACGGGAACGAUCACUCGCUGCUGCUGAUCGAAGUGUUCCCUGAAGACGCUGCCGUCUACAACUGCGAGGCCAAGAAUGAGUACGGCUCCGCCACCAGCACCGCCUCCCUCAACGUGGAAGUGUCAGAGGUGGUGUCUCCGGACUCGGCUGCUACUGUCGCCCCGCCUGUCGUCAUCUCACCCAUCACCAGUACCUCCACCCGCGAGGGAGAGCCAGCUCGCUUCCAGUGCAGAGUCCGUGGAGACGAUGUGAGGAUCAGCUGGUUCCACAGAGAGAAGGAGAUCAAGCAGUCGGACUUCUUCAGGAUGUCUCAGUUUGACGACAGCUGCCAGCUGGAGAUCUCCAGAGUUUACCCCGAGGACGAGGGCGAGUACACCUGCAUCGCCACUAACAACGCCGGCACCGCCUCCUGCUCUGCCACGCUCACUAUGGACGUGACUCACGUGAGGGAGCACAUCGAAGCCAAGAUCGAACAAGAAGUCAAAGUGCCACCUGUCUUCAGGCAGAAAAUCACACCGAUGGAGAUAAACGUCGGCAGCCAGGCCAAGUUCGAAUGUGAGGUCGAGGAUGUUCCAGGGGUGACCUUCAAAUGGUACAAGUCAGGCGUUGAGAUCAGACAGAGCGAGAAGUACAGGAUCAUCAGUCGCCACAUCAGUUCCUCCCUGGAACUGCUGAACCCAGUCAAAGCUGACAGCAAUGAAUACAGCUGCAAGGCUUCAAACCUGCACGGCACUGACAGCUGCACUGCCUCUCUCAUUGUAACUGAAAUAUACCCGCCAGUAUUUGUUUCAAUACCAGACCCAAUGACUUUAUAUGUGGGAAAACAAGCUAUGUUCCAGUGCUCUCUCACUGGAUCUUCACCCAUGGAAGUUGUCUGGCACAAGGACAACAUAGCGAUCUCCUCGGAAGGGAACUAUGUCAUGAAAUGUGAAAAGAACAAGUAUUCGCUUCACAUUAAAAGUCUUGCGCUGACUGACCAGGGAGUCUACCUGUGCAAGGCCUCCAACAGUGUUGGCACUGCUACCUUUACCACAGAGCUCAAUGUUAUAAACAAGCCAUGCUUCGUUAAAACCGUUGAGCCAGUGUCAGCAGCUGUCAAUGACCCGCUGAGACUGGAGUGUCAGGUGGAUGAAGACACUGGUGUGACCAUCACCUGGACCAGGGAUGGCAAAAAAGUCCACCAGAGUAUGGAUUGUAAACUGUCCUUUGAGGACAAGGUUGCUGUUGUUGAGAUUCCCAAGUCCAAACAGAAGGACUCUGGGAAAUAUGUUUGCACAGCCACGAAUGAGGCUGGAAGCUCAUCCUGUGAGGCUGUGAUUACAGUUCAAGAGCCCCCUGCCUUUGUCAAGAAAAUGGAGUCCAAGUUUAUAUGGAAACAGGGUAUAGCUGCCCGCUUACAAUGCACUGUUAAAGGAUCACCUGAGCUUCGGAUCCACUGGUUCUGGAACGAGAGAGAGGUUAACGAUGGAGAAAAAUAUAAAAUCUCUUUCAAGAAUGGAGUUGCUUCUUUGGAAAUAGUGAACACUAUAGUAACAGACAGUGGGAGUUACACCUGCGAAGUGUCAAAUAAUGCUGGCAGCGAGAGCUGCAACACUCUUGUAGCUGUUAAAGAGCCACCAUCAAUUAGAAAGGAGCUGCAGACAGUAGAGUCAGUGAAGGGAGAAGCAGCUCAUCUGGAGUGUGAGAUCACAGGAACAGCUCCCUUUGAAAUCAGCUGGUUAAAAAAUAAGAAAACCAUCACCAGCGAGCAGAGAUAUAAUAUUAUCUCACAGGAAUCUUUGGCAAGGCUGGAGAUCCAGUCCUUUGAAAGUGCAGAUGUUGGAGAUUAUCAGUGUGUCAUAUCCAACGAUGUGGGCAAAGUCACAACUAAGGCCCUAGCUAAACUUAAAGAGCCGCCAUCUUUCUCAAAGAGAGUUGAGAGUGUCACCACAGUGUUGGGAAGUUCAGUGAAACUACAGGGAACCAUUAAGGGCUCGGCUCCCAUCACUGUUAAAUGGAUGAAAGAUUCUGACAUACUGAGAGAUGAUGAUCCAAAUAUCAAGAUGGUGUUUGAGAGCAAUGUUGCUAGCUUGUCGAUAACAACAGUUGCCAUCAGUCACGGUGGCAAGUAUUCCUGCCAAGCUGAGAACGAGGCUGGCCAACAAAAAUGCGAGGCAGCCUUGACCGUGCAAGAACCUGCCAGAAUCAUAGAACCUGCAGAGUCCAUUAGUGUGACUGCAGGAGAUUCAGCCACUUUGGAGUGCACGAUUUCUGGAAGCCCAGACCUGAAAGUGAAGUGGUUUAAAGAUGGAAAAGAGAUGAUCAGUGGACGGAAAUAUAAGAUGACUCUGAAGGACAAUAUUGCCAGCAUGAAGAUUCUUACGGCCGAGAAAGGAGACACUUCAGAGUACAAGAUGGAGGUGUCCAAUAAAGUUGGGAAAGACCAGUGCACAUGCUCAGUCACUGUCUUAGAUCGGACAAUGCCCCCAACUUUCACCAAGACCCUGAAAAGAGUCGAUGGUAAUGCCGGUAACAACGUUUCUAUGGAUUGCAAGGUGUCUGGGUCCCAGCCCAUGACCAUCUCUUGGUUCAAAGAUGACAAGGAGAUUUUUUCUGGUGCCAAAUUCCAGCCAGAGUUCAAAGACAGCUCUGCAACACUGAGGAUUAUUCGGCUGGAGAAGGCCGACUCUGGAGUUUACAAAUGCAAAGCCACCAACUCAGCCGGCUUUAAAGAAACCAGUGGCACGCUCUACGUCAAAGAGCCUCCAGUGUUCACCUUGAAACCAGACAAUCAGGAUGUUAUACCAGGAACCACAGUUUCCUUCAAAGCAGCCUUCACUGGAACAGCUCCUUUGGCUGUUAAGUGGUUCGUAGAGGAAAAGGAGAUUGUCACUGGAAGUACAUGUUUCAUAAAGAAAGAUGCCUCUUCAAGCUCUUUGGAGCUCAACUCUGUGAAACCCAGUGACUCUGCUAAAUACACAUGCCAAGUGUCCAAUGAUGCUGGAAAGGUGGACUGCACUGCAGUCCUCUUUGUGAAAGAACCUCCUGUGUUUGUGAGGAAGCUCGAAGCUACUAAGCUUAUGACCAGCGGCAACUCAGCCAGGCUGGAGUGCAGCGUGACAGGCAGCCCGGUCAUCAGUUUUAAGUGGUUCAAAGAUGAGAUGGAGAUCAGCUCCAGCGCCAAAUACAAAAUGGCUUCCACUGACUUAGUGGCAUCUCUGGAUAUAGUCACCUGUAAAGUAGAGGAUAGUGGAGAUUAUGUUUGUGUGGCCUCCAGCGUGGCUGGCACUGACCGCUGCAGCAGCACACUGACCGUCAAAGAACCGCCAGUGUUUGUUCGUAGCUUGGAGCCCAAAGAUGUGGUCAAAGGUUCUGAGAUGAUGCUUGAGGGCCAAGUCUCUGGUUCAGCACCUUUCACUGUGUCGUUUUAUAAAAACACCAAGCCAGUAAGGAAUGACAAGAGACACAGGAUCACUGUGAAAGAUGACCUGAUAGCCCUGCAGGUGCUGGCUGUAGAGGCAGGAGACGUGGGUUUGUACCAGUGUACAGUUGAGAAUGAGGUUGGAAAGGUCUCCUGUGAUUGUCAGGUGACACUAAAAGAACCACCUUCGUUUGUCCGAAAGCUGGAGAACCUCAGCUCUUUGGUGGGCAGCGAGGUGUCUCUGCAGUGCACUCUGAAGGGCUCAGAGCCCAUGACUGUGGCCUGGAUGAAAGACAACCACGAGGUCAAAGAGGCUGAAAACAUUCACAUUACAUUUGAAAACAUGACCGCCCUGCUGCUCAUCACCAAUUUACAGAGCAAACAUGCUGGCAAAUACUUGUGCCAGGUGCAGAAUCAGGCCGGGAGCCAGACAUGCUCUUCUGUUCUAACAGUCAAAGAGCCAGCUAAGAUCACAGAGGAGGCCAAGUCCAUCAGUGUGACUCAGGGAGAUCCGGCCACACUCGAGGCAAGGUUCUCAGGCACAAAACCCCUGAAGGCAAAAUGGUUAAAGGCUGGCAAAGAGCUGACGUCAGGCCCGAGAUAUAAAGUACAAAGCACAGACACCAGCUCUGUGCUCAAGAUCAUCAGAUCUGAUAAAACUGACAGUGGCGAUUACACCUUUGAGGUUUCUAAUGAUGUUGGCCAAAGCUCCUGUGAAGCCACGCUCACCAUCCUCGAUCAAAUCAUUCCUCCAUCUUUUACAAGAAAACUGAAGAAAACGGAGGGUAUCAAAGGAUUGUUUGCUCAUCUGGAGUGCCUUGUGUCUGGUUCCCUCCCAAUAACCAUUCAAUGGUACAAAGAUGAGAAGGAGGUCCAGACUGAUGACAAACACAAAUGCACAUUUUUUGAGAAUGUUGCUUUUCUGGAAAUCUCGGAUCUGGACAGUAAAGAUAGCGGCAACUACACCUGCCUGGCUAAAAACAAAGCAGGAUCCGUCCAGUGCUCUGGGAUCCUGUUUGUCAAAGAACCACCAUGCAUUGUUGAAAAGCCUGAAUCCAUGAAUGUGUUGCCUGGAUCAAAGGUCCAGUUUAAUGUCCUGGUCUCUGGCACACCACCUCUAACCAUCAAGUGGUUUAAAAACAAGAAGGAGGUUUUAUCCAGUGCUGACUGCUCUGUGGUCAAAGACAACACCUCCAGCACUCUGGAGCUCUUCUUUGCCAAAACCUCCGACUCUGGAGACUUUAUCUGUGAGAUCAACAACGAUGUGGGCUCCACGUCAUGCCAGGCCACACUCUUUGUCAAAGAGCCUCCAAAAUUCACAAGAACCCCAGACCGUUGUUCUGUGGUUCGUCCUGGUCAGGGUAAAUUGUUUGAGUGCCAGGUGACUGGCACACCUGAGAUAGACAUCUACUGGUUUAAGGAAGGGUCUGAGGUCAGCCCCAGUGAUAGAUUCAAGAUGGCAUUUGUUAACUCUGUUGCAACUCUUGAAGUCUGCAGAGCAGAAACCAAAGACACUGGGCUCUACUACUGCGAGGCUCGCAAUGAGGCUGGCAGUGAGAGCUGCAGCAUGGAACUCAGGGUCAAAGAACCGCCAACAUUUGUUAAAGAGCUGGCUCCAGCUGAUGUUGUCAAAGGCUCCAGUGCCUGUUUUGAGUGUCAGGUCACUGGGACUGGUCCGUUUGAGAUAACAUGGCACAAAGAUGCAAAAGAGAUCAAACCCAGUGCUAAACAUGGCUUCUCCCAGACGAACAGCACUUUGGGCCUGGAGGUGCACAAAUGUGACAAGGUAGAUGUUGGUGAAUACCAGUGCACUGUGGCCAACGAGGUGGGAAGCUGCACUUGUAAGACUACACUAAACCUUAAAGAACCGCCAACGUUUACCAAGAGACUUGAGAAUACUGCCACCGUCCUGGGUAAAAUGGCAGAGUUUAUGUGCGUUGUCAAAGGUUCUCCAACUCUCUCAAUACAAUGGCAAAAAGAUGAUAACUGGAUUUUGGAGGAUUCAAAGAUUGAGAGGAAAUUCGAGAACAAUGUGGCCACUCUCAGGAUUCCUGCCUGUGAGGCUGCUCACAGUGGGAAAUACACCUGUCAGGUUGUAAACGAGGCUGGGCAAGAGAAGUGCUUUGCCACCCUCACUGUGCAAGAGCCCCCUCAGAUCAUAGAGAAACCUGAGGUUAUAAAGGUCACAGCUGGAGAUCCAGUCAAUAUGGACUGCAAAGUAACAGGCUCCCCUGAGCUCAAAGUGAAAUGGAUGAAAGAUGGCAAGGAGCUUCAGUCCAUCAGGCAGCACAAGCUGACCUUUGAGAACAACAUCAGCAGUCUAAAGAUUCAGUCUGUUCAGCGACAGGACGAAGGAGACUAUGUCUUCGAGGUGGCAAACCACAUCAGUAGCUGCACCUGCAGAGUCAAAGUGAUCGUACUAGACCAAGUAAUUGCCCCAAGCUUCAUCAAACCCCUGGUAAACAUGCAAGAGAUAUUGGGCUCAUUUGUUCAGAUCUGUUGCAAAAUAUCCGGCUCCCUGCCCAUAUCUGUGGAGUGGCAAAAAGACGGGACCAAAAUCUCUAGUGGGGUGAAACACAAACUCAUUCAACAGGACAAUUCUGUGUCCAUUGAGAUUGAACAGCUAGAAAGAUCUGAUGCAGGAUCUUACUCUUGCAAACUGACCAAUGCAGCUGGAAGUUGUGACUGCAGUGGAUCCCUCAUGGUCAAAGAACCUCCCAGCUUUGUAACGAAGCCUGAGUCGCAGGCGGCUGUGCCCAAUGCCACAGUGCGCUUCAAAGGCACAUUCAAGGGAACGCCUCCCUUUACUAUCAAAUGGUUCAAGGAUGACACAGAGCUCAUGACUGGGCCCACAUGCUUCACAAAGCUGGACGGACUGUCCUGCUUCUUAGAGCUCUUUUCAGUGGGUGUCACACAGAGUGGAGUUUACUCUUGCCAAGUCAGCAACGAUGCCGGCUCUGUACGCUGUAGUGCAGACCUAACAGUCAAAGAACCGCCUGAAUUUGUGCUGAAACUCCCUGCCACUAAAUUUGUGAGGCAGGGAGAGUCACUCCGUCUGGAGUGCAAAGUCAGUGGCACAGCCCCUCUCACAGUGACCUGGUACAAACAUGACACCAAGGUCACAGAAGGGGGCAACUACAGGACAUCAUUUGUUGACUCAGUAGCAGUCCUGGAACUGCACUCUUCGAGCUUUGAUGAUGAUGGAGUGUACACCUGUGAAGCUCAGAAUGAUGCUGGCAGUGUCAGCUGCAGCACCACUCUUACGAUUAAAGAGCCACCAUCUUUUGUCAAAGUCCCUCAGCCUGUUGAAGGGCAGAAGGGUAAGGACGUGAGUCUGUACUGCGAGAUGAGCGGUACAGCUCCGUUCCAGAUCACCUGGUUCAAAGACAGGAAACCUCUGAUGGAGAGCAGGAAGUAUAAGAUGGUGAGCGAAGGCAGCUCAGCCACGCUUCAUGUCAUUGGGAUAGAGUCUUCAGACGCCGGCGAAUACGAGUGCAAAGCGUCAAACAGUGUAGGAAGUGAAACCUGCCAGACGUCAGUUAAACUCAGAGAGCCGCCGUCGUUUGUGAAGAAACUGUCAAACAUGACAGUGAUUCUGGGAGAGGAGGUGACCCUUGUGGCCACUGUUAAAGGCUCUGAACCCAUUACUGUGUCCUGGGUUCAAGACAAGGAUCACAUUCUCAGGGACGGUGACAACAGGAAAAUCACCUUUGAGAACAACAAGGUCGCUCUUAAAGUCUUUAAGGCUGAUGCAACCACGGCAGGCAAAUACACCUGUCAAGUCAUAAACGAUGCUGGGAGUGUGGAGUGUUUCGCUAACUUGACUGUUCUAGAACCUGCCAAGAUCGUGGACAAGCCCGACACCCUGAGCGUGACCGCCGGUGAUAUCGCCGCCCUGGAGGUCAAAGUGUGUGGAACCCCAGAGUUGUAUCCCAAGUGGUUCAAGGAUGGCGUCGAGCUGGCGUCUGGGAGGAAGUACAAAAUCUCCUUUUCCCGGAUGAUUUCCAGCCUGAAUGUGCUCUCUGCUGAGAAGGUGGACUCUGGAGAAUACACCUUUGAGGUCAUGAACGAGGUUGGGAAGGAUCUGAGUAAAAUCAACCUCACUGUCCUAGACAAGAUCAUGCCUCCAACCUUCACACGGAAGCUGAAGGAUUGUAACACAGUCGUUGGAAACGCCGGAGAAAUGGAAUGCAAAGUGUCGGGCUCGCCACCUUUCACCAUCUCAUGGUUCCACGACGGGCAGGAGAUCCACACCGGACCCAAUUAUGACAUUUCAUUUAGUGACAACAGCUGCACGCUCAAGGUGCCCACACUGAAGCUGUCCGACUCUGGAACAUACAAAUGUAAAGCUGUCAACAAGGCGGGAUCCAGUGAAACCUCAGGCUCGCUGGUCAUCAAAGAUCCUCCAUCCUUCGUGGUUCCUCCUCAGCCAGUGGAGGCCAUGCCCGGCUCUAACGUGACUUUCUCAGCCAUGGUGAAAGGCAGCGCCCCCCUCAGGCUGAAGUGGUUCAGAGGAACGAAGGAGAUCGUGUCUGGACGUGGCUGCAGCUUCUCCCUGACGGAUAACCAGGUUCUGCUGGAGCUUCUGAACGUGGACAGCUCUCACGCAGGAGAGUACACGUGUCAGAUCAUAAACGAUGCAGGAAAAGAGAGCUGCCCGGUUCAUCUCAUUGUCAAAGAGCCUGCAGCGUUCACCAAGAGACUGAAGGACGUGUCUGUGGAGAAAGGCAAACCUUUGACUCUAGAGUGUACGUACAAAGGAACUCCUAAAAUCACCGUGAGCUGGUACAGAGAGGGACAGCAGAUCUUUGCUUCUUACAAAUACAACAUCACCACGACGGAAAGCUCCUGCAUCCUUGAGUGUCUGAGCACCGACGACAAGGAGGCAGCAGGACGGUACACCUGUGAGGUGUCCAAUGAUGCAGGACGGGACACAUGCGACGCCGCCGUGUCCAUCCUCGAGCCACCGUACUUUGUGGAGUCUCUGGAGCCCAUGGAGGUGACGUCCGGAGACGCCGUGUGUCUGAAGUGUCAGGUGGCGGGCACACCUGAGAUCAAGGUGUCCUGGUUCAAGGCUGACGGUAAAGUCCGGUCCAGCCCCACCUGUAAGCUUGAGUACUCCAAGGGCGUGGCCUGUCUGAAGCUCAGCAAGGCCACCAAGUCCGACAUCGGAGAGUACUCCUGCAAGGCCGAGAACCGCAUUGGCUCCGCCUCCUCCACCUGCAGACUCAAUGUGCUAGAGGCCAAAACUCCUCCAUCCUUCCCCAAGAAGAUCACCAGCCUGCAGCAGACGGAGGGUCAGGCCGUCAGGUUCGAGUGCCGCAUCGCCGGCUCCUCACCCAUUGAGGUGUCAUGGCUGAAAGACGGCGAGCCCGUGAGGCAGGGAGGCGAGUUCUCCAUGACGUACGACGACAACACGGCCGUACUGCAGAUCAGCAGCGGAGAGAUGAGGCACUCUGGAGAGUACACGUGUGUCGCCACCAACAGUGUGGGCUCCACAUCCUGCAGGGCCAAACUCACUCUGCAAGAACCACGAUACCCUCCAAUCUUUGACAGGAAGUUGUCACCACAGGAGGUGACGGUGGGCGACAGCAUUGAGCUUGAGUGUCACAUGACCGGCUCUGCCCCCAUAAAGGUCACAUGGUCUAAAGACCAUAAAGAUAUCCGCAGUGGAGGCAAUUAUAAGAUGAGCUGUGUGGAUAACACGCCCCACCUGACCAUAAUGAAGGCAGAUAAAGCCGACACAGGCAGAUACUUCUGCCACGCCUCCAACGACAUGGGGAAGGACUCGUGCUCCUCUGACAUCACGGUCAAAGAGCGUAAGAACCCUCCAGUGUUCACCAAAAAGCCCUCAGAGAACAUCGAGGACUUGGAGGGCAAACUGGUGAAGAUCGAGGGCCGGGUGUCGGGCUCUCAGCCCAUCUCAGUGAGCUGGUUCAAAGAGAGUGCAGAGAUCCACAGCUCCAACAAAUACGACAUCAGCUUUAAGAGUAACGUGGCCGUGCUGUGCAUUAAGAGCAGCCAGCUGACGGACAGCGGCGGGUACUCCUGCCAGGCUUCAAACGAGGCGGGCCAAGCCUCCUGCGACUUCACUGUGGGAAUCUCAGAGGCGAGGAAGCCUCCGGUGUUCGACGUCCCUCUCAAACCUCUGAGCGUGGACGAGGGCGAGAAGCUGAGCCUCAGGUGUCAUGUCUGUGGCUCUCCUCCUCUGAAGAUCCAGUGGAUGAAGGACAGGAAGGAUCUGAUGUCUGGUGGCAGCACCAGGAUCACCUUCUCAGACGGUACUGCCUCUCUGGAGAUUAGCUCCGCCUCAAAACACGACGCCGGAGAUUACCUGUGCAAGGCCACCAAUGAGGCCGGCAGCGAGUUCUGCAAGGCCAAAGUCACAGUCAAAGAAAAACCAGGUGCAGCUCCGGCUCCAGCUGAAGCUCCAACUGCUGCUCCAACCAAGAAACUGGACAACCUGUUCUUCAUCGAGGAGCCCAAAACCACACACGUCACUGAGAAGGGCACGGCCACCUUCAUCGCCAAGGUGGGCGGCGACCCGAUCCCCAGCGUGAAGUGGAUGAAGGGGAAGUGGAGGCAGAUCACACACGGAGGCAGGAUCUCUAUGGAGCAGAAGGGCCAGGAGGCCAAACUGGAGAUCAGAGAGGUGACCAAGUCAGACUCGGGUCAGUACAGGUGUGUCGCCUCCAACAAGCACGGAGAGAUUGAGUGCAACGCUGACAUGCACGUGGACGAGAAGAAGGGGGCGGCAAUGCUGGAGGGAGACCUCAGGGCCAAACUGAAGAAGACGCCAUCGAAGCAGAAGAGUCCACAGGAGGAGAAGGACAUCGACAUCGUUGAGCUGUUGAGGAACGUGGACCCAAAAGAGUACGAGAAGUAUGCCCGAAUGUACGGCAUCACAGACUACCGAGGCCUGCUGCAGGCCAUCGAGCAGCUGAAGAAGGAGAAGGCAGAAGAAAGUGGAAGACCGGAACUUGAACGUGCUGACAGAGAGUCGGAUGAGGACAUGGCCCGACUGGUGGCCGACCUGCAGAAGAGGAUGGAGCGCACAGAGCCCGUUACCGUGGUGAAGGACAUCUCCGAUCAGUCCGUCUUCACCAACAAGGAGGCGGUGUUUGAGUGUGAGGUCAAGAUCAACUACCCAGAGAUCACCCUGUCUUGGUACAAGGGAACACAGAAACUGGACACCAAUGACAAGUAUGACAUCAGCAUCAGUGGAGACCGCCACCUGCUCAAGAUCAAGAGAUGUCAGACGUCUGAUCAGGGCAACUACCGGGUGGUCUGUGGGCCUCACAUCUCCAGCGCCAAGCUCAGCGUCACCGAGCCCGAGGUCGAGAAGCAUCUGCAGGACACAUCGGGUAAGGAAGGCCAGUCGUGCUCUCUGUCUUGUCAGUUGUCCAUUCCUAACGUAGAGGCUCAGUGGUUUAAAAAUGGCAAGCAGUUAGAGAUGAAGGGCAGGUUCUCGUCCGAGGUGAAACACAAGGUUCAGAAGCUUCUGAUCAGAGACCUGAAGCCUGAAGACCAGGGCAGAUACGCCUGCAAGUUCCAGCACCUGGAGUCCUCUGCCGACCUCUGGGUUGAAGCUGAGCAAAUUCAUUUCACCAAACGCAUCCACAACGUCGAAGUCAACGAGCGCCAGUCGGCCACCUUUGAGUGUGAGGUGUCCUUCGACAACGCUAUCGUUUCGUGGUACAAAGACACCUGGGAACUGAAAGAGAGCACUAAGUACAACUUCACAAGCGAGGGCCGAAGACAUUUCAUGGUUAUCCGAAACGUGACCAUUGAAGACGAAGGCGUGUACUCAGUGAUUGUGAGGUUGGAGCCCAGAGGAGAGGCUAAGAGCACAGCUGAGCUUUAUUUGUCUGGCAAAGAAAUUGAAUUAGCAAUGGUGCCAAUCGAUAUCCCAGACUCCUCAGUUCAGAGGCCUGAAAUGCCUUCAUCAGUGGCACUUCAAGAAUCUGCUGAGUUUUAUCAGUAUGAAGAAGAGAUUGAACAGAGAGAAACAGCCGAAUAUUCAUAUCACUACGAAGAAGAGGUGGAGGUGGAGCAGAGAGUCGAGUAUCAAAGCUGGACAGAAGAGACGGUAACAGAACAGGUGUCCAUAACUACAGCUGCCAGACUCCCCGUUGAGGAGACAGUUGAGACGAAGAAAGUUGAAAUGAGACAGGAAGUCCCUUCAAAAGUUCCUAAAGCUGAGAAAAAGACUGAAGAGAAGCCAGCAGCUGUGAAGGAGCCGUCGCCACCCAAAGUGCCCGAGGUCAAAAAGCCUGUGGAGGAAAAGGUUCCUGUAGUUUCAGUCCCAGAAAAGAAGGUUCCUGCUCCUAAAGAACCAGAGGAGGUAAAGAAGCCCGCCGCUCCCUCCGUACCUGCUGAGAAGCCUGGAGUGCCAAAGAAAGACGAGGCUAAGCCUCAGGUACCAGCUGAGCCUAAAAAAGUGGCGCCUGCAGCUAAGCCUGAGCCAGAACCCAAGCCAAAACCUAAAGCAGAGCCUGAACCAAAGCCUAAGCCGGCCCCAGCUCCCAAAGCAGAACCUGAAGCCAAACCUGCGGCAAAGGUGGAGCCCAAGGCUGAAGAGAAGCCUGCGCCGCUGAAGAAGCCGGCGACGCCUCCAUCCAAAGUUCCCGAAGAGGCUGAAAAACCAGGAAAGGCAAGGGUUCAGCCUGAACCAGUGGUAGCAAAGCCAGAACCAGAAGCCCGGAAAAAGAAACCGGAACCGGAAAAACCAAAACCAGAAGUCCGUAUUCCUGAGCCUCCCAUGACGAAGCUUGAGCCAUGUGUCGCCAAGCCUGAGCCUCCAAAACCAGAACCUGCUGUGGUACAGAAACCAGAACCUGCCGUGGUACCAAAACCAAAACCUGCAGUGAAAAAGGCUGAAGCAGAAGUUAAAGUACCAAAACCAGAACCUCCAAAGCCCAAACCGGAGCUCAAACCUGAACCAAAGGAACCUAAGAGAACAGCUCCUGUGGAGGAAAAAAUACCCGAGCCUCCAAAAGCCAUCAAGAAACCAGAACCUGCUGUCAUUCCUCCCAAAGAAGAGCCGACAAAGAAGGAGAAAGCUCUGAAGCCCAAACCUAAACUGGUACCUGAAGAGGUGCCUAAAAAGGUUCCUCAGCAGGAGUUUGAUCAGGUAGUCGAGUCAGAGCCUGAACCUGAACCUGAACCUGAGAGGCUGCCUGAGAAAAUACCUGAAACAGUACCUGAGAGACGGCCUCCAGGGAGAGUUGAGGUAAAAGAAAAGACCCCUGAGAAGGUCCCAGAAAAGGUGCCGACACCUGAGAGGAAAGUUGAGGAUAUUCCAAAGAAGGUACCAGAAAAGGUACCAGAGAAAGUUCCAGAAAAACCACGGGUGGAAAAAGUUCCAGAGAAGGCUCCUCCUGAGAAGAAGCCUUCAAAGGUGGUAGAGGAAGAGAGGGUUCCUGAGAAGGAGCCGCGUGUAAAGGUUGAACCUGAAAAGGUGACUAAAAAACCAACAGAGCGGAUCUCUGUAGAGAAACCUGUUGCCGCUAAAGUCCUUGAUAAAGUACCCGAGAAGGUACCGGAAGCUAAACCUAAACGAGAGGUAGAGGAAGCUCUUCCUAAAGAAAUCGAUACUCAGAAGAUGAAGAUUCUGCCCAAAGAGGUGGAACCAGAGAAAAGAGUCUCUCCCCCAGAAAAAGCUACCAGUCUAGUCAAGAUCGAAAGAAAAGAAGCUCAGAAGAUUCAGGAGGUUUAUUACGUGACAGAAAAAGUGUCCUCCGCAGAGGAGCUGUGGGAGCACGAAGAGGUGCUGCAAGAACACGCAGAAAUGAUGUAUGAAGACAAAGAGCUUCCACUGGGCAGCACGGCCGUGUCGCUGACUGAAGUUGAUAUCUUUAGUGCUUUAGAGAGGAUGAGCCCGAGGGAGGAGAAGUCUGAGCUGAGAGGUGAGAUAUCUGUUACUGACUCUUCAAAGAGGAAAGAGACCCGGGUUAUCAAACAAAGAGUCGUCCCAAAAACACAAGAGGCCGCCGUCGUAGUCCAGGAAACUGAAUCUGACAGACACAGGGAGGUCAGAGAGCGACCACAAGAACAUAAUAAGGAAAUUAUUGAAGAAGUUAGUGUUGCAGCCAAACAGGGAAGCAAGGUCACGAUUAAAACUGAGAGCAAAGCCAGGCAGGUUAGAGGACAGGAGGACAGAAUAACAGAGGAAACUGUUACAGUGCAGGAAAUGAAAGUAAUGAGAGAUAAACCAGUAGAGACAAAAACAGAUCAAAACAAACGUCUUCCAAUAUCGAUUAGCACUGAAGCUAGAAAACGCACUGAAGAGCAGGAAGUGAGAGGAAAGGCUCGGACAGAGGUUUCCUACGAGGAAUCAACCAAUCAUGAUAUCAAGAUAACGACGACUGUCCCUGAAGAUAAAUACUACAGAACUGAGCAAAUAACAGAGGUCACUGAGGUCACAGUUAGAGACAAACCAACACAUCCACCGCACACUCAGGUUAAAAUAGUAGAAGAAGAAAUGAGUAGAAAAGUAGAGGCUCAAGUUAAAACACCUGUCAUCCCCGACUCCAAGAAAGAGAAACCUAAAGAGGAAGUGUCGGUGAUGACACAGGAGAAGGAACCUGAUCAGGUAGUUGAUAAAAAGAAAGAAAAACCUAAAGAAGAGGCGACCCCGAAGGUCAAACCGAAAGAAUCAGUGACAGAUAUCGAACCAAAGAGGCCAAAAAAAAUAGAGGACGAGACACAAUACGAGAAAAGAGAGGAGGAGGUCAAAGUCCUUCCUCAGAGGGUUUCUUCUCCGAAGAAAACAGAAGAAGAAAGUCUUAAAAUCGAGGAAUUGGUUCAGAUUAAACCUUCAGUCCCUCCAAAACCUGAGGAGAAGAAAAGGAUUCCCACACAAACAGCUUCCAGAGAAAUAGAAGUCAAGACCAAAACAAUUCCUCCUGAAGUAGAAAUAAAAAAGAGAGCAGCAGACACAGUUCCUGUGAAGGAGAAGGAGCCGCCAGCACAAGUCAAAGAGCCACUGGUAAAGCCAGUCGCACCUCCAGAAGAGAGCAAACCUCAGGCCGCUGUGAAAGUUCAAGAAGCUGCCAAAAAGCCUGAAGAACCCAAGAAGGUGGAGAAGAGAGUUACUCCACAAGAAGAACCAAAGCCAGUUUCAAAGCCACAGCCGGCCGUGAAGGAGCCAGCCAAGGCGGUUCCUCAGGAAGAAAAGCCGAUUGUGGCGGAGCAGAAAGCUCCUGAAAAAGAUGAAACCAAGGGACCUGUCCAAGCACCGGGAGGAGUGAAGAAAGAGUUGCUUCUGCACAAAAAAGGUAAAAUUCGUGUGGAAGAGGAGGGAACGUUUGAGAUUCCCACCCUCAAGAAAACAACCAGAGUCGUCAAGGAAGUGGAAGAGGAGCAGGAGAUCAUAAAACUGAAGAAGAUUCCAUCAGUUCCCCAAAAAGAGCCUGAAGAGCAAAAAACUCUGAGGGUCUCUAAGACCACAGUCACACAUGUUGAGGAGAUGGUGCACAGAGAGGAGGCUGUCGAGAUGUCAAUAGCCACCAGGAGAACUGUGGAGGAGAGGAAACCUCGAGACACAGCAGAGUUUGUGAAAAAGCCUGAAGUAGUGCAACCUAAAGAAGAAGAACAGAAAGAAGCUCCCAAAGAUGCAUGGACCCGCCAGAAACCAACACCAAAGGAUGAAAAACCUGAAGAUAAGAUUUCUCUGCAGAAGACUCCCAAAGCACCGAAGGAAGAGGAACCAGCUCCACCGAGUGCCGCCUUGAAGAAAGUGAAGAAGCUGCCUAAAGAGGAACUGGAACCAGAAGCUGUCAAACUGAAACCAUUUGAAAAGCCUGUAAAACCAGCUGAAGAGCCAGAGAAGGAUAAGAAAGAGAGGCCGGACAGGGAUACUGUGCCUUUCCAGAAGGGAGAGAGGACCCCAAGAGAGGUGGAAACCAAAGAACCACCGAAGAAACCUGAGAAACCUCCUGCAGAGGCGAAGGAGCCUGCAGCCAAGGUGCCAAAACAAGUAGAAAAAAAGACUCCUCCACAGAAAGAGCCUGAGGAGGUCAAACCGCUGAGCAAGGUGAAGAAAAUCCCAACAACGGAAGAAGAGAUAGAAUCAGUCAAACUCAAGCCUUUCUCCAGACCUUCCAAAGAAGCCGCAGAGCCUGAGAAGAAACCAGCAGAGGCGAAAGAGAGGAAGCCAAUCGAUGACCUGCGCCGGCGUCGCAGCCCAGAUGAAAAGCCAAAAGAACGGGAGCCAGAAGAAGCAAAACCAAAGAAACCUGAAAUCCCAGAAGUUCCUGAGAAGAAGCCGGAGAAGCCAAAGGAGGAAGAAGCAGUUCCCGUAGAGAAGAAGGUUUCUCCUGCUCCAGCAUCUGUUAAGAAACCUGAGAAGGUUCCUGAGGAGCCCAAACCUCUGCAGCUGAAGAAAGGGAUCAUACCCAAGGCCAAAGAGGAUAAAGAAGAUGUGGCCCUGAAGCCUGUGGAUAAGCUGAAGAAGGUUGAGCUGAAAAAGACUCCAUCUCCUAAAGUGGAGAAGCUUAAAGAAGAAGAGAAAGUCCCUGUUGAGAGGAGACCGAGUGUGGAUAAACUCAAAAAGAUUCCUAAAACUGUCUCACCCAAAGAAUCUAUUGAAGCCGUGACUCUGAAAAAGGUCCCGAAGAAGCCGUCCCCAGAGGAACCUGCAGAGCCAGCAAAGCCUGCUAAAGUUCCCCUGGCCAAAGAGGUCUCCCCCGGGGCCGUGCAGAUGAAGAAGAUCGCCACGCAGCCGGAGGAGGAGGUGUACGAGGAGGAGUUUGAAGCUGAAGAGGAAACCCAGGAGGAGGAGGAGGCCUGGGGCUGGGAGCUAGUUCCCACAGACGACUGGGAAGGUGAACCAGAGGAAGGUGCUCUGGAGGUACCAGGGGUGACCAGGAGAGAGGGACAACCAGCAGAAGAAGCAGCAAGAGGCAGGGGUAGAGGACUGAAACCCAAACAAACUCCAUCCCCUGGAGAAGGCAGGGGCCGGGGUCUGAGGCCUGGUGGCAAAGGACCAUCACCUCCAGAGGAACCCUUUGCAGGGUUCAAGCUCAAAGCUGUCCCUCUGAAGUUUAUCAAGAAGAUCCAGGACAUUGUGCUGCAGGAGGCUGAGUCCAUCGGCUCCUCUGCUACAUUUGAGUGUGAGGUCUCUCCCUCCACCGCCAUCACCUCGUGGAUGAAAGACGACUGUAACAUUCGCGAGAGCCCCAAGCACAAAUUUACAUCUGAUGGAAAAGAUCGCAAGUUGCACAUUAUUGAUGUUCAGCUAUCAGACACCGGGGAGUACACCUGUGUGGCAAAGAACGCCGGAAAGGAGAUCUCAUGCACGGCCAAGCUCAUCGUUGAAGAGCUGCCCGUGAAAUGGAUCAAAGAGCUGGAGCCGGAAUCAUCUGCUCUGAAGGGUCAGCCUCUGUAUCUGACCUGUGAGCUGAACAAAGAGAGAGACGUGGUCUGGAGAAAGAACGGUGAGGUCCUGAAAAAGAAGGCCAACAAGAUCCAGAUUAACAUCAUCGGUAUGCAGCACGCUGUGACCAUCCAGAACUCCACUGAGGAGGACGCUGGUACCUACAGCUGUGAGGUGGCCAACCAGGAGGACUGCAAGACCGCAACUAAUGUCAAGAUCAUUGAAAUCAUUAAGGACUGGAUCGUGAAACCUCUGAGAGACCAGCACGUGAAACCGAAAGCCACUGCUGUAUUCAAGUGCGAGCUCUUCAAGGACACACCCAACUUUAAGUGGCUCAAGGGAGAGAAUGAAGUCGUUCCCUCUGACAAGGUGGAGAUCAAGAAGGAAGGAAAGGAGCUGACACUCACCAUUAAGAACUGUCAGCCUGAGGAUGUUGCAGAAUACGGCAUGGAAGUGGAAGGACGGUUCUACACUGCCAAGCUAACGCUAGGAGAGCGUGAGGCUGAGAUCCUGAAGCCCCUGGCCAGCGUGGAGGUGAUAGAGAAGGAAGAUGCAAUGUUUGAGACAGAGAUCUCUGAGGACGAUGUUCCUGGAGAAUGGAAGCUGAAAGGAGAGGUUUUGACCAGAUCCCCGACGUGCGACAUCCAAAUGGAGGGUCCUGUGCGUAAGCUCUUACUGAAAAACUGCCAGCUGGAUAAUGCCGGAGAAGUGUCCUACCAGGCUCUGAACGCAAUUACCAGCGCAAUGCUCAAUGUCAAAGAAAUCGAACUGGACUUUGUCGUCCCGCUGAAGGACGUGUCUGUGCCUGAAAAGAAACAGGCUAAGUUUGAAUGCACCAUCACGAAGGAUGUCUCUAAGGUCAUGUGGUUUAGAGGGGCUGACAUCAUCACCCCAGACCAAAAGUAUGACAUCAUCGAUGAUGGAAAGAAGCAUAUGCUGAUUAUAAACUGCUGUGAGUUUGAUGAUGAAGACGAGUACACGAUUGGGGUUUUGGACAAAACCUCAACAGCCAGACUCACAGUGGAGGGUAUCAGGCUCAAAUUUAUCUCGCCGCUAAAGGACCAAACGGUGAAGGAAGGCGAAACUGCUCGGUUCGAGCUGGAGCUCUCCCACGAGAACAUCCCCGUCACCUGGUACAAAAACGACGUAAAAAUCCACCCGAGCAGAACAGUGGUCACUCAUGUGGACGGAAAGAAACACGUGCUAGUAAUGAAGGAAGUGACUCUAGAUGAUAUUUGCCAAAUUAAGGCCGAGGCCAAAGGAAUCCCUUCCAUGGCCAACCUUACAGUCAUAGAGGGAGACGCGUACUUCACAGUUAAGCUGCAGGACUACACUGCAGUGGAGAAAGACGAGGUGGUUCUAGAUUGCGAGCUGAACAAAGACGUGGAUGUCAUGUGGUACCACAAUGAGGCUGAGAUAAAGCCCUCUAAGAUGAUGGCCAUUAAAGCCGAGGGGAAACGCAGAACUCUCGUCAUCAAGAAAGUUGGGGACAAAGAUAAAGGACAGUAUUUAUGCGACUGUGGGACAGACAAAACAGCAGCAACACUUCACAUUGAAGCUCGCCACAUCAAGGUGGUUCGGCCGUUGUACGGCGUUGAAGUGUUUGAAGGAGAGACCGCUCGCUUUGAGGUCGAGCUCAGUGAGGAUGAUGUCCAUGGCCAGUGGAAACUGAACGGAGAAGUUCUCACUCCAUCUGCCGACGUUGAGAUCGUGGAGGACGGGGCUAAACACACUCUGGUCUUUUACAACUGCAAAGUGCCUCAAACAGGCGAGGUGGCGUUUACCGCUGCUAACGCCAAGUGUUCUGCCAACCUGAAAGUGAAGGAGCCUCCGGUGUCUUUCAUUACGCCUCUGGCUGACGUGCAUGUUUACGAAAAGGACGAGGCAAAGUUUGAGCUGGAGAUUUCCAGAGAGCCUAAAAGCUUCCGCUGGCUGAAGGGACCACAGGAGCUGUCAAAUGAUGACAAGUAUGAACUCCUCGUAGAGGGAAUGAAGCACACGCUUAUUAUAAAGUCUGCCAAAUAUGAGGACGAAGCCAAAUACAUGUUUGAUGCUGAAGAUAAAAGGACUUCUGGAAGGUUGAUAAUCAAAGGUAUUCGACUCGAAUUUAUCAAGCCGAUUAAAGACGUGACCGUGAAGGAGCGUGAAACCGCAGAGUUCAGUGUUGAACUCUCUCAUGAAAACAUCCCGGUGGUUUGGUACAGAAAUGACGUCCGGCUGCACCCCAGCAAGGUGGUGCACAUGUCAGAGGCUGGAAAAGUCCACACGCUGGCCUUCAAGGAGGUCUCUAUUGACGACACCUCCAUGAUUAAAGUGGAGGCCAUGAGCAAGAUGUCAGAGGCCAUGCUCACCGUGCUCGAGGGCGACCUUUACUUCACAGUGAAGCUUCAGAACUACACCGCCGUCGAGAAAGACGAGGUGAUUUUGCCCUGCGAGCUGAGCAAGGCCAACGGGGAGGUGAAAUGGUUCAAAGACGGUAGUGAAAUAUAUCCGUCCAAGAACAUUGUCGUCCAAUCAGACGGCAAGAAGCGCGUGCUGGUCAUCAAGAAGGCGGCAAAGAGCCACAGGGGAGCGUACACCUGUGACUGUGGCACCGACAAAACCACAGCCGACCUGAACAUUGAAGAGCGCGACAUCAAGGUUGUGCGCCCGCUGUACAGCGUGGAGGUCACAGAGACGGAGGUGGCAAAGUUUGAGACGGAGAUAUCUGAAGGAGAUCUUCACGCUGUGUGGAAACUGAAGGGAGAUACGCUCCACCCGUCUGCCGACGUGGAGAUAAAGGAGGAGGGACCCCGACACAUCCUGAUCCUCUACAACUGCAAGAUUGACAUGGCCGGAAGUAUCGACUUCUCGGCAGCGAAUGCCAAAUCUUCAGCUCACCUCAGGGUCAAAGCCCGAGUGAUCGGCCUGCAGAGGCCUCUGAAGGAUGUCACUGUGACCGCCGGAGAGACCGCCACCUUCGAGUGUGAGCUGUCCUAUGAAGACAUUGCUGUCGAGUGGUUCCUGGGGGGUACAAAGCUGGAACCAAGCGACAGAGUGGUGCUAAAGACAGACGGUAAAGUCCAAAGCCUGACACUGAGAGACGUCCAGCUGAGUGAAGCCGGACAAGUCAAACUCACUGCCAAGGACUUCCAUACUGAAGCUAACCUCACUGUUAAAGAGUCCCCUGUGGAGUUCAGCAAGCAUUUGGAGGACCAGACGGUGGAGGAGGAGGCCACAGCCACACUUGAGUGUGAAGUGUCCAGAGAGAAUGCAGAGGUGCGAUGGUCCAUCGACGGACAGGAUAUCCGCAAGACCAAGAAGUACGAGAUGAUCAUUGACGGCCGCAAGAGGGCGCUGCUCAUCCACGACUGCACUCUGGACGACUCCAGGACGUACACCUGUGACGCCAAAGCCUUCAAAACCUCCUGUUUCCUCAAUGUUGAGCCUCCACAUGUCGAGUUUUCGAAGCCGCUCCAUGAUGUCGAGAUCAAAGAGAAGGAAUCCGCCAGGUUUGAGUGUGAAGUCUCCAGAGAGGACGUCAAGGUCCGCUGGUUCAAGGACGGAAGUGAAAUCAGGAAGGGGAAGAAGUACGAAAUUAUUGCACAGGGCCGCCAACACAUCCUCAUCGUCCACAAGUCGGUGUUUGAUGACGAGGCGGAGUACGAAUGUGACGCAAAGACCACCAAGUCCUCCGGCAUGCUCACCGUCGUCGAGGAGGAGACCAGGUUCACAAAGAACCUCUCCAACGUGGAGGGAACAGAGACGGACAGCGUGAAGCUGAUCUGCGAGGUGUCCAAACCCAGCGCUGACGUCACCUGGUACAAAGGAGACGAGGAGCUGCCCGAGGGCGGACGCUACGAGCACAUCUAUGAUGGAAAGAAAAGGAUCCUGCUCAUCCAGGAUCUCAAGAUGGCCGACGCCGGAGAGUACAACUGCAGGCUGAGCCCGAGCAUCAAAACCUCCGGGAACCUGAAGAUCAACGAGCUGGCUGCAGAGUUCAUCUCCAGGCCCCAGAGCGUGGAGGUGGUGGAGAGCGAGAAGGCCGAGUUCACCUGCUCCGUCUCCAAGGAGACCUUCGAGGUGAAGUGGGUCAGAGAAGAUAAGGAGCUGCAGGCGGGAGACAAGUACCAGAUGGUCAGCGACGGGAAGAGACGAUCUCUGAUCAUCAAGAACUGUGAGCCCAAAGACGAGGGCGGAUACGUGGUGAUGAUCGGACCAACCAGAGCCAGCGCCGACCUCACUGUGCUUGAGAAACUGAAGAUCAUCACUCCUCUGAAGGACACAGAGGCCAAAGAAGGACAGGAAAUCGUCCUGAACUGUGAAGUGAACACUGAGGGCGCCAAGGCCAAGUGGCUGAAGAACGAUGAGACCAUGUUCGAGAGCAGCAAGUACCUGAUGGUCCAGAGAGACAAUGUGUUCUCUCUGAGGAUCAAAGACGCCCAGAAGCCAGACGAAUCAAACUACACCAUCACCCUGACCAAUCAGAGAGGAGAGCAGGCAAAGAGCACCUGCAAGCUCACCGUCAAAGAGGAGAGUCUGAGGAUCAUGGUUCCUCUGGAGGACAUCGACACUCAGGAGAAGAAGACCGUCAGCUUCUCCUGUAAAGUCAACAGACCAAACGCCACACUUAAGUGGAUGAAGGCCGGCCAGGAGAUCGCCUUCAACAAACGCAUCGUGUACCGGGUGGACAAAGAGAAGCACACUCUGACCAUCAAAGACUGCACGCUGGCGGACGAAGGCGAGUACAUUGCCAUGGCCGGAGACGACAAGUCCACGGCUGAGCUGAUCAUCAGCGAGGCGCCCACAGACUUUUCCAUGCACCUGAAGGACCAGACCAUCACUGAGUUCGAUGAUGCAGAGUUCACCUGCAAGCUGACCAAAGAGAAGGCCGACGCUAAGUGGUAUAGAAACGGACGUGAGAUCAGAGAAGGACCAAGAUAUACAUUUGAAAAGGAUGGAAAGAUGUGCACCCUGCGUAUCAAGGAGUGCAGACCUGAUGACGAGUGUGAGUACGCCUGUGGAGUCGACGACAAGAGAUCCAGAGCCAGGCUCUUUGUUGAAGAGACCCCGGUGGAGAUCAUCAGACCCCCACAGGACGUGUUUGAACCUCCAGGCUCAGACGUGGUGUUUGAGGUGGAGCUGAACAAAGACAGAGUGGAGGUGAAGUGGUUGAGGAACAACAUGACCGUCGUCCAGGGAGACAAAUACCAGAUGAUGAGCGAGGGUAAAAUCCACAGACUGCAGGUGUGUGAGAUCAGACCCCGAGACCAGGGAGAGUACCGGCUCAUCGUCAAAGACAAAGACGCCAAGGCCAAGCUGGAGCUGGCAGCUGUGCCUCAGAUUAAGACCACAGACCAGACCUAUGUGACCGACGCCAGGAAGCCCAUCGCCAUGGCCGUCCCCUACAGCGCGUACCCGAAGGCUGAGGCCGACUGGCUGUACAACAACCUGAGUCUGCCCAAAGACAACAUCCACACGUCCGCAGACCGCACAGAGUACCGUCUGAAGGACCCGAUGAAGGCCGACCAAGGCCGCUACAGGGUCAUCAUCAAGAACAAACACGGCGAGGGAGAGGCCUUCAUCAACCUGGAGGUCAUCGACGUCCCCGGACCCGUGAAGAACCUGCAGGUGGUCGACACCGCCGAUGGCGAGGUCAGUCUGGUGUGGGAGGAGCCUGAGAGCGACGGCGGCAGCAAGGUGAUUGCCUACGUUGUGGAGAGACGCGACAUUAAGCGCAAGACCUGGACUCUGGCCACAGACCACGCAGACAGCCCUGAGUACACAGUGACCGGACUCCAGAGGGACUCCAUGUACCUGUUCAGAGUCUGUGCAAGAAACAGGGUCGGCGCCGGACCCAACGUGGAGACCGACAAGCCCGUGCAGGCCAAGAACAAGUUCGAUGUUCCUGAAGCUCCUCUGAAUGUGAUCGUCGGAGACGUCAACAAGUUUGGCUGCACCGUCUCCUGGGAGCCGCCCGUGUCUGACGGAGGCUCUCCCAUCACCUCAUACAUCAUUGAGCUGCGUGAUAGGACGUCGGUGAAGUGGUCGCCCGUCCAGGUGACCAAAGCCGACGAGCUCAGCGCCAUUAUUAACGACGUCAUUGAGAACAAAGAGUACAUCUUCAGAGUCAAAGCUGAGAACAAAGCCGGCGAGGGCAAACCCAGCGCCGCCUCACAGCCCAUCAAGAUCAUGGACCCCAUCGAGCCACCCAGUCCUCCUCAGAACCUGGUCUGGCAAGACCAGAACAAGAGCUCCGUGCAGCUCACCUGGGAGACUCCUCUGAAAAACGGAGGCAGCAUGAUCACCGGGUACAUCAUUGAACGCGCUGAGGACGCCAGCGACAAGUGGCUGCGCUGCAACGCUCGCCUCUGCCCCGACCUCUUCUACAAGGUGACUGGUCUGAAAUACGGAGCCAAGUACAACUACAAAGUGUUUGCUGAAAACGCAGCUGGACUCUCUGGACCCUCAAACAUCAUUGGACCUCUGCUGGCUGACGACACACACGUCGGACCAACUUUGGACCUAAGUGCCUUCAAAGACGGUUUGGAGGUGAUCGUCCCUCAGCCUCUCUCCAUCAGAGUCCCCAUCACCGGAUACCCAACCCCCACCGCCAAGUGGACCAUGGGAGAGAAGGAGAUGACCACUGCAGACGAACGAGUCACCCUGACCACCAGGUCCACCUUUGUAGAAAUGAUCGUCCAACCGAGUGUCCGCCCAGACCGAGGCACCUACACCCUGACUCUGGAGAACGACGUCACAUCCGUCUCUGGAGAGAUCGACGUGAAUGUCAUCGCUGCUCCAAGUGCUCCAAAGGACUUUAAGGUCCUGGAGGUGACCCGGCAGCACGUCCACCUCAGCUGGGAGGCUCCAGACCAUGAUGGAGGAAGUCCUCUGACCGGCUACCAGGUUGAGAAACGGGAUGUGUCCCGCAAAACCUGGGUCAAGGUGGUCACAGGUAUCCAGGAUCAGGAGUUCACAGUCACUGAUGUUGUUGAAGGAAAGGAGUAUCUGUUCAGAGUCACUGCCUGCAACAAGUGUGGACCAGGAGAGCCAGCAUACAUCGACGAGCCCGUCAACGUGUCCUCUCCUGCCACCGUCCCUGACCCACCAGAGAACCUGAGGUGGAGGGACAAGUCAGCCAGCGGCAUCUUCCUAACCUGGGAGCCACCAAAGUACGAUGGCGGUACUGGAAUCAAAGGAUACAACGUAGAGCGCUGCCAGAGGGGAACCGAUAAGUGGGAACCCUGCGGAGAUAUGGUGCCAGAGCUGAAGUGCCAGGUGACUGGCUUGCUCGAGGGCCAGUGGUACUCCUACAGAGUCCGAGCCCUGAACCGCCUCGGAGCCAGUCGGCCCUGCAAGGCCACCGACGAGAUCCAGGCUGUGGAUCCCAUAGAGCCUCCAGAGAUUCAGCUGGACGCCAAGCUUCUGGCUGGACUGACCGCCAAGGCUGGCAGCAAGAUCGAGCUCCCCGCUGAAGUGAAGGGUAAGCCUGAGCCCCGCGUGAAGUGGACCAAGGCUGACCUGGUCCUGAAACCAGACGACAGGGUGUCCAUUGACACCAAACCCGGAUACUCUACAGUCACCGUCGCCAAGACCAAGAGAGACGACAGCUCCACCUACAUCAUCGAGGCCACCAACAGCAGCGGUCGCGCCACCGCCACCGUGGACGUCAACAUCCUUGAUAAGCCCGGUCCUCCUGCUGCCUUCGACAUCUCUGAGAUCACCAACGAGUCCUGCUUCCUCGCCUGGAACCCUCCACGUGACGAUGGUGGCUCCAAGGUCACCAACUACAUCGUGGAGCGGCGUGCGGCUGACAGCGAGAUCUGGCACCGCCUGUCCUCCACCGUUAAACAGACCACCUACAGAGCCGUGGGCCUGGUGAAGUUCAAGGAGUACAUCUUCAGAGUGUUCGCUGAGAACCAGUUUGGUGUCGGCCCAGCGGCUGAUCACCCGUCCAUCAUUGCCAGAUAUCCCUUUGACACUCCUGGAGCUCCUUACAAACUGGAGCCUUCAGACAUCGCCAAAGACUCCGUGACCCUGUCGUGGUACGAGCCCGAUGAGGAUGGAGGAAGCCCCAUCACCGGAUACUGGGUGGAGAGACAUGAACCUGACCAUGACAAGUGGAUCAGAUGCAACAAGCUGCCCAUCAAAGAUACCAACUACAGAGUCAAAGGAUUGCCCACCAGGAAGAAGUACAAGUUCAGAGUCUUGGCUGAGAAUCUCGCUGGAACCGGAAAACCAAGCAAAGAGACAGACCAGAUCCUCGUCAAGGAUCCUAUCGAUCCUCCAUGGCCUCCUGGUAAACCCACCGUGAAGGACGUGGCCAAGACUUCAUGCUUCCUCAUGUGGACCAAACCAGAGCACGAUGGCGGAGCAAAGAUUGACGGCUACGUCAUUGAGAUGCUGAAGAGCGGAACCACUGACUGGAUCCGCGUGGCAGAGAACAUCAACCUCCUGGAGCAUUUCCUGAAGGGCCUGAUGGAGAAGCAGGAGUACUCGUUCAGGGUGCGAGCUGUCAACGUGGCUGGGGAGAGUGACCCCAGCGAGCCCAGCGACCCUGUGCUCUGCAAAGAAAGACUCAAUCCUCCUUCCGCUCCUCGCUGGUUGGAUGUCGUCAACAUCAACAGAAACAGCGCUGACCUGAAGUGGACGGCCCCCGAGCGCGAUGGAGGCUCUAAGAUCACAAACUACGUGGUGGAGAAGCGUGAUGUCAGGCGUAAGGGCUGGCAGGCGGUGGACACCACCGUGAAGGAGCUGAAGUACACCGUGACACCACUCAACGAGGGAUCUCUAUACGUGUUCCGCGUCGCUGCUGAGAACUCUGCAGGGAUUGGACCUUUCUGCGAGAUGGAGGACUCUGUGUUGGCUAAAGACACUUUCACCACUCCCGGGCCACCUUACUCACUUACUGUCAACGCUGUGACCAAGAGAUACGUUGACCUGUCUUGGGAGGCUCCUAAAAAUGACGGUGGCAGACCGAUCCUCAAGUAUUCCCUUGAGAAGAAGGAGAAGCUGGGAACCCGCUGGGUGAAAUGCGGGAAGACUUCAGGUCCAGACUGUAAGUACAGAGUGACAGACGUCAUCGAGGGAACCGAGGUCCAGUUCCAGGUCAGCGCUGAGAACGAGGCGGGCAUCGGACAUGCCAGUGAACCCACCGAGAUCCUGACCAUUGAAGACCCGACCGGAAUCCCAUCUCCACCUAUUGAGCUGCAUGUGACUGGAGCCAGCAGGGACUUCCUGGCCAUUGCCUGGAAACCCCCACAGAGAGACGGUGGUUGCCAGAUCACUGGCUACCACAUCGAGAUGUGUGAAGCUGGUACAGAGAAGUGGAUGAGGGUUAACUCCCGCCAAGUGAAGGAGCUGAAAUACCGUGUGGAGGAGGGCAUCGUCCCUGAGAAGGAGUACAUCCUGAGAGUGAGGGCUAUCAACGCCGCCGGAAUCAGCGAGCCCUCAGACAUCUCUGAGAACGUCUUCGCCAAAGAAUCUGACUGUAACCCAAUGCUGGAGUUCCAGACUCUGGACCUGGUUGUUGUUGAGACAGAGAAGAUGCACAUCCCCAUCCCCUUCAGAGCCGUCCCCUCGCCCAGAAUCACCUGGCACAAAGACGGGAAGGAGCUGAAGGCUGACGAGCGCGUCUACUUCAGGAAAGAGUACACUUCCUGUCACCUGGAGGUGGACAGCAGCGUGCACGCUGACGCCGGACAGUACAAAGUGACUCUGGAGAACAAACUGGGAACCGCCAGCGCCGCCAUCAAUGUCAAAGUCAUCGGUCUGCCUGGUCCCUGUAAGGAGAUUUUGGCCUCUGAGAUCACAAAGAGUUCCUGUAAAGUAACCUGGGAUCCUCCAGACUACGAUGGAGGCACCCCCAUUGUUCACUAUGUCCUGCAGCGCCGUGAGGCCGGCAGGAGGACCUACGUCAACAUGAUGUCUGGAGAGAACAAGGUGAGCUGGAAUGUCAAAGACCUGAUCCCCAACGGAGAGUACUACUUCAGAGUCCAGGCCGUCAACAAGAUUGGAGGAGGAGAGUUUGUCGAGCUCCGCAACCCGGUCAUCGCUGAGGACCAGAAACAUCCCCCUGACCCUCCGGUGGACGUGGAGACCCACAACCCCACCUCCAGCACCAUCACCCUGACAUGGAAGCCCCCCAUGUAUGACGGCGGCUCUAAGAUCAUGGGCUACGUCCUGGAGAGGCAGCAGAAGGGCGAGGAUAAGUGGGAGAGAUGCAACGACUUCCUGGUUCCUGUCCUGUCCUACACUGUCAGAAGACUCACAGAGGGAAAGAGCUACGCCUUCAGAGUCAAAGCCGAGAACGCAGCAGGGGUCAGCGAGCCAUCACGCAACACACUGUUUGUCAAGGCCUCAGACGCUGUCGACGCUCCCAAAGUGUUCCUAAGCGGCAGCCUGCAGUCCGGCCUCAGCGUGAAGCGAGGCUGCGAGAUCUGCCUGGACGCCAACAUCUCCGGCUCCCCGUACCCCCAGAUCACCUGGUACUGGAACAACCAGGUGAUCAGACCUGAGGCACUCCGCAAGAGGCCAGACAAACCCCUGAAGAAGAAGGUGGAGAAGAAGGAAGAGAAGAAGGAGGAGAAGAAGCCAGAGGAGGGAGAGGCAGAGAAGAAGAAGCCAGAGGAGGGAGAGGCAGAGAAGAAGGAGGAGAAGAAGGAGGGAGAGGUGAAGGAGGGAGAAGAGAAAAAGGAGGAAGAGAAGAAGAAAGAGGAAGAGGCAGCAGAGCCGGAGGUGGAGGAGACCGACUACCCGACCAUAAACGAGCGUCUGAACAUCAACAACAGCCACAGGGGCAUGUCCUCCAUCGUCGUUAAGGACUCCAUGCGCGUCGACCACGGCGUCUACAUGGUGAAGGUAGAGAACGACCAUGGCAUCGCCUCGGCAACCUGUGAGGUCAACGUGCUCGAUACUCCCGGGCCUCCGGUGAACUUCAAGUUCGAGGAGGUGAGGAAGAACUCCGUGAUCUGUAAGUGGGAUCCUCCUCUGGAUGAUGGUGGCAGCGAGAUCCUGAACUACUCUCUGGAGAAGAAAGAUAACUCCAAGCUGGAGAUCGGCUGGAGCAGUGUCACCUCCACGCUGAGGGGAUGUCGAUACCUGGUGCCAAAACUCAUCGAGAAGAAGGAGUACAUCUUCAGAGUCCAGGCCGAGAACAAGUUCGGACCUGGACCGCGCUGCAUCUCCAAACCGCUCAUCGCCAAGAACCCGUUCGAGCCUCCUGAGGUGCCUGAAAAGCCACAGAUUGAUGACGUCACAGCCAACAGCAUACUGGUCACCUGGAAUGAACCCAAUGACAACGGCAGCCCCAUCCUGGGCUACUGGGUUGAGCGCCGCGAGAUCAACAGCUCACACUGGGCCCGCGUCAACAGGAACAUGAUCACCGAUACCGAGGUGAAUGUUGACGGGCUGAUUGAGGGGCUGACCUAUAUCUUCAGGGUUGCAGCUGAAAACCAGGCUGGACCCGGAAAGUUCAGCGUCCCCUCUGAACCGCAAACCACCCACGCUCCAAUCCUGCCUCCUGGACCUCCAAUUGCCCGAGUUGAAGCAACCACAGAUCACUCCAUCGACGUGGAGUGGGACCCACCUGUGGACAACGGUGGAGGAGAGGUCCUGGGAUACCAUGUGGAUAAGGCCGUGGCUGGUUCCAAGGACUGGUCCAGGUCUACAGAGCGUCCAUGGAAGAACCGGGCCUUCACUGUCUAUGGAGUCCGUGAGGGAGCCAAGUACCUGGUCAGAGUCAUCGCUGUUAAUGCUGCUGGAGAGGGAACGCCAGGAUUCACAGAGUCCGUAUUCGUCAGGAAUCCUGCAGAGGUGCCAGUGAUCGAGCUGGACCUGUCUGUCAAGAAUGGCGUGAUCAUCAGAGCUGCAGAGACACUGCGUGUGCCCGCCACAGUCACAGGUAAACCCUACCCCUCCAUCACCUGGACCAAGGAUGAUGGAAAACCAGACAAAGACCGCGUGGAGAUUCUCACUGAGGGCAACGACAGCGUUGUUGAAAUCAAGAAUGUUCAGAGGAAGGACUGUGGCAAAUACCAGAUCUCUGCCUGCAACCCCAGCGGCACCAAGGCUGCUUGGACCAGAGUGGAGGUCAUGGAUGUCCCUGGACCUGUCACGGACCUGAAGCCUGUCGUCGUCACUCGCAAGAUGAUCUUCCUGAACUGGGACGACCCCGACGAUGAUGGAGGCAGCGACCUGACCGGCUUCAUCGUGGAGCGCAGAGACCCCAAGAUGCACACCUGGAGGCAGCCCGUUGAAACUGCCUCAUCUAAGUGCGAGUGUGUGGGCAUCAUGGAAGGACAGGAUUACCUGUUUCGCGUCAUUGCUAAGAACAAGUAUGGCAUGGGACCACCUGUCGAGCUGGGACCCAUCAAGGCUGUGGACCCACAGGGCCCACCAUCAUACCCUGAGAAGUUCCACUACACCGAGAGGACCAAGAACUCCAUCACCCUGACCUGGAAGCCUCCUCGUAAUGACGGUGGCAGCCCCAUCAUUGGCUACACUGUUGAGAAGAAGAGACAGGACCAGCAGGCCUUUGAGCCCUGCAACAAGGAGCUCUGCCCCGACAUGACCAUGACUGUGGAGGGCCUGGAAGAGGCCUGGAUGUACGAGUUCAGGAUCAAGUGCGCUAAUCUCAUCGGAGAGAGCGAGCCUUCCAUCCCGUUCACUGUGGUGAUCCAGGAUGACGAAGUGGCUCCUGAGGUCCACAUGCUGAAGCAAUUCAAGGGCGACUGCAUCACCGUGAGGAAGGGUGAAGCCAUUGAGAUCCCCGCUGAUGUCCUGGGUCUUCCUAUCCCCAAGAUCGAGUGGACCAAAGACGACGUGGUGAUCGAUAAACCCACUGAGGCUCUGCUGCUGGACACACAGGUGACCGGCAGGCUGAACUGCAAGACCACCCUGUCCAUCCCUGUAGUCAACAGAAGGGACCGCGGCUGCUACACAGUGACCGCCUCCAACAACAUGGGCUCAGCCAAACACAGCAUCACUGUCAUGGUGCUGGACCGCCCAACUCCACCCAGGAAUAUCAGCGUGUCCAACAUCAAGGCAGAGUCAUGCUACCUGCAGUGGGACCCCCCGCUGGAUAACGGUGGCAGCGAGCUGACCAACUACAUUGUAGAGAAGAAGAAUGUGACGACGGAGGAGCCAGAGCUGGAGGAGGGACAGGAAGCGCCUGCUGAGCCACAGUGGGAGGAGGUCACCAACAGCAUCAUCGAGAAGAAAUACGGGGUGUGGAACCUGGAGACCAGCAAGUCCUACAUGUUCAGGGUGAAAGCACAGAACCGUUACGGCAUAUCUGACCCUUGCACGACAGAAGAAGUCAAAAUCACAGAUCCAUUCGGUCUGCCAGGACCACCUGAGAGACCAGCCAUCGCUGAGUACUCCAAGACGUCCAUGACCGUGACCUGGGAGCCUCCCAGAGAUAGCGGCGGCUCCAUGAUUAUCGGAUACUGGCUGGAGAAGAGGGAGAAGGGCACUGCUUACUGGGCCAAAGUCAACAAGGUGCCAGUCACCAAGAGGGGCGUGAAGGGCUGGGAUUACCAGGCGACUCGUCUGGUUGAAGGAACAGAGUACGAGUUCAGGAUUGCAGCCUGCAACUCUGCAGGAAUGGGACCCUUCAGCAGUCCUACCGACUCUGCAUUUGCUGUGGACCCCCUCACUCCUCCCAGCAUGCCAGCUGCUCCCGUUGUUGCUGAUAAGACAAAGCACAACGUGACUCUGACCUGGAAACCACCAGACAGGGACGGAGGCAGUCCCAUCAAAGGCUACAUCAUCCAGAUCCAGGAUGAAGGCUCGUCAGAGUGGGUGAGGGUGAACGACCCUGAGGAACCCCACCCCACCACAGAGUUCACCGUGCCCAGCCUGCGCGCCCUGAAACGCUACCGCUUCAGGAUCAUUGCUGUCAACGACAUUGGGGAGUCCGACCCCAGCCCCCGCACCACCGAGGUCCUGAUCGAGGACGUCCAGCUUCCACCCUUCAUCAACAUCGACAUGAUCGUGGAAGACCUGCUAUGUGUCCGUGCCGGAGAUCCAUUCAGGAUCCCCGCCACCAUCAGGGGCCGCCCUGUUCCCAAAGUUACCUGGGAUUACGACGGCAAAGCCAAGUCGCACAAGAAGAACAAAUUGCACACGCUGCCCGUUGACUCUGAGGUCGAGUCCACAGACACCACAUCCAUCAUUAACGUCCCUGUGUCUCUGAGGAGCCACUCUGGACGGUACACCAUCACCGCCAAGAACAAGUCCGGACAAAAACACGUCAACGUCAGGGUCAACGUCCUCGAUGUCCCUGGACCUCCGAAGGACCUGAGAGUCACUGACAUCACCCGCGCUACGAUGAGGCUGAUCUGGAAGCUCCCUGACAACGAUGGCGGAGAGAGAAUCAAGAGCUACUUCAUUGAGAAGAAAUGUGUCACUGACCACGCCUGGACCAAGGUGAACGCCGCCUCUGCCAGCCAGGCUUACGUGGUGCCCGGCCUGCUGGAGGGUCAGGACUACCUGUUCAGGGUCCGAGCUGAGAACAGACUUGGAUUCGGUCCCUUCACCGUGACCUCUGACCCCGUCCGGGCCAGAGACCCCAUCUACCCACCUGACCCCCCCACCAAGGUGAGGGUCGACCUGGUGACGAAGAACACCGUCACUCUGAGCUACGAGGCUCCCAAGAACAACGGCGGCUCACCGGUGACACAUUACAUCAUCGAGCGUUUGAGCUGGGACACCAGCGGCAAAGAGAAGGAGACCUGGAAGCAGUGCAACAAGAGGAAUGUGGAGGAGCUCACCUUCGUGGUGGAGGACCUGAAGGAGGGAGGAGAGUACGAGUUCAGAGUAAAAGCCGUGAACGCUGCUGGACCCAGCCGACCCUCCGCAACCGCUGGACCCCUAGUCAUCAAGGAUCAGACAUGUGCUCCCGACAUCCUGCUGCGUGAGGCCAUGGAGGGCGAGGAGGGCUGCGAUAUCAGCAUUGUGGCGAAGGUGAGCGGCUGUCCGUUCCCCACACUCACCUGGAAGACGGCCACUAUUGCCAAACCCGACGAGAAGACGGCCGUCAAGUACGACCAGCACAUGAACAAACUGGUGACCCAGGACAAGUGCACGCUGCUGAUCCAGCAGGCCAGCAGGAACGACAGUGCCAUCUACAGCCUGACCGCCAGCAACAGCCUGGGCUCCGUCACUAAGGACAUUAAAGUCAUGGUGCUCGGACCUCCCGGCCCCCCCGUUGGACCCAUCAAGCUCACCGAGGUGUUUGCAGAGAGGAUCGGCCUGGCCUGGAACGCCCCCAAAGAUGACGGUGGAUCCAAGAUCACCAACUAUGUGGUUGAGAAGCGUGAGGACAACAGGAAGUCAUGGGUUCACGUCUCCAACGACCCGAAAGAGUGCGCCUACGUGGUGACUCGUCUGACGGAGAACCACGAGUACGAGUUCAGGGUCAUGGCUCAGAACAAGUUCGGAGUCGGAUCUGCGAUCUUCAGCGAGCCGGAGAAGGCCAGAAAUCUCUUCACUAUCCCCGGUCAGUGUGAGAAACCGACCGUGAGCGAAGUCAAUCUUGAGUACAUGACCGUGAACUGGGAGGAGCCAAAGUAUGACGGCGGCUCCUCUGUGACCGGUUACAUCCUGGAGAAGAAGGAGACCUCCGCCAAGCGCUGGGCUCGCGUCACCAGAGACCCAAUCCGGGCGCUGCCACUGGGCAACAACUGGGAAGUCACCGGGCUGCUGGAGGGCGCCACGUACCACUUCAGGGUCAGCGCUGUGAACGCAGCCGGCCCUGGACUGCCCAGCCCGCCCUCUGACCCCGUAAUCUGCAGAGACCCCAUCAAGCCUCCAGGACCACCCACUCCAAAGGUGACUGACUGGACCAAGUCCACAGUGGAGCUGGAAUGGAUCCCUCCCCUGUUGGAUGGAGGGUCAAAGGUCACAGGAUACAUCAUGGAGUAUAAGGAGGUGGACAAAGAGGCGGAGGAGAAGAAGGCACAGAAAAAGCUGCUGCUGAGCUCGGAGGACGAGGAGAAGGAGCCUGAGGUCGACGAGGGCUGGGAGAAGGCGAAGGACACAGAAAUCAGGGGAACCAAGUUUGUUGUUCCUGGUCUGAAGGAAGGCGGUCUGUACCGCUUCAGAGUCCGUGCUGUGAACGUGGCCGGAGUGGGAGAGCCUGGAUACGUUGCUGAGCUGAUCGAGACCAAAGACAGAACGAUUCCUCCUGAGAUGGAUCUGGACGCCUCGGUGAAGGAGAAGAUCGUGGUCCACGCAGGUGCAACCAUCCGCAUCAUCGCCUACGUCUCAGGUAAACCCGCCCCUACGAUCACCUGGUGCAGAGAUGACGCAGAGGUGCCCAAAGAGGCCGUGGUGGAGAAGACUGGCAUCUCCAACUCGCUGGUCAUCAAGAACUGCAGACGCCAACACCAGGGCAUCUACACCCUGAGCGCCAAGAACGAGGGAGGAGAGAGGAAGAAGGCCGUCAUCGUGGAGGUCCUCGACGUCCCUGGACCUGUCGGUCUUCCCUUCGCCGGCGAGAACUUGACCAAUGACUCGUGCAAGUUGACCUGGUACUCCCCUGAGGACAACGGUGGCUCUGCCAUCACCAACUACAUCAUCGAGAAGAGGGAGUCUGACCGCAUGGGCUGGACCUCUGUUUCCUACACCGUGACCAGGAACAACGCUGUGGUGCAGGGACUCCACGAUGGAAAAGGCUACUUCUUCAGGAUCGCAGCCGAGAACAUUAUCGGCAUGGGACCGUUCAUCGAGACCGACAAAAUGGUUCUCAUCAAGGACCCCAUCUCCAUCCCCGAGCGUCCAGAAGACCUGAUCAUCACCGCCGUCACCAAAGACUCCAUUUCCGUCUCCUGGAGACCUCCUAAGUACGACGGUGGGGCAGAGGUGACCUCCUACAUCCUUGAGUCUCGUAUGAUUGGACGUGACAGCUUCACACGCAUUGGAGGAGAGGACAAACUGAUGGACAGGAAGUUCGCUCUGACCGGGCUGAAGGACGGCUCGAGUCACGAGUUCAGGGUCUCUGCCGUCAACCAGGUGGGACAGGGCAAACCGUCCUUCGCCACCAAACCUGUGCAGUGCAAGGACGAGCUGGAACCGCCCAAUCUGGACCUGGACUUCAGGGACAGGAUGAUGGUGAAGGUGGGAGACAGCUGCCAGCUGUCUGGGCGCUUCGGUGGUAAACCACUUCCAGCGAUCACCUGGAAAAAGAACGAGGAGGAGCUGAAGGGUGACGACUUAAUCAGCCUUUACAGCUCCGCCCGACACCUCAGCCUCAACAUCAGCCAGGCCAAGAGGGAGCACAGCGGGUGCUACAGCGUUAGCGUGGAGAACGCUGCCGGGACACGCACCGGUCUCUGCACCAUCACUGUGGUCGACCGUCCUCAGCCUCCAGAGGGCCCCGUGGUCUUCAACGAGGUCUACAGGAACUACAUGGUGAUCUCCUGGAACCCUCCUCUGGAUGACGGAGGCUGCGCCGUCUCUAACUACAUCGUCGAGAAGAGAGACACCAACAGAGACCUGUGGAUGCCCGUCACCGAGUCCUGCACAAGGACCACCUGCAGGGUGCCAAAACUGAUCGAGGGUCGUGAAUACAUCAUCAGGAUCAUGGCUCAGAACAUCUACGGCAUCAGCGACCCCCUGCUGUCUGCCGAGUCCAAGGCCAGAGACGUCUUCAAGGUGCCUGACGCUCCUAAACAGCCCACCGUGAAAGAGGUGUUCCACGACUCUGCCCUCAUCAGCUGGGAGCCCCCUGCUGACGGAGGAAAACCAAUCACAGGCUACAUCGUGGAGAGGAAGGAGACCAUGGCCCACAGGUGGGUUCGAUGCAACACAGAGAGAAUCUACCCGAAGGUGGAGUACUGGGUGACGGAUCUGCUGCAGGGCUGCGAGUAUGAGUUUAGAGUCAGCGCUGAGAACGUAGUGGGAGCCGGAGACCCAAGUCCUCCAUCCAAACCUGUCUUUGCCAAAGACCCCAUUGUGAAACCCGGUCCACCAGUGAACCUCAAGGCCAUCGACUUCUCCAAGGAGUCGGUCACCCUGUCCUGGCAGCCACCUGCUGACACCGGCAGAGGAAAGAUCUUUGGAUACCUGCUGGAGUACCAGAAAGCUUCAGAGGAAGAGUGGACCAAGGUGAACCAGACCCCAGACUCCUGCCAGGACACCAAGUUUAAGGUGAUCAACCUGGAGGAUGGCGUUCUGUACCGCUUCAGAGUCAUGGCUGUGAAUGCUGCCGGAGAGUCUGACCCAACUAACCUGAUGGAGCCAAUCAAAGUGCAGGACAGACUGGAGCCCCCAGAGCUGGACCUCGACGCAGGAAUGACCCGAGAGGUGAAGGCCAAGGCCGGCACGCACAUUCCUCUGAUUGCCACCAUCAAAGGCGUCCCGUUCCCCACCGUCACCUGGAAGAAGAAUGACGCAGAUGUGCCCACCAGGGCUGACAUUGAGACUAGCCAGACCGGCACCAAACUGGAGAUGAGGUUCUGUACCCGUGAGGACUGUGGAGACUACACCCUUACUGUGGAGAACUCAGCUGGAUCCAAGACCGCCAUCUGCACUGUGCUGGUCUAUGACAAACCUGGACCCAUCCAGCACCUCCGGGUGUCUGACGUCAGGAGUGACUCUGCCUACCUGUCCUGGAAGGACCCAGAGGACAACGGCGGUGCUCGCAUCACUAACUUUGUGGUGGAGAAGAAAGACACAGCAUCCACUCAGUGGGUUCCUGUUUGCUCAACAUCCAAGAAACGAAGCAUGAUGCUGAAGCACCUGAUGGAGGGCACGUCCUACUCCUUCAGGGUGGCUGCUGAGAACCAGUACGGCCGCAGUGAAUACAUUGAGACACCAAGGGCCAUCAAGGCAAUGAACCCACUCUUCCCACCUGGUCCCCCCAAAGACCUGCACCAUGACGAUGUGGACAAGACCGAGGUGUGGUUGGUCUGGAACUGGCCUGACCGUAAUGGAGGAAGUGCCAUCACAGGCUUCUUGGUGGAGUACCAGGAAGAGGGAGAGAAGGAUUGGGAUGAGUGGAAGACCGUCAGUAUCCCUGAGAGUCAUGUGACUGGCCUGGAGGAAGGCAAGACUUACCGCUUCAGAGUGAGAGCUGAGAACGCUAUUGGCCUCAGCAGACCUGACACCACCGUGCCUAUCCUCUGCCAGGAGAAACUCGUGCCUCCAAUCCUUGAGGUGGAUGCUAAGCUCUGUGAAGGCAUCGUUGUUAAGGCUGGAACCACAAUCAGACUGCCAGCUAUCAUGAGGGGAAUCCCUGUUCCCACUGCUAAGUGGGCCAUUGAAGGAGAGGAGCUCAUCAGCCAGGGUAACACCAAGAUCGACACAGACAACUUCUCCACUGUGCUCAGCAUUAACGAGUGCACUAGAGCCCACACCGGCACCUACCUGCUCACUGUGUCCAACCCUGCUGGAACCAAGACUGUGGGUCUGAACGUUACCGUCCUCGAUGUUCCUGCUGCUCCCAUCGGACCUGUCAACAUCCUGGAAGUUUCGCCAGACUCCAUGAUGAUUGAAUGGCGUCCUCCAAAGGAUGAUGGCGGAAGCCCUGUCACCAACUACAUUGUAGAGAAGAGAGAGUCCAACAAGGAGACCUGGGGAGGUGUAAGCUCUGGCAGCCUCGAGACACAGCUCAACAUCACCCGCCUGCAGAAGGGGGCCGAAUAUGUGGUUCGCAUUCGUGCUGGGAACAAGAUGGGCAUCGGUGCGCCUCUGGAAAGCAAGCCCACAGUGGCUGAGCACUCCUUCAUGCCACCAAGUGCCCCUGGAAAGCCACAAUCCUCCGAUAUCUCAGAGGAUGCUGUUACUCUGGGCUGGACCAUGCCCCUGACUGAUGGGGGCAGCCAGAUCACUGGUUACAUCAUUGAGCGCAGACAUACGGGAGGAAAAUGGAUCCGUGUCAACAAGAAACCCUGCAGGGACCUGAGGUACAGAGUUCUUGGUCUGUUUGAGGGCAAUGAGUAUGAGUUCAGAGUGUUUGCUGAGAAUAUUGCCGGCUUCAGUGGCCCCUCUCCCACCUCUGACCCCUGCAAGCCCUGCAGACCCAUCACUGUCCCCAGCCCCCCUGUCAACCCCAGAGUUAAAGAUUACAGCAAGACCACUGCCGACCUGGUAUGGACCAAACCCAACAAAGAUGGAGGCAGCCCUAUCCUUGGUUACACCAUGGAAAUGAAGAAAGCUGACAGCGAAGAAUGGAAAAAAGUUAACCUGGACGACUUCAUCAAGCAGUGUGCUCACACGGUGAAGGGUCUCGAGGAGGGUGGGACCUACAGAUUCAGAGUCUUUGCCUCAAACAUGAUCGGAGAUGGAGAGCCCAGAGAAGUCCCAGAGUCCGUCACUGCUCAGGACAUCCUCAUUCCUCCAGAGAUUGAGAUGGAUGCCACCUGCCGUGAGCGUGUCACUGUACGUGUAGGACACAACAUCAACAUUGCCGGUUACAUCAGGGCCCGUCCGGAUCCUGAAGUGCUUUGGUCAAAGGAAGAGACAGUCUUGGAGAAGAGCAAGCGUAAUACCCUCAUUCAGAACCUGCCCAUGGUGCACCUGAGGAUCAAAGAGGCAACUAGAGCUGACCAUGGAAAAUAUGUCUUGAAGGCUUCAAAUGAGGGCGGUGAGGCCUCCUGCACCAUCACAGUCAAUGUGCUGGACAGACCCAGUCACUGCCAGAGCCUUCACACCACCUACGUCACCAAGGACUCAUGCAUGAUCAACUGGGAGGCCCCUAAGGACAACGGUGGAUCUGAGAUCACCAACUACAUUGUUGAGUGCCGUGAGCCAAGCAUGAGCAUGUGGUCCAUGAUCUCCUCAAAUUGUACCAAUCGCAAGAUCAAGGCCAAGCUGAUGGAGGGCAAAGAGUACCUGUUCCGUGUAUGUGCUGAGAACAAGAUGGGACCAGGACCCAGUACGGAGACCAAAACCCCUGUGCUGGCCAUCGACCCUCUUGAGAAGCCUGGUGAGCCUGAGAACUUUAGAGUCACUGAUGUUGGUAAGAACCACGUCCAUCUCAGAUGGAGGAGGCCUGAUUAUGAUGGUGGCAGCCCCAACCUCUCCUACAACCUGGAGUCCAAAGCCAAGGAUGCUGAGGACUGGGUGAAACUCAACAGUAGUACACUAACUGACACCUUCUUCCUGGCUGACAAGUGCCAAGAAAACCAGACAUACACCUUUAGAGUGCAGACCGUCAAUGAAGGAGGUGAAAGUGGCUGGGUGAAACUGGCCGAUAUUCUGGUAAAGGAGGAGAUCCUGAAGCCUGUUAUCGACCUGAAGCUGGCUGGAGUCCUGACAGUGAAAGCUGGAGAGUCAGUCAGGAUAGAGGCUGGCCUGAGAGGAAAGCCCCAACCUGAGGUCAAAUGGACAAAGGACAAGGCUGUUGGAGACAACCCAAGGAUUAGCUAUGAGACCGGCUCAGACUACUCCAAGCUCCUCUUGACCAAGUCCAGACGCUCUGACACUGGAAAGUUUAUCAUCACUGCCACCAACGUGGCUGGCACCUUCACUGCAUAUGCCAACAUCAACGUCUUGGACGUCCCCGGUCCAGUGAGAAAUCUCAGGAUUACUGGCAUUGGAGCCGACAAGUGCAGGGUGAUAUGGGAUGCUCCAGAGGAUGAUGGAGGAUGCGAGGUGGACAGCUACAUCCUUGAGAAAUGCGAGACCAGGAGGAUGGUCUGGUCCACAUACUCAGCCUCUGUGGUCACACCCUACUGCAACGUCAUUCGUCUGGUGGAGAACAAUGAGUAUAUCUUCAGAGUGAGGGCUGAGAACAAGAUGGGAACUGGCCCUGCCAUGGAAAGCAAGCCUGUCACUGUUAAGACCCAGUUCAACAGACCUGGACCCCCAGAGGCCCCUGAGGUUACCAAGGUGAGCAAGGAUGAGAUGACGGUUGUCUGGGCUCCUCCUGAGAACGAUGGAGGGAAGUCCAUCACUGGCUACAUCCUGGAGAGGAAAGAGAAGAGGGCGGUGCGUUGGGUUCCCUGCAACAAGAGCCCCAUCUCAGAGAGACGCAUGAAAGUCACUAACCUGAUUCCCAACCAUGAGUACCAGUUCAGGGUAAAGGCUGAGAAUGAGGUCGGCCUGGGAGAGCCAAGCAAACCCUGCAGACCUGUUGCAGCUAAAGAUCCGAUUGAGCCCCCUGGCCCCCCUGCAGGCCUGAAGGUCGGUGACAGCACCAAGACCUCUAUUACCCUGGUCUGGUCUAAGCCUGUGUAUGAUGGUGGUGCCCCCAUCAUUAACUACAGCUUGGACUUGAGGCUUAAGAGUGAAGCAGACCCUGAGAAACCCACAGAGGGCUGGAAGAGGAUUGACACUCAUGGCCCGUUGGUACUCAAAGAGUUCACCAUCGGCCAGCUGGAUGAAAAACAAGAGUACGAGUUCAAGGUGUCCGCCCAGAACCAGGUCGGCUGGGGACGCCAUGCAUACUUGAAGGAAGCAGUCUCACCCAAGGAAGUUCUGGAGGCUCCAGAGAUCGACCUGGACGCCAGUCUGAAGAAAGGUCUGGCUGUCCGGGCUGGCUGUCCAAUCAGGCUUUUUGCUGUGAUCAGAGGACGGCCCGCCCCCAAGGUUACCUGGAAGCGUAUGGGUGUGGACAACGUGCUCCGCCGUGGUCAUGUGGACCAGGUCGACACCAUGUCUUUCCUGGUCAUUCCUGAGAGCACCAGAGAUGAUUCUGGCCAGUACUGUCUGGCCCUGUCCAACUCAGCCGGAGAGAAAGCUGUGUAUGUCCGGGUCAAAGUCCUUGAUACUCCUGGUCCUGUUGGCGGCUAUGCAACCGAUGUCACAAAGACAACGGCUCAGCUGUCCUGGUUGCCACCAGAGAACGACGGCGGCAGCCCUAUCACCAUCUACAUCGUGGAGAAACGUGAGGUGGACAGGAAGACCUGGACCAAGUGCACAGAGGACCACAAGAAAACCAGCUUCAAGGUGACCAACAUGACGCCUGGCAUCGAGUACUACUUCAGAGUCAUGGCCUGCAACAAAUAUGGAAUUGGAGUACCUCAGGACUCACCCAGGUCCUACCUGGCAGUUGACCCCAUCAGUGAGCCAGACCCUCCCAAGAAGAUGGACGUGUUGGAAAUCACUAAGAACAGCGCCACACUGGCCUGGCUGAAGCCACUCAGAGAUGGAGGGGCCAAGAUCAAUGGCUAUGUUGUGGACUACCAGGAGGAGGGUGCACCUGAGGGCAAAUGGACUCCAUAUUCAGUGGUCAAAGACCUGACCAUAGUGGUGGUUGGUCUAAAGGAAGGAACAAAGUAUAAGUUCAGAGUGGCUGCCAGGAACGCAGUGGGAACCAGCCUGGCUCGUGAGGCCGAGGGAGUGUUUGUGGUCAAGGAGCAGCUCAUGCCUGCUAAGAUCAUCAUGCCCGACGUUGUGACUGUCAGAGCUGGAUCCAAGAUGGUGGUUGAAGCCAUAGUGGCGGGUAAACCGGCUCCCUUCUGCAAGUGGAAGCAAGGCAACGAGGACAUACUGACUUCUGACCGCCUGUCGGUCGUAAAGACUCUUACAUCAUGCACCCUUAUAAUCAAGAAUGUAACACGAAAAGACAGCGGCUACUACAGCCUGUCUGCAGAGAACAGCUCUGGCAAAGUCAACCAGAUCCUCAGAGUCACCGUCAUGGACAUCCCUGGACCUCGGCCCCAUGAGAUCACUGAGCAGGACAUUGAUGCCUGCACUCUGCUCUGGAACUCUCCAGAGGAGGAUGGUGGCAGCAACAUCACCAAGUAUAUUGUUGAGAAGUGUGAUGUAAGCCAGGGUGACUGGGUUACUGUAUCCACUUCCUGCACUAAAACCAGCUUCAGAGUGACCAAGCUUACUACUGGUAAAGAGUAUGGCUUCCGUGUCCGUGCUGAGAACAGGUUCGGCGUCUCUCAGCCCGUCCUCUCUGAGAGGAUGAUUGCCAAAUAUCCGUUCGAUACACCCAGUGAGCCUAAAAACCUGCAGAUCAACAAGGUCAACAAAGACUUUGUCAUUCUGUCAUGGGAGCGUCCCAGCAAUGAUGGUGGCACUCCCAUCACUGGAUACUGCAUCGAGAAGAAGGAGAGGAACAGCCUUCUGUGGACGAGAGCCAACGAGUCUGUGGUUAAAUCCACCCAGUACACCUGCAGCAACCUGAUCGAGGGCCUGGAGUACACCUUUAGGGUCUCAGCUUUCAACUUGGCAGGACAGGGCAAACCAUGCAAACAGACCGACUUUAUCACCGCAAGGGCUGGAGUUGACCCACCAGGUAAACCUGAGCCCAUGGAUGUGACCAAGAACUCCGUUUCGUUGGUCUGGUCCCGUCCCAAGCAGGAUGGUGGCAGUAAGCUGAUCGGCUACCACAUGGAGUACACACAGCUUCCAGAAGACAAGUGGACCCGCUGCAAUGCCAACUGCAUGAACAUCCAGGCAGAGAACUACGUGGUAACCGGCCUGGAAGAGGGCCAGCAGUACCAGUUCAGAGUCAUCGCAAAGACAGCCAUCAACAUCAGCCAACCGUCCGAGCUAUCCGACCCCAUCCCUGUCAUCGCAGAGAAUGUCACUCCUCGUGUAGAGCUCGGUGUCGAUAUGAAGAACCUGAUUGUGGUUAAAGCUGGAGAGAACGUAUCCCUUGAUGCGGAGGUGUUCGGAAAGCCACUGCCCAAGGUGAGCUGGAAGAAAGAUGGAGCUCCUCUGGUCCUCGCCGAGGGAAUGAAGAUGGCUCAAAAGAAAACACGUCCACCUGUGGAGUUGUUCUCCGUCACCAGGAAGGAGUCUGGAGACUACACCAUCACAGCUGAGAACAUAAACGGUAGCAAGUAUGCCACCAUCAAGCUCAAAGUGCUCGACAAACCAGGCCCCCCAGCCUCAGUGAGAAUUGCAAAGGUCUUUGCUGACCGCGUGAAGGUUCGCUGGGUGCCCCCGAUUGCAGAUGGUGGCUCUGAGAUCACCAACUACAUCAUUGAGAAGCGUGAAACUAGCAGGGCAAACUGGGCACUUGUCACCGCCAACAUCCACGGACACGUCACAGACUGCUCAGUGGAGAAACUCAUCGAAGGACACGAGUACGAGUUCAGAGUCAGUGCUGAGAACCAGUAUGGUGUCGGAGACGCUACCAUGGCUGACGCUGUCAUGGUCAAGAAUCCAUAUGAUGUUCCCGGUCCAUCUGAUCCCCCCGUCAUCACAAACAUCACCAAGAACUCCAUGACAGUGAGCUGGAAGGCCCCAGCCAAUGAUGGCAAGGCUCCCAUCCUGGGCUACAUGUUGGAGAAACGUGAGGCCACCGAGCUGACCUGGGCUAAGGUCAACAGACGACCUGUCAUCGACAGGACCCUCAAGGCCACUCAGCUGACUGAGGAGUCAGAGUACGAGUUCAGAGUUAUCGCAAUAAACAAAGCUGGUCUCGGCAAACCAAGCGAUGCCUCCAACGCUGCUCUGGCUGUUGACCCCGUCUAUCCUCCUGGACCUCCAGCCUUCCCCAAGGCGGUGGACUCAACCAAGAGCUCCAUCAGCCUGAGCUGGACCAAACCAGCAUACGAUGGUGGCUGUGAGAUCAUCGGCUACCUGGUGGAGUGCAAGCGAGUUGAAGCAGAGGACUGGACAAAGUGCAACAUCCCGAAGAAGCUUCAGGCCACCAAAUUCUUGAUGACAGGCCUAAUGGACCAGACUGAGUACCAGUUCAGGGUCAGUGCUGUGAACAGGAUCGGCUUCAGUGAGCCCAGUGAGGUCCCUGGAAACCACAUGGCCAAGGACAUCCUGAUCGCUCCCGAAGGUGAGCUGGGCGCUGAUCUGAGGAAGAGAUUGGUUCUCCGAGCUGGUGUGACCAUGAGACUCUACGUCCCGCUGAAAGGACGUCCGGCGCCAAAGGUGACAUGGACUAAGGUGGACGCCAACCUGAAGGAAAGGCAGGGCCUGCUGAUCAAGACAUCAGAGUGGGACACCCUGCUGAUGAUUGAGGACAUUAAUAGAUAUGACGCUGGCAAAUACGUGUUGUCUCUGGACAGCGGCUCAAAGAGCUACACCAUUGUGGUCAAAGUUCUUGAUACUCCUGGACCACCACAGAACCUGAUCGUGAAAGAGACUUCCAGAAGCCACGCAUGCAUCACAUGGGACGCCCCACUGAUUGAUGGUGGCAGCCCAGUCAAGAGCUACGUGGUAGAGAAACGUUUGGCAGAGAGGAAGGCCUGGACCUGUGUGUCUGCAGAAUGCCCCAAGACCUCUUUCAGGAUCACCAACCUUGAGGGGGGACAGGCUUACUGCUUCAGAGUGCUGGCUGAAAACGCCUACGGCAUCGGAGAAGGCUGUGAGACUGCCGGCAGCGUCCGAGCCUCAGAGCAACCUGGUCCAGUGACAGACUUCAAGGCUCAGAAGACCACCAAGGACUCCAUCACUCUGGGUUGGAAGAAGCCCAUAAGUGACGGUGGAAGCCAUGUCACUGCCUACAUCCUGGAGCAGAGCGAAGGAGAGGAGAAGUGGAAGAUGAUCAUGAAAGCAAAGAACACCUCACAUACCAUCGGCGAGCUUGCUGAUGGCAAGGAGUAUGUAUUCAAAGUCAAGGCACUCAACGAAUCUGGAGAGGGACCACCUACUGAGCUCGCUGUCAUCGCCAAGGACCAGUUUUUGCUGCCUGACUGCAACUUAAGUGGUCUGCACGAUGGUUGUCAAGUAGUGAAAGAGAGCAGCACCACUCGUAUCAACAUCCCUGUCACUGGAGUGCCCUACCCCACCGCCACCUGGAAGAAAGGUGACUCCAUGCUGGGAGACACAGGCCGAAUGUGCAUUGAGUCUUCUCAGGGCACCACCACCCUGCUGAUCAGAGACUGCCAGAGAGGAGACGCUGACACCUACACCAUCAAUGUCAAAAACAGCGCAGGAGCUAAGGACUGCAAGUUCCAGCUUAAGGUCGUUGGCAGGCCCGGAAUUUGUUCCGGACCCAUCAAGUUUGAUGAGAUCACCGCCGAUGGCAUCACCCUGGAGUGGGGACCACCUAUAGAUGAUGGUGGCUCUGAGGUGACCAACUACAUUGUGGAGAAGAGAAGAACAACUGACAACAAGUGGGCCACAGUUGCUUCAGCCAUCCAGAAGACCUCCAUGAGAGUGAUCCGGCUCCAUGAUGGCAUAGAGUAUAUCUUCAGAGUGUUUGCUGAGAACAAAUAUGGAGUUGGAGAGUAUCUGAGGUCUGAUCCAGUCAUCGCCCAGCAUCCAUUCGAUGUGCCUGGGGCGCCUGCUCCUCCAGAAAUAGUGAGCAUACGCCACGAGUCUGCCAUCUUGACCUGGGCUGAUCCAAGGGACAGUGGUGGCUCCCCCAUCACAGGAUAUCACGUGGAGUUUAAGGAGAGGAACAGUCUAAUGUGGAAACGGGCCAGUAAGACUCCUCUGAGAGUGAAGGAAUGCAGAGUCACUGGCCUGAUAGAGGGACUAGAGUAUGAGUUCAGGGUUAUGGCCAUGAAUAUGGCUGGCUUAGGAAAAGCAAGCAAGGUCACAGAGGCUGUGGUUGCCCUGGAUCCUAUUGAUCCUCCUGGCAAGCCCGAGGUGAUCAGUGUCACCAGGACCACAGUCACUCUGAUCUGGACAGCUCCCAAAUAUGACGGCGGCCACAAGCUGACCGGCUACAUGGUGGAGAAGAUGGAGACUGGAGGAAAGGCCUGGAUGAAGGCCAAUCAUGUAAACGUGCAGGGCUGUGCCUUCACCGUCCCGGACCUGACAGACGGAGCUCAGUAUCAGUUCAGGAUCAGGGCGAGAAAUGCUGCAGGGGCCAUUAGUGUUCCUUCAGAGACCACUGAGCUUCUGACAUGCAAGGAUGAGUAUGAGCCUCCAACCAUCACUAUGAAGAUAAUGAAGGAUGGUGUAUCAGUCAGAGCAGGAGACACCAUCGUGGUCACUGCCGCCAAGAUCUUGGGCAAACCUCCACCUACUGCUGUCUGGUCAAAGGGUGGUCGUGAGUUUAAGACCUCUGACAUUGUCACUAUCACUAGCACACCCACGUCCUCUACUCUUGCUAUCAAGUAUGCAAGCCGCAAAAACACAGGACAGUACACCAUUACCGCCAGCAACCCCUUCGGCAUCAAGGAAGAACAUGUUAAGGUGAAGGUCCUGGACGUGCCUGGACCUCCAGGCCCCAUUGAAGCAAGCAACGUCUCAGCUGAAAAGUGUACUCUGACCUGGCUUCCACCAGAGGAGGAUGGAGGGUGCACAAUCAAGUCCUACAUCCUUGAGAAGAGAGAAACCAGUCGUCUUCAGUGGACCAAGUUAGCUGAAAACGUCAUGGACUGCAGAUAUGUAGCCGGAAAACUGAUCAAGGGCAACGAGUACAUCUUCAGAGUGUCUGCUGUGAACCAGUAUGGCACUGGAGACUCAAGCCAGUCUGGUCCAGUCAAAAUGGUUGACAGUUUUGGCCCACCAGGUCCACCUUCAGUUCCAGAAAUUGAUAAUGUCAGUAGGAAUGCUGUCACCAUUUCAUGGAGGAGACCAGUGAACGAUGGAGGAAGUGACAUCAGAGGAUAUAGUGUUGAAAGGAAAGAGAGAAGAGGAAUGAGAUGGGUGAGAGCCUCUAAGAGGACUGUCCCAGACCUGCGCUUUAAGGUGCAAGGCCUGACUGAAGGAGUAGAGUAUGAGUUUAGAGUCACCGCUGAGAAUAAGGCUGGAUUUGGUGAGCCAAGUGAGCCGUCCCCCUCUGUAAUGACCAAGGACAUUGUGUAUCCACCUGGACCUCCUUCCAACCCCAGAAUUACAGAAACAACAAAAACCACUGCCAGCUUUGCCUGGGGCAAACCCCACUAUGAUGGUGGUCUUGAUGUUGACGGAUACAUUGUUGAGUACAAAAGGGAAGGGCUUGACGACUGGGAGGUGGAGACACAGUACCUAUUGAAAGCUACUGAAUAUGUUAUUGGUAAACUUCAAAAAGGAGGCAAAUACCACUUCAGAGUCAGUGCAAUAAACUCAGAGGGCGUUGGUGAGCCAGCAGAGAUUGAAAAAGUUACGGAAUUGGUGGACCAGGAGACACUGCCAGACUUUGAGCUUGAUGCUGAAUUAAGGAAAACCCUGGUUGUUAGGUGCCGUGCUUCCAUCCGUAUGUUUGUUCCCAUCCGUGGUCGUCCUGUUCCUGAAGUAACCUGGAGCAAAGAUGAUACCAACCUGAAAACACGUGCACACAUUGACACCACAGAGUCCUACACUCUUCUGGUUAUUCCUGACUGCACUAGAUAUGAUGCUGGAAAGUACAACCUCUGUCUCGAGAAUGUAGCUGGAAAGAAGGCUGGCUUUGUCAAUGUGAAAGUUCUGGACACACCAGGACCACCAGUCCAACUCAAACCAAGGGAGAUCACUAAGAACAGCAUCACCCUUCAAUGGGAAAUACCCAUAAUUGAUGGUGGUUCCAAGAUUCACAACUAUAUCGUUGAAAAGAGAGCGGCCACUAAGAAAGCCUACACUGUACUUAGCACCACUUGGCAGAAGUGUUCCUUCAAGAUUUCAGACCUCACAGAGGGAGCUUACUACUACUUCCGUGUCUCAGCUGAGAAUGACCUGGGAGUAGGAGAGCCUGCUGAAACCCCUGAGCCAAUCAGGGUGUCUCAAGCUCCCACAGCACCGGAGAACCUUUAUGUCACAGAUGUCACAGCUGACAGUGCUAGCCUGGCAUGGACCAAGCCUUUGCACGAUGGUGGCUCCUUGAUCACUGGGUAUGUCAUUGAGGCCCAGAAGAAGGACAGUGACCAGUGGGUCCAUGUUACUACUAUUAAGGCUCUGGACUACACUGUAACAGAUCUGAUUGAGGGCGUUGAAUAUACUUUCCGCAUAAUGGCAGUAAAUGAAUCAGGAAGGAGUGAUCCUCGUGAGAGCAGGCCUGCUGUCAUCAAAGAGCAGAGUUCUGCUCCUUCCUUUGACCUGCGUGGAGUCUACCAGAAGACUGUCAUCGCCAAGGCAGGGGACCGUGUAAAGGUUGAAAUUCCUGUGCUCGGCAAACCCAGACCUGUGGUUUCCUGGAAGAAGGGUGACAUAUCCCUCAAGGAGACACAAAGGAUCAAUGUUGAAACUACGCCAACAUCCACUAUUCUCAACAUCGGUGAGAUCAAAAGAACUGAUGGAGGCCAGUAUUCCAUGACUGGAAAGAAUAUGCUGGGUACACUGACUGAGACAAUUACAGUCCUGGUACAUGACAUUCCAGGUCCUCCCACUGGUCCUAUCAAGUUAGAGGAAGUCUCAUGUGAUUAUGUUCUCAUGUCCUGGGAGGCACCAGAGAAUGAUGGAGGCGUUCCAAUCAACAACUAUAUUGUUGAGAUGCGAGAGACCACUGGUACUUCAUGGGUUGAGUUGGCGGCUACAGUGAUCAGAACCACAUUCAAAGCAGCCCGCCUGAACACUGGAACCCAGUAUCAGUUCCGUGUAAGAGCCCAGAAUAGGUAUGGAAGUGGACCAUGCAUUAUCUCUGAAUCAGUAAUUGCUGCCUAUCCAUUUGAUGUGCCAAGUCAGCCAGGCAUUCCUGUAGUCACAUCUCACAACAAGGAUUUUAUGAAUUUGAGCUGGAAUGAGCCAUCCUCUAAUGGAGGAAGUGCAAUCCUUGGCUAUCAUGUGGACAGAAAAGAGAAAAACAGUAUUCUGUGGCAGAGGAUCAGCAAAGCUCUUGUUGUUGGAAAUAUUUUCAAAUCAACAGGCCUUGUUGACGGAAUUGCAUACGAACAUCGUGUCACUGCUGAAAACAUGGCUGGUCUCAGCAAACCAAGCAAGGCCUCUGAGCCUAUGUAUGCUUUGGACCCAGUUGACCCACCAGGCAGACCAGUGGCACUCAAUGUGACCAGACAUGAGGUGACAGUGUCAUGGACCAAACCAGAGGGAGAUGGUGGAUUUUCUAUUACUGGAUACACAGUAGAGAGAAGAGAGUUGCCCAAUGGACGCUGGCUUAAAGCCAACUUCAAUAACAUCUUAGAAACUAUUUAUACAGUCAGUGGUCUGAUUGAAGAUGCAACUUAUGAAUUCCGUGUGACGGCCAGAAACUCAGCUGGUGCUGUCAGCGCUCCAUCCCAGCCAUCUGAGGCAAUCACAUGCAGAGAUGACAUUGAAGAGCCCAGGAUUGAUGUUGAUUCAUCGUAUAGCAGCAAUGUUGUCGUCAUGGCAGGAGAGAUUUUCAAGCUGGAAGCUAAUGUUACUGGCAGGCCAAUCCCAUCCCUGGUAUGGUCCAAAGAAGGAAAGGAGCUUGAAGACACAGCUAAGAUAGAGAUAAAGACAACCAACUUCCAUACAAUUCUUACUAGCAAAGAUUCUCUGAGGAAGGAUGGAGGUUCCUUUACUCUAACUGCAAGCAAUCCAGGUGGCUUUGCCAAGUUCACAUUUAAUGUCAAGGUGCUGGACAGACCUGGACCACCAGACGCUCUCACUGUUACAGAUGUCACUGCUGAGAAAUGUAUUCUUAACUGGCUACAUCCAUCACAUGAUGGUGGUGCUAAGAUUGAAUACUUCAUCAUUCAGAGGCGCGAGACCAGUAGGUUGGCAUGGACAAAUGUGGCCACAGACCUUCAAGCAAACAGAUUCAAGGUCACCAAGCUUCUGAAGGGCAAUGAGUACGUCUUCAGAGUCAUGGCUGUUAACAAGUAUGGCUUGGGUGAACCCCUGGAGUCUGAACCUGUCAUCUGUGCCAACCCCUAUGUCCCAAGUGAUCCACCACAUCAGCCUGAAGUUACCACCAUUACCAAGGACUCGAUGGUUGUCUGCUGGGAGCGUCCUGAACAUGAUGGAGGCAGCAGAAUAAACACUUACAUAAUUGAAAGAAGAGAUAAGACUGGUCUGCGCUGGGUGAAGUGUAACAAGAGGACUGUAACUGACCUGCGAUUCAAGGCCUCUGGUCUCACAGAAGGACAUGAGUAUGAAUUCAGAGUUCUUGCUGAAAACAAUGCUGGUGUAAGCCAGCCUAGUCCUUCCAGUCAAUUCUACAAAGCAGAAGACACCAUCUUCCAGCCAGGACCUCCUGGGAACCCCAGGGUACUUGACACAACAAAGUCAUCCAUCACCCUUGCCUGGAACAAACCUGUCUAUGAUGGUGGUUCUGAAAUCACUGGUUACGUUGUAGAAACAUGCCUGCCCGAGGAAGAUGAGUGGACAAUUCAACCCAGGAAGGGAUGGACAGCCACCUCCUUCACUAUCACCAACCUGAAGGAAAACCAAGAGUACAAAAUCAACAUUUGCGCUACUAAUUCUGAAGGAGUGGGUGAGCCCGCUGCUGUUCCUGGAACCCCCAAGGCUGAAGACAGACUGCUGCCACCAGAAAUUGAACUUGGAGCAGAACUUCGCAAGGUGGUCGCCAUCAGAGCCUGUAGCACACUCAGACUGUUUGUCCCUAUCAAGGGAAGACCAGCACCUGAAGUAAAAUGGGCCAGAGAACAUGGAGAAUCCCUUGAUAAGGCCAUUAUCGAAAUCACCCCUUCAUUCACAACUCUUCAGGUGGAAAAUGUUGAUAGGUUUGAUGGAGGAAAAUAUAUGGUGACUGUAGAAAAUGCGACAGGAAGUAAGACAGCCUUUGUCAAUGUCAGGGUACUAGACACUCCAGGAGCACCACAGAAUCUGAUUAUCAAGGAGGUCACCAGAGAUUCAGUUUCCCUUGUUUGGGAUGCACCUCUCAUCGAUGGUGGCUCCAGAGUUCGCAGCUAUAUUGUGGAGAAGCGUGAGUCAACAAGAAAGGCCUACUCAACAGUUUGUGCCAGUUGCCACAAGUCUAGCUGGAAAAUUGGAGAGCUGGAGGAAGGAAAGCUGUACUUCUUUAGAAUACUUGCUGAGAAUGAAUUUGGCAUCGGCCUCCCUGUAGAGACUGUCGAACCAGUUAAAGCCUCAGAGAAGCCCCUACCACCAGGCAAAGUGUCCCUCUGUGAAGUCACUAGUAAUAGUGUCAGUCUAACUUGGGAAAAGCCUGAUCAUGAUGGCGGCAGCAGGAUAACAGGCUAUAUAGUUGAAAUGCAAUGUAAGGGCAGUGAUAAAUGGACUCAGGUUAUGUUGGUGAAGACCAAUGCAGCUCUUGUAACUGGCCUUACUCAGGGAGAAGAGUACAUGUUCCGUAUCCUGAGCACCAAUGAAAAGGGAGUGAGUGACCCACGUCCCCUUAGUAUGCCUGUGGUAGCUAAAGACUUGGUCAUCUCCCCAACCUUCAAACUGAUGUUCAGCACAUUCAAUGUGCUAGCAGGAGAUGAUCUGAAGAUAGAUGUACCCUAUGCUGCAUGCCCCAAGGCUACAGUAACUUGGCUCAAGGAUGGUGUAGCUCUCAAGGAGACAACGAGAGUAAAUGCUGAAGCCACUGACAAAAACCUAUUCUUGGUUAUUAAGGAGGCUUGCAGAGAUGAUGUGGGCACUUACACUGUUAAACUGAUUAACACAGUUGGAGAGGCAUCCACGGACCUCAGUGUAAUUGUUCUAGAUAAGCCUGGUCCGCCAACUGGCCCAAUUAAGCUGGACGAUGUCACUGCUGACAGUGUGGUUCUUUCCUGGAAUCCUCCAGAGUACGACGGUUGUUGCUCCAUCAACAAUUACGUUGUUGAGAAGAGGGACACAUCUACCACCAACUGGCAGAUUGUCUCUGCCACAGUGGCCAGAACCACCGUAAAGGCAGCCCGUCUGAAGACUGGAUUGGAGUACCAGUUUAGGAUUGCUGCUGAGAACAGAUAUGGCAAGUCCUCAGCCCUGCUCUCUGAAACCAUUGUUGCUCAGUAUCCCUUCGAGUUGCCCAGCCACCCUCGUUCUGUCAUGGUCCAGUCAGCCACCAAAGAGACCAUGGUGGUUGUGUGGGAUGUACCCAGCAAUGAUGGUGGAAGCAAAAUUCUGGGCUACCACUUGGAGCUUAAAGAGAGAAACAGUAUACUGUGGGUGAAACAGAAACAAAUCAUCCCAGAGACCAGAUACAAGGUUGUUGGCCUUGAGGAAGGAAUUGAAUAUGAAUUCAGAGUGUAUGCUGAGAACAUUGUUGGUUUAAGCAAAGCCAGCAAAGCAAGUGACAUACAAGUGGCGAGAGAUCCUUGUGACAGACCAGGGAAACCAGAGGCUGUCAUUGUAACAAGAAACCAAGUGACACUCAGAUGGACCAAACCUGAAUAUGAUGCCGGCAUUAAGAUCACAGGGUAUAUGGUGGAGAAGAAGGAAGGAACUGGCCGUUGGAUGAAAGCCAGUUUUACCAAUAUCAUUGAGACUGAAUUUGUUGUCACAGGACUGACUGAAGAUCAGAUAUACGAGUUCCGUGUUAUUGCCAGAAAUUCAGCAGGUGUCCUUAGCCUGCCAUCUGAUUCUACAGGAGCCAUUACUGCGAAGGAUGAGGUUGACCCACCAAAGAUUGAUUUAGAAGCCAAGUAUUCACAGGCUGUUGUGGUAAAUGCUGGAGAGACAUUCAGGCUUCAGGCUAGUGUCUAUGGUAAGCCUGUGCCAACAGUGCACUGGCUCAAGGAGGGCAAAGAGAUCGCUGAGGCAGCUAGGUUAGAAAUCAAGAAUACAGACUUUAUAGCCUGUAUCGUUGUUAAAGAAGCUAUCCGUGUUGAUGGAGGUCAGUAUACUUUGCUGGUUAAGAAUGUUGGAGGAGAGAAACUCGUAAAUAUUAAUGUCAAGGUCCUGGACAGACCAGGUCCACCUGAAGGCCCUAUCUCCAUCUAUGGGGUCACCAAUGAGAAAUGCUCCAUUUCCUGGAAACCUCCCUUGCAAGACGGAGGUAGUGACGUUUCUCAUUAUAUUAUUGAGAGGAGGGAAACCAGCCGACUGGUUUGGACUGUAGUUGAACCAAAAGUUCAGACACUGAAUCUGAAGAUCACAAAACUCCUUCCUGGUAAUGAGUACAUCUUCAGAGUGAUUCCAGUCAACAAAUAUGGAGUUGGUGAGCCUCUGGAAUCUGAGCCCAUGAUUGCAAGAAAUCCCUUUGUCACUCCCAACCCACCAACAGAGGUAGAAGUAUCCACAAUAACCAAAGACUCCAUGGUUGUGACCUGGGAGAGACCAACUAAUGAUGGUGGCAACCCCAUCCAAGGAUACAUUGUUGAGAAACGUGAUAAGGAUGGCGUUAGAUGGACGAGGUGCAACAAGCGCACAGUGAGUGAGCUGCGCUUCAGAGUGACAGGGCUCCUAGAAAACCACAGCUAUGAAUUUAGAGUUGCUGCAGAGAAUUCUGCAGGUGUUGGCACACCUAGUGCACCAACAGUAUACUACAAAGCACUGGAUCCUAUCUUCAAAGCAGGCCCACCCAACAACCCCAAGGUAGUGGACUCAACUCGGUCUACAGUUUCCCUUACAUGGGGCAAACCCAUCUAUGAUGGUGGAUGUGAGAUUAAGGCUUAUAUCGUUGAAGCCUGCAACGGGGCAACUGAUGAGUGGUUUAUGUGCACUCCUCCCACUGGAAUCCCAGACACUAACUUCAAAGUUACUAGGCUUCUUGAAAAGCACGAGUAUCAAUUCAGAGUAUGUGCUAUCAACAAAGUCGGUGUUGGUGAGCAUGCUGAUGUUCCAGGAAAGGUUCUUCUUGAGGAGAAGCUUGAGGCACCUGAUCUUGACCUGGAUAAUGACAUGAGAAAGAUGAUCAACAUCAGAUCAGCUAGCACUCUAAGACUUUUCGUCCCUGUGAGAGGCCGUCCAGCUCCUGAGGUUAAGUGGGGCAAGGCUGAGGGUGAGAUUAAAGAGACUGCCAUGAUUGACAACACAGGCAGCUAUGCCUCACUUGUCAUUGAGAAUGUUGACAGAUUUGACAGCGGCAAGUACACCUUGACUGCAGAGAAUGCAAGUGGGGUGAAGUCAGUCUUCCUCAGUGUCAGAGUCAUGGACUCACCUAGUCCACCCACCAACUUUUUGGUUAAAGAGAUCACUAAGAAUUCAGUGACUCUGACAUGGGAGCCCCCACAUCUAGAUGGUGGCUCGAAGAUUAAGCAUUAUAUUGUUGAGAAGCGUGAGAGCACCAGGAAAGUUUACUCUCCCAUCACCACUUGCAACAGGAUGUCAUGGAAAGUUGAGCCUCUCCCAGAGGGCGGAAUCUUCUUCUUCAGAGUUCUGGCUGAGAAUGAAUAUGGUGUCGGUCUCCCUGUUAAAACUGUAGAUCCUAUUAAAAUCUCUGAGAAGCCUCAGCCACCUGGUAAAGUCAGUGUUGAUGUAACUAGUAGCACUGUUACACUUUCCUGGGAAAAGCCUAUACAUGAUGGUGGCAGCAGGAGUCAGUACGAAGUUGAACUGGCUCCCAAGGACAGUGAAACUUGGUCUGUGUGUGCUAGUGUGAAGGCACUGGAGACUGUCAUAACAAACCUUCUCAAGGGAGAGGAGUACCAAUUUAGAGUUGUUGCUGUAAAUGAUAAGGGCAAAAGUGACCCCAGACAACUGGUUCAGUCAGUUGUAGCCAGGGACCUUGUUAUUGACCUGCUGUUGACCAAAGUUAGCAGCUACAAUGUCCAAGUUGGGUAUGACCUCAAGAUAGAGGUCCCUAUUGCUGGUCAUCCUAAACCAACCAUUACUUGGACCAAGGAUGGAGGUGCGCUCAAGCAGACUACCAGAGUUAAUGUCAGUGACUCAGCACGUCACACCACUCUAACCAUUAAGGAUGCAACCAAAGAGGAUGGAGGCAUGUACAGCAUCAAUGUUACAAAUGCCCUUGGUUCCAAAGAUGCCACUAUUGAGGUGAUUACCCUGGACAAACCUGGCCCACCAACAGGACCUGUCAAGGUGGAGGACAUCAGUGCUGAAAGUAUGACUCUUAGCUGGGAACCUCCUACGUACACAGGAGGCUGUCCAAUCUCCAUAGUUUGGGAGAGAAAAGAGAUACAACCCACAACUAAUUGGGUGGUAGUUUCUGCCACUGUGGCCAGAACCACACUUAAAGUGGCCAAUCUGAAGACCGGCGCUGAAUAUCUCAGAAUUUAUGCAGAGAAUAGAUAUGGAAAGAGUUAUGCAAUUGAUUCAGAGCCUGUGUUGGCACAGUAUCCAUUCCAGGAGCCCGGCUCGCCAGGAACACCAUUUGUGUCUUUAUACUCUAAAGACUAUAUGGUUGUCGAGUGGCACAAACCCCUCGAUGGAGGCAGUUCCAUCUUGGGCUACCAUCUGGAGAGGAAAGAGAAGAACAGUAUUCUCUGGACAAAGAUCAACAAAAUGCUUAUCCAAGACUGCAGGUUCAAGUCUACUCCUCUUGAGGAAGGAAUCGAGUAUGAAUACAGAGUCUAUGCUGAGAAUAUUGUGGGCAUUGAAUGCAGCAAAGUCUCUGAGGUUUAUGUCGCUGACCCUUGCGAUCCUCCUGGCCGCCCUGAGGCUAUUAUUGUGACCAGGCACUCAGUGAAGCUGAGAUGGACCCCUCCGACAUAUGACGGGGGCAGCUUGGUUACUGGCUAUGUAGUGGAAAAACGUGACCUCCCUGAAGGAAAGUGGAUGAAAGCUAGCUUUGCAAAUGUCAUUGAACUUGAAUUCACUGUCACAGGCCUGGCAGAGGAAAGUAAUAUGACUUCCAGAGUAAUUGCAAGGAAUGCAGCUGGUGCUGUCAGCAAGCCCUCAGAGAGCACAGGAUCCAUCACUGCUCAGGAUGAGGUUGACACACCUAAGUGCGAGACAGAUGCAAUGUACAACCAGACCAUUGUUGUCAAUGCUGGAGACACUUUCAAUCUUGAGGCCAGUGUAGAAGGAAAGCCCAUCCCUACUGCUCAGUGGUUCAAGGGAAGUGUUGAAGUUGAAAACUCAGCAAGAGCUGAGAAAAAUACAGAUUUUAAGGCUUUGCUAGUUGUGAAGGACGCAAUUAGAGUAGAUGGUGGCCAGUACACACUGGUCCUUACAAAUGUGGCCUGGAACGAAGACUGUCCCAUCAGUGUGAGUCUGGAUAGACCAGGUCCGUCAGACGGACCUCUUACUGUCAGCAAUGUCACUGAGGAGAAGUGUUCACUGUCAUGGCUGCCACCCAGACACGAUGGAGGAGCUAGCAUCUCUCACUAUGUCAUUCAGAAACGAACCAGCCGACUGGCGUGGACUGUGGUUUCCGGUGACUGCGGAGCUACUAUGUUCAAGGUCACAAAACUGUUGAAGGGCAAUGAGUACAUCUUUAGGGUCAUGGCUGUCAACAAAUAUGGUGUGGGAGAGCCUCUCGAAUCAACAGUCAUCAUGAGGAAUCCAUUUGUUCCUCCUGGCUCACCUCAUGAGCUUGAGAUCACUAACAUUACCAGAGACUCCAUGACUGUGUGCUGGAACCGCCCUAAAACCACAGGAGGCAGUGAGAUUGCUGGCUACAUUGUUGAGAAGAGAGACAGAGCCGGAAUAAGGUGGACCAAGUACAAACGCAGGGUGACGGACUUACGCUUCAGAGUAACAGGACUGACAGAGGACCACGAAUAUGAAUUCAGGGUAUCUGCUGAGAAUGCAGCUGGAGUGGGUCAACCAAGUCAAGCUACACCCUACCUCAAAGCCUGCGACCCCACCUUUGAACCAGGCUGUCCUACUAAUGCACAUUCUUCGAAAGCAGGUAAAGACUCCCUCACUGUGGCCUGGCAUCGGCAAUAUGAUGGUGGUUGUGAGAUUCAAGGAUAUGCUGUGGAAAUUACAAAUGCUGAUGAAGAAGAGUGGACCAUUUGUACCCCAACCUCUGGGGUCAGUGCUACCAAAUUUAAAAUCACCAAGUUAGUUGAGCACCAGGAAUACAUGCGCAUAUGUGCCAUCAAUAAACUUGGUGUUGGCGAGCCAACAGAGAUUCUGGGAGUUUUGAAACCUUUGGACAAAAUUGAUCCUCCCGAAGUGAUGCUGGAUGCAGAGCUCAGGAAAGGAAUAGUUGUUCGGGCAGGAGGCUCAAUGAGAAUCUGCAUUCCAUUCAAGGGCCGUCCAACUCCUGAGAUCAGCUGGUCAAAGGAGGAUGGAGAGCUGUCAAGUAAUCAGAAAGAGACAGGUGUAGAUUACACACAGCUUUCCAUUGACAUCUGCGACAGAUUUGACGCUGGAAAAUACAUUCUCAACUUGGAAAAUAGUGCAGGCACCAAGUCGGCCUUUGUCUCUGUUAAAGUUUUGGACACUCCCGGGUCUCCUCUGAAUCUAACUGUAAAAGAUAUUAAGAGGGAAAGCGUCACUCUGACAUGGGAGCCUCCUCUUAUUGAUGGUGGUUCAAGAAUCAAGAAUUACCUGGUUGAAAAGCGUGAGGCCAACAGGAACGUUUUCUCCAAUGUGGACAACAAGUGCACAAAGACAAGCUACCGCAUCAGACUCACUGAGGGAGUUAUUUACUAUUUCCGAGUGUUGGCAGAGAACGAGUUUGGUAUUGGACAGGGAGCUGAGACUGUUGAUGCAGUUAAGACCUCUGAGCCUCCUCUGUCUGUGGGUAAGGUCACCUUAACUGAAGUGACUAAAACCAGUGCUUCGUUUUCAUGGGAGAAGCCAGACCAUGAUGGGGGCAGCAGGAUCAUGGGCUACUACAUUGAGAUGCAGCCUGUAGGCUCAGAAGAAUGGGUGGUAGCUACCAUAAGCAAGACCUGCGAGGGCACUGUCACCGGCCUAAGUGCAGGACAUGAAUACUUGUUCAGAGUGUCAGCCUUCAAUGAGAAGGGCAAAAGUGAUCCUAGGCCUCUAGCUGCACCUGUCACUGCAAAAGAUGUAACUUUCGAGCCCAGAUUCAAGAUGGCGUUCAACACUUACAGCUUGCAAAAUGGUGAGGAUCUGAAAAUUGAUAUUCCAGUUCUUGGACGUCCUGUUCCCCAGGUUGAAUGGAAAAAGGAAGGACAGGCUCUUAAAGACACCAGACUAAAUGUAAUCAGCACACCAUCAUCUACCAAGCUCACCAUCAAGGAUGCAAAUAGGGAAGACUCAGGGAAAUACACAGUUACAGCUACCAGUAGUGCUGGAACAGCUACAGAGGAGAUCACUGUUAUUAUUCUUGAAAAGCCUGGCCCACCAGGCCCUGUAAAGAUUGAGGAGGUGAGCUCUAACUAUGUUGCGCUCUCCUGGGAGCCACCAGUUUACACCGGAGGCUGUCAGAUCAACAACUACAUUGUGGAGAAAAGAGACACCACCACGACUGCUUGGCAGAUUGUGUCUGCCACUAUUGCCAGGACAACAAUCAAAGUCACCAACUUAAAGACUGGAGUGGAGUAUCAGUUUAGAGUGUCAUCUGAGAAUAGAUGAAAGAGUUCUGCCAUUCUAUCUGCUGCUGUUAUUGCUCAGUAUCCAUUUAGCGAACCUGCUGCACCAGGGACACCAGUGUUUCUGCUGCAAACUAAGGAUAACAUGGUUGUUGAGUGGGAAAGCACCACCAACAAUGGAGGCAGUGCAAUCCUAGGUUAUCACCUUGAGAGAAAGGAGAAGAACAGCCUUUUGGGACUAAACUCAACAAGCUUUUUAAUCCCAGAGCCACGUUUCAAGACUACAGAGUUGGAAGAAGGUAUCGAGUAUGAAUUCAGAGUUUAUGCUGAGAAUAUCGCUGGACUGAGCCUGGCUAGCAAGGUCUCUGAGAGCACAGUAGCAAGGGACCCCUGUGACCCUCCAGGCACACCUGAGGCAAUUGAUAUCACUAGAAACCAUGUAACGCUCCAGUGGACAAGGCCUCAGUAUGAUGGAGGAAGUGCCAUCACUGGAUAUCUGAUUGAGAGAAAGAAGCACCCAGAUACCCGCUGGAUGAAAGCCAGCUUCACUAACAUCAUUGAUACCCAGUACACAAUUACUGGUCUGACGGAGGACUGUGUUUAUGAAUUUAGAAUCGUUGCCAGGAAUGCUGCUGGUAUUUCCAGCCGUCCUUCUGAGGGCACAGGGGCAAUUACUGCCAAAGAUGAAAUCGAAGCGCCAGGAGCAACCAUGGACUCUAAAUUUAAGGAUCUGACUAUUGUUAAAGCUGAUGAGACAUUUAUCAUUGAUGCAGAAUACACUGGAAAGCCUCUGCCUGAGGUUAUUUGGUUAAAGGAUGGAAAGGAGAUUGACAAAACAACACCAAGAAUGGAGGUCAAGACAUCACUUACACGCACCAUCCUGACGGAAGACUGCAUUAGAGUAGAUGGUGGCCACUUUGUUCUCAAACUUGUUAAUGUGGGUGGAAUCAAGAUGGUCCCAGUUAAUGUUAAAGUACUUGAUAGACCUGGUCCCCCAGAUGGUCCUCUAGAAGUAAAAGGGGUCACAGCUGAGAAAUGUUAUCUCCACUGGAACCACCCCUCACACGAUGGUGGAGCCAGCAUCUCUCAUUACAUUAUAGAGAAAAGAGAGACCAGUCGUUUGUCAUGGACAAUGGUUGAGCCCAAGAUCCAGGCCAUCAGCUACAAAAUCACAAAACUGCUGCCUGGCAAUGAGUACAUCUUCAGGGUCACUGCUGUGAAUAAAUAUGGUGUAGGUGAGCCUUUGGAAUCUGAACCUGUUAUCGCACGCAAUCCCUUCACUACUCCCAGUGCACCCACCACUCCAGAGCCAAGUGCUAUUACUAGAGACUCUAUUGUAGUCACCUGGGAGAGACCUGAAAAUAACGGAGGAGCUGAGAUUGAAGGAUAUGUUCUUGAAAAACGUGACAAGGAUGGUGUUAGGUGGACUAAGUGCAACAAGAAGAGGCUGACUGACCUGAGAUUCAGAUGCGCUGGUCUCACAGAGGGCCACUGGUAUGAAUUCAGAGUCUCUGCAGAAAAUGCUGCUGGUGUGGGCAAGCCUAGCCGACCAAGUGAAUACAUCAAGGCCUGUGAUGCAACUUAUCCACCAGGACCUCCAAAUAACCCCAAAGUCACUGACCAUUCUAGCACCACAGUAUCUCUGUCCUGGUCCAGGCCAAUAUAUGAUGGUGGAGCACCAAUCCAAGGAUAUGCUGUUGAAGUGAAGGAGGCAGCAGAUGAUGAGUGGGUCAUUUGCACACCACACACCGGUGUCCAGACCACUCAUUACACUGUGAAGACACUAAAAGAGAAUGCAGAGUACAACUUCCGCAUCUGUGCUAUUAACUGUGAAGGAGUAGGUGAGCAUGUAGACUUACCUGGAUCUGUGAUUGCUGCAGAGAAGCUAGAGGCUCCUGAAAUUGAAUUAGAUGCUGAUCUUAGGAAGAUGGUUAAUAUUCGGGCUAGUGCCACUUUACGUCUGUUUGUGACAAUCAGAGGAAAGCCUGAGCCUGAGGUCAGAUGGUCGAAGGCUGAUGGCACUCUGAAUGAGCGUGCCCAGAUUGAAGUCACAAGCUCUUACACGAUGCUGGUGAUUGAGAAUGUCGACCGAUUCGACACUGGAAAAUAUGUACUGACUCUUGAGAACCUCAGUGGGUCUAAAUCAGCUUUCAUCAAUGUCAGAGUUUUGGAUUCUCCCAGCGCUCCUACAAACCUGGAGGUUAAGGAUGUGAAGAGAAAUUCUGUCGCUCUUUCUUGGGAACCCCCUCUCAUUGAUGGUGGGGCUAAAAUAUCUCACUAUAUUGUGGAGAAGAGAGAGCAGAAGAGAAUGGCUUUCACCAGUGUUAGCACCAACUGUGUGAGGAACUCUUACAUGAUUUCUGAUCUGCAGUCGGGAGGACGCUAUUAUUUCCGUGUGUUGGCUGUAAAUGAGCUGGGAGUAGGUCUGCCAGCCUCCACAGAUCAGGUGAAAGUGUCUGAGGCUCCUUUGCCUCCUGGCAAAAUUAUCCUAGUUGAUGUGACUCGUCAUACUGUUACCCUGUCCUGGGAGAAAUCUGAUUAUGAUGGAGGUAGCAAAAUCGCAAACUAUGUGGUGGAGAUGCAGCCCAAAGGAGAUGACAAAUGGACUGUGUGCAGUGAAAUCAAGGCACUCGAAGCUACUAUUGACGGACUUGUAACUGGAGAGGAAUAUUCCUUCAGGGUGACUGCUGUGAAUGACAAAGGCAGAAGUGAUCCCAAGCCUCUUGCCAAUCCUGUAGUGGUGAAGGACAUCACAACGGAGCCCAUCAUUAAGUUGGUGUUUAACACCUACAGUAUAAAAGCAGGUGAUGACCUGAAGAUUGAUGUUCCCUUCAUAGGCAGACCUGAACCUGAGGUGUCCUGGAAAAAGGAUGGCCAUUCACUUAAGCAGACAACCAGGGUCAAUGUUCUCGCUUCCAAGACCUCAUCCAAAAUUGUCAUCAAAGAUGCAGCCAAGGAGGAUUCAGGAAAGUAUGAGAUUACUCUGACUAACUCAGUUGGCACCAAGACCGCAGAAAUCUCUGUCUUAAUCCUUGAUAAACCUGGCCCACCUAGCAAAAUUAAGUUCGAUGAGGUGAGUGCUGACUUUAUCUCUCUGUCUUGGGAUCCUCCAAGUUAUGACGGUGGAUGCCAGAUUAACAACUAUGUGGUGGAGAAAAGGGACACUACCACAACCACAUGGCAAAUAGUUUCAGCCACGGUAGCCAGAACUUCAAUCAAGGUUUCUCGUCUCAAUCAGGGAGUAGAAUACCAGUUCCGUAUUGCAGCUGAAAAUCGUUAUGGUAAAAGUUCUGCCAUUGACUCUGCCUCUGUUGUUGCUCAGUAUCCUUUCGAGCCUCCUGGCCCUCCAACCAAUCUCCAUGUUUCUCAUGCCACAAAAUAUGGCAUGCUUGUGGAAUGGAGCAGACCUGCAAGUGAUGGUGGAAGCCCUGUUAUUGGUUAUCAUAUAGAAUGCAAAGAACAAGGCAGCAUCUUAUGGACCAAGGUUAACAGAGGUCUUCUGGCUGAAAACCAGUUUAAGAUGACAGGCAUUGAAGAAGGCCUGCUGUAUCACUUCAGAGUCUAUGCCGAGAACAUUGCCGGCAUUGGUCUAUGCACCAAGGCUUGUGACCCUGUGGCUGCCAGGGAUCCAUGUGAACCUCCGGUUAACCUUCGAGUCACCAACAUUACUCGUACCUCAGUUUCCCUCUUCUGGGAAAAGCCAGAGUACGAUGGCGGAGUAAAGAUUACUGGCUACAUUGUUGAGCGCAAAGAACUUCCAAAUGGCCGCUGGCUGAAAUGCAACUUCACCAACUUGCAAGAUACCUACUUUGAUGUCACAGGCCUCACAGAAGAUGUCCAAUAUGACUUCCAUGUCAUUGCCAAGAAUUCUGCAGAGCUGUUGAGCGUUCCCUCUGAGAACACUGGUGCUGUCACUGUCAAGGAUGAUGUAGACCCUCCAACUAUUAUUAUUGAUGAUAAACUCAGACAGUUAGUUGUCAUUAAAGCUGGGGAGAUCAUUCAAAUUGAUGCUGAAAUCACAGGCCGUCCACUCCCUGUUGUUUCAUGGUCCAAAGAUGGAAAGGAGAUUGAGGCUAAGGCCAGGUGUGAAAUCUCCUCCACCAACUUCGCAACCACACUGAUUGUCAGAGAUGCUAUUAGAAGGGACUCUGGCCAGUAUGUCCUGACCCUGCACAAUGUGGCAGGAACAAGGUCUGUGGCUAUCAAUUGCAAGGUUCUGGACAGACCUGGACCCUCCUCAGGUCCUUUGGCAGUGUCUGGCCUUACAGCAGAAAAAUGCACCCUAACAUGGGGUCCUCCUCAAGAGAAUGGCGGUGGUGAAAUCAUGCAUUACAUUGUAGAGAAACGGGAAACCAGUCGCCUUGCCUGGACUCUUGUUCACGGUGAUAUGAAGGCAACCACUUGUAAAGUGACUAAGUUACUCAGAGGAAACGAGUACAUCUUCAGAGUCAGGGGAGUCAACAAAUAUGGGGAUGGUGAGGCCCUGGAGAGUGAGGCAGCAAAGGCCGUGGAUCCAUUCACUGUGCCUGCAGCUCCUACCGGUGUUCAGGUAACCGCAGUCACCAGUGAGGCAAUGACCAUCUGCUGGGAAAGACCAGUUUCUGACGGGGGCAGCAGUAUCGCUGGCUAUGUCAUUGAGAAGAGAGAGAAGACUGGCCUUCGCUGGUGCCGUGUUAACAAGAAACCUGUUUACGACCUUAGAGUCAAAGCAUCUCACCUUCGUGACGGAUGUGAGUAUGAGUAUAGAGUGUUUGCAGAGAACUCUGCUGGUCUCAGUGCUCCAAGCAUUCCUUGCCCUCUCACCAAGGCUGAGGACCCACAGUUCCUGCCUUCACCUCCUGCUAAGCCUAAGAUCAUUGACUCAACAAAGACCACAGUCACCUUGUCAUGGAAUAAGCCACUAUUUGACGGUGGAGCGCCUGUGACUGGUUACAGAGUGGAAUACAGGAAGACUUUCGACGAUGAAUGGUUUGUUGGAGUACAAAAUACUAAAAACACAGAGUUUACCGUGGUGGGACUGACAACUGGAGCUGAAUACGUGUUUGUUGUUAAGUCCAUUAACAAGAUUGGAGUCAGUGAACCCAGUCCUGAGACGGACAAACAAGUUGCCAAAGAGAGAGAGGAGGAGCCAGUCUUUGAAGUCAGCAAUGAGAUGAGGAAGACUCUUAUUGUGAGAGAUGGAAGCUCAUUUACCAUGACAGUACCUUUCAGAGGCAAACCCAUUCCCAAUGUUUCAUGGACGAAGCCUGAUGUUGACCUUAGAGUCCGUGCUGUCAUUGACUCCACAGAUACCUUCACCUCUAUCACCUUAGAGAAAGCAACUCGCGACGACUCUGGCAAAUACACGGUCACCUUGUCCAGCCUAGGUGGAACCGCCUCCCUGACACUCAGUGUCAGAGUCCUGGACUCCCCUGGACCUCCUGCUCGCGUGGAUGUGAAGGACGUGACCAAGACCUCUGUUACUGUAACCUGGGACACACCUGAGAAUGAGGGAGGGGGACCAGUCAAGAACUACCUCAUUGAUAUCCGUGAGGCAAGCAAGAAAGGCUGGACCAGGCUGACAGACACAUGCCACAGACUCACCUACAAGGUGACAGACUUGCCGGAGGGAGGAGUCUACUACUUCAGAGUGACAGGCGAGAAUGAGUACGGUACUGGUGUUGCUGCAGAGUCCAAAGAAGGAACAAAGAUCUCAGAAAAACCUAGCCCACCACCGAAGCUGGGCGUAACUGAUGUGUCCAAGGAGAGCGUAUCCCUGGCCUGGGCCAAACCAGAACAUGACGGCGGCAGCAGAAUUACUGAAUACCUGGUAGAAGCUCAGGAGAAAGGGCAGGAGAAGUGGGUUAAGUGCGGCACAACCAAGUUCAUCCACUUUACAGUGUCUGGUUUGAGGGAGAAUGCUGAGUACUUCUUCAGAGUGAGAGCUGAGAACCAGGCCGGAUUCAGUGAUGCUAAGGAAAUGGUCACUCCCGUUGUGGUCAAAGACCAGCUUGAAUCUCCUGAGAUGGACAUGAAGGACUUCCCCCACAACACAGUGUACGUUAGAGCCGGUUCCACCCUAAAGUGUGAGAUUCCUCUUACAGGCAAGCCUUUGCCUAAAGUCUCCCUGUCAAAGGACAACGUACCGCUUAAGUCCACAAUGAGGUUCAACUCUGAAGUCACCCCAGACAGCAUCAAGAUCACUUUGCGUGAGAGCAUUAUUGCAGACUCGGGACGCUAUGAUAUCACUGCUUCCAACUCCACUGGCACAACCAAGUCCUUCGUAAACUUUGUAGUUCUGGACCGCCCAAGUGUCCCAAUUGGACCUGUGGAGCUGUUUGAUGUCACAGAAGACAGCGUUAGCCUGAAUUGGCUUCCACCAUUAUAUGACGGUGGCAGCCCCAUCACAAACUACAUCAUCCAGAAGAGAGAGACAACCACAGCCAACUGGGUGGAUGUCUCUUCAGCUGUAGCCCGCUGCACAAUGAAGAUCAUGAAGCUCACCACUGGCCUGGAGUACCAGUUCAGAAUCAGGGCUGAGAACAGAUACGGAAUAAGUGAGCAACUUGACUCAACAGCUGUCGCUGUCAGCCUUCCUUACACUACUCCUGAUGCUCCAUCCACUCCUGAAGUCACUGCUGUCACCAGGGAAACCAUCACUGUAGCCUGGAAGGAGCCAAAGUCAGAUGGAGGAAGUCAUGUGUUUGGCUACCAUCUCCAGAUGAAAGACAGGAACAGCAUCCUUUGGCAAAGGGUCAACAAAAUGGUGAUCCGUGCAACACACUUCAAGGUCACCAGCAUCAACGCUGGGCUUAUUUACGAGUUCAAGGUGGCAGCAGAAAAUGCGGCUGGAAUCAGUGCGUUCAGCAAAGUGUCUGAUGCAGUGCUGGCUAUUGACGCCUGUGAGCCACCCAUCAACUUGCGCAUCAGUGACAUCACAAAGAACUCCAUUAGCCUGGCAUGGAAAAAGCCCAACUUCGAUGGUGGAUCCCCCAUUACAGGAUACAUGAUUGAGAAGAGAGAGAGGGUCAGCAGUGCCAAGUGGUCAAAGGCUAACCUCACCAAUGUCUCAGACCGCCGCUUCACUGUAACUGGCCUCACCCAGGAUGAAUCAUAUGAGUUUAGAGUCAUGGCAAGGAAUGCUGUUGGCUCAGUGAGCAACCCAUCCAUGACUGUUGGACCAGCCACAUGUGUAGACACCUAUGGUGCUCCAAAUAUUGAAAUUCCUCAAGAGUACCACACCGAGGUCAAGCACAAAGCUGGCUCUGAUGUGGAGCUCAAAUUCAAUAUCACAGCCAAACCCGCUCCUACCAUUGAGUGGUUUAAGGAUGGCAGAGAGCUCAAGCCUACAGCUCAGCAGUCCUUCAAACAUACAUUUGAGUCAACCAGUGUGUUCGUGAAGGACACAUGUCGUCUGAAUUCUGGAAUCUAUGAGGUCAAGGUGAAGAACUCCCUGGGAUCUGCAAGUGCCAUUGUCAGGCUGCUCAUUCAAGACAAGCCAGGCCCCCCUGCUGAUGACAUACAGUUUAAGAAGGUGACAGCUGACAACAUUACCAUCAUGUGGUCCCCGCCUGCUGAUGAGGGUGGCGCCAUGGUUACACAUUACAUUGUGGAGAAGAGGGAGACCAGCAGGGUCAUGUGGUCCAUUGUCUCAGAGAAACUGAUGGACUGCAUCGUUAAUGUGCCCAGACUCAUUCAGGGCAAUGAGUACAUUUUCAGAGUCCGUGGAGUUAACAAGUAUGGCAUUGGAGACCCACUGGAGUCUGAGCCUAUGAUCGCCAGGAAUGCAUUUGUUCCUCCCAGUGAGCCAUCAAAGCCUACAGUGACAAUGAUCACAAAGUCCACCAUGACAGUGAUCUGGGAAAGACCAGCAUUAGAUGGAGGCAGUGACAUUGAUGGCUACUACCUGGAGAAGAGGGAGAAGAGGAGUCUGCAGUGGUUCAAGGUGGUGAAGGGCACCAUCAGAGAUACCAGGCAGAAAGUCACCAGCCUGGUGGAGAAUAACGAGUACCAGUACAGAGUCUGUGCUGUCAACAAAGCCGGAGCAGGAAACUACUCUGAGGGCUCAGACCUCUUUAAGGCCUAUGACCCCAUUGAUCUGCCUGGUGAGCCAACCAAGCUGCGUGUUGUUGACUCCACAAAGACCUCAAUCACCCUAGGCUGGGAGAAGCCUGUGUAUGAUGGCGGCAGCGAAAUCACACACUACCUUUUGGAAUCAAUGAACACAGAAGACAAAGAAUGGGUGAUCACCAACCCACAGGUCAAGACCUGCGAGUAUGUGGUGCCCCACCUGAAACCUGGAACCUACUACUUCUUCAGAGUUUCUGCUGUUAACUGCAAGGGCAAAGGAGAAGACAUCAAAAUGUACCAGCCUGUGCAAGCCAAAGAUAUCCUAGAGGAAGCUGAUUUGGACUUGGACAUUCCAAUGACAACUCAGUACACAGCCAGGGCUGGCCGUGAUGUUGAAGUAUUUAUUCCCCUCAAGGGAAGACCUGCCCCCAAUGUCACAUGGCGCCGUGGCGAUCGCAACAUUGCUGGUGACAACCGCUACACCAUCAACAGCACUGAGAGAGCAACAACCCUCCUCAUUCCCAAAGUCACUCGUGAUGACUGCGGCAAGUACCUGCUGGAGAUUGAGAAUGGUGUUGGAGAGUCCAAGAUCAUCACUGUGUCCCUUAAGGUUCUAGACAGUCCAUCAACCUGCCAGAAACUAAUUGUCAAGAAUGUGACAAGAGGAAGGCUGACCCUCAGCUGGGAGGCUCCUCUCAUAGAGGGCGGUUCCCCUGUUUCUAAUUACAUUGUUGAGAAGAAAGCAUCAACCAUGAAGGCUUAUCAGGUGAUCACCAACGAGUGUGCCAACACAAGUUACAAGGUGUCUGGCCUGGAGGAGGAUGUGGCUUACUUCUUCCGUGUGUCAGCUGAAAAUGAGUUCGGCGUGGGUGACACUUGUGAAACCAGCGAGCCUGUGAGAGCAGCUGAAACUCCAGGGGCUGUUAAAGAAUUGGUUAUGUUGGACUCCACAAAGAACUCUGUCACCCUGCAGUGGACAAGACCCGACCAUGAUGGUGGAAGCUAUAUCACUGAGUACAUAAUUGAGAAGAGAACCAAGGAAGACCCCAACUGGGCUCUGGGUGCAUCAUGCAAGCGUUGCAGCUGCGAGGUCACAGGUCUCAAGGAAAAUGCUGUCAUGGACUUCAGGGUGUUUGCUAAAAAUGAGAAGGGCAGAAGUGACUUCUCUCAGGUUGGUCCAAUCACAGUGAUUGACUUUGUCAUUCCACCUGAGGCCAGCCUCACUGAUUACCCCAAUGGAGAGCUUGCUGUUCGUAUUGGUCAGAACAUCCACAUCGAGCUGCCCUUCAAGGGUAAACCAAAACCUGUAAUCAGCUGGCUAAAGGAUAACGUGCCACUGAAGGAGAGUGACAGGGUUCGUUUCAGGACCACAGACAACAAGACUUCUGUCACAGUCAGAGGAGCCAAGAAGGAGCAUGCCGGCCAGUACACCUUGGUUUUGGACAACAGAGUCAUCAAAAACUACUUUGACAUUAAUGUGACUACGCUUGGACCCCCCUCAGUGCCUGUUGGCCCUAUCCGCUUUGAUGAGGUCAAAGCUCAGAGCAUCAUCAUAUCCUGGGACGAGCCGAAGGAAGAUGGCGGUGGCGAAAUUUCCUGCUACAGUGUGGAGAAACGUGAGACAUCCCAGGCUAACUGGAAGAUGGUCUGCUCCAGUGUUGUCAGGGCCACUUACAAGAUUCCAAACCUGGUCAAGGGAACUCAGUACCAGUUCAGGGUCCGUGCAGAGAACAAGUAUGGCGUCAGUGAAGCACUCACUUCUCCUGAAGUUAUUGCCCAGCACCAAUACAAACCUCCAGGUCCUCCAGGGAAGCCAGUGGCUUUCAAUGUCACCAGUGAUGGUAUGACCAUCAAGUGGGAGGGUCCAGGCUUUGACGGAGGAUCACCAAUUUUGGGCUACCAUGUUGAGAGAAAGGACAGAAACAGCCUUCUGUGGCAGAAGGUGAAUUCCACCAUCAUCUCCAACAAAGAGUACAGAAUAAUUGGUCUCUUGGAGGGUCUGGAAUACUCCUUUAGAGUCUAUGCAGAGAACAAUGCAGGACUCAGCCCUGUUAGCGAACAGAGCAAACACGCACUUGCUAUAUCUCCUGUUGAUCCACCUGGCACCCCUGUCUGCAUUGAUGUGACCAGAGACUCAGUCACCCUGCAGUGGGAAAUCCCCAAGAAAGAUGGCGGAAGCAAAAUUGUGGCCUACAGUGUGGAGAGGCGCCAAGGCAGAGGAAAAUGGCUGCGCUGCAACUUCACUGAUGUCAGUGAGACCCAAUUCACUAUAACUGGACUGUACGCUGGAGACAGAUACGAAUUCAGAGUGAUUGCCAGGAAUGCUGUGGGUACAGUCAGUCCACCAUCUAAUACCUCUGGAUACAUUAUGACCAAGGAUGAGAGCAUUACUCCUGAAAUUGAGUGGGCUUCAGACCAGGUGCUCACCCUGAGGGCUGGAGAGCAUGUUAAGCUCGCCUGCAAAAUCACUGGGCGUCCUGUCCCCCAGGUUGUCUGGUACAAGGAUGGCAAAGAAAUUGACAAGAGGACCAUGAUUGAUAUUGAAAUCACCACCGGCAUUGGCACCAGCAGUGUCUUUGUCCGUGAUGCUGACAGGAACCACCGUGGCAUCUACACUGUGGAAGCCAAGAACAGCUCCGGUACCAGGAAGGCUGAUGUCAACGUCAGAGUACAAGAUACCCCUGGACCUGUUGAGGGUCCAAUCCGCUUCACUGGCAUCACCGCUGACAAGUGCACCGUGUGGUGGAACCCACCGGAGAACGAUGGCUGUGCUGCCAUCCUGCACUAUGUGGUGGAGAAGAGGGAGACAUCAAGACUCUCCUGGGCCUUGGUCACCUCCAAAUGCGAAGCCUGUUCUUACAAUGCCACAAACCUUAUCAAGGGCAAUGAGUACCAGUUUAGAAUCUCUGCUGUCAACAAGUUUGGUGUUGGCAAACCACUGGACUCUGAUCCUGUCAUUGCACAGAUGCAGUACACUAUACCCGAUGCCCCUGGUACCCCAGAUGCCUCUCAUGUCACAGGAAACAGCAUCACCUUGGGCUGGACCAGGCCAAGGACAGACGGAGGUAAUGAAAUCAAACAUUACAUCCUUGAAAGGAGAGAAAAGAAGAGUCUGCGCUGGCUGAAGGUAUCCUCCAAGCGGCCCAUCACAGAGCUGAGACACCGUGUCACCAACCUCACGGAGGGCAACGAGUAUGAGUUCCGUGUCAUGGCUGAAAAUGGCGCCGGCAUCGGACCAGCCAGCAGUACCUCCAGGCUCUUUAAGUGCAGGGAGCCAACCAGUACUCCCAGUGCUCCCACAGUAAUCAAGGUCAUUGACUCCACCAAGUCCUCGAUCACCCUGGAAUGGACCAAGCCAGUCUUUGACGGCGGCAUGGAAAUCAUCGGUUAUAAUAUUGACAUGUGCAAGGCCAGUCUAGAAGAGUGGCACAGAGUCAACAAGCAGACUUGCAUCCACACCAGGUACACAGCCAAGGGCCUGGUUGCUGGAGAGCUGUACAAGUUCAGAGUCAGUGCUGUGAAUGGAUCUGGAGAGGGUGAAUCCUCAAUGAUGCCUAACGCUGUUCAGGCCCUUGAUAGACUUACAUCUCCUGAGAUCGACAUUGAUGCCAACUUCAAGCAGACUCACAUUGUGAAAAAUGGCGGGUCAGUCACACUCUCCAUUGCCUUCCGUGGCAAACCAGCUCCUCUUGCUACCUGGUCCAAGGUAGACAGUGAGCUGCCAGUCAUGGCAGACAUCAACACAACAGAUUGCUGCUCCACUCUGACCAUUGAGGGCUGCACAAGGUACGAGGCUGGCAAAUACACCCUGUCUCUGGAGAAUAACUGUGGACGCAAGUCCAUCACAUUCACUGUCAAAGUGCUGGACACACCUGGGCCCCCAGGAGCCAUCACCUUUAAAGACGUUACCCGCGGAGCCAUGACAGUUAUGUGGGAUGCCCCCACAACUGAUGGUGGAGCUCGUGUCCACCACUACAUUGUGGACAGGCGUGAAGCCAGCCGCCUGGCCUGGCAAGAAGUCAGCACCAAGUGCUCUCGACAGAUGUUCAGGGUAGUUGGUCUUGAUAUUGGUGUACCUUAUCUCUUCAGGGUGAUUGCUGUUAACCAGUAUGGCCAGGGAGAACCUCACGAGAUGUCAGAGCCUGUUACUGCUACAGAAGAACCUGCACCACCCAAGAGAGUGGAUGUUGUUGACACCAGCAGUUCAACAGCCUCCCUGGUGUGGCUGAAGCCUGAGCAUGAUGGAGGUAGCCGCGUUAGAGGCUAUAUCGUUGAAUUAAGAGCCAAAGGCACCGACCGCUGGAUUGUUGGUGGAGAGACUAAGUCUCUGAAGAUGCUGGUGGAGGGUCUGAUCGAGAAUACUGAGUAUGACUUUAGAGUCAAGGCAAAGAAUGAUGCUGGAAUCAGUGAGCCCCAAGGCACCUUGAGCUCUGUAGUCAUCAAAGAGCCUCGUAUUGAACCAACUGCUGACCUCAGCGGCAUCACUAACCAGCUCAUCACCUGCAAAAUCUCCAACACCUUCACUAUCGAUAUCCCCAUCAGUGGCAGGCCCGCACCCAAGGUAACCUGGAAGCUGGAGGAGAUGAAGUUGAAGGAGACCGACAGAGUCUGCAUUAGAACCACCAAGGAGACAACCACUCUGAUCGUCAGAGACAGCAAGAGAAGUGACAGCGGCAAGUACUACCUGGUCUUGGAGAAUUCUGCCGGUGUGAAGACGUUCACAGUGACGGUACUUAUUGUUGGCAGACCAAGUCCACCCACAGGCCCUGUCGUAAUCUCUGGGGUCUCCUCAGAGUCUUGCAGUCUGGCCUGGUCUGAGCCAGCUGAUGAUGGUGGCUCGGAAAUCUCCAACUAUAUUGUUGAAAAACGGGAGUCUGGCUCUGCAUCCUGGCAAGUGGUCAACUCCAGUGUCCAGAGAACCACCAUUAAAGUUACUCAUCUCACCAAGUACAUGGAGUACACUUUCAGAGUGUGUGCUGAGAACAAGUUUGGAGUCAGCAAGUCUACUGAGUCUGCUCCUGUUGUCAUUGAGCAUCCAUUUAUUCCUCCAAGUCCUCCAAGUCGUCCAGAUGUGGUGUCUGUGUCCGCCAAUGUCAUCAACAUCAAAUGGGAUGUUCCAUAUGCCGAUGGUGGCAGCCAGGUGUCAGGCUACUGGAUUGAGAAGAAGGAGAGGAACACCAUCUUGUGGGUGAGAGAGAACAAGCUGCCCUGCCUGGAGUGCCACUACAAGGUCUCCAACCUGAUUGAGGGCCUGGAGUACCAGUUCAGGGCGUAUGCCAUGAACAUCGCCGGACUCAGCAAGGCCAGCGAGGCCUCCAGACCUGUGAUCGCACUCAAUCCUGUUGAUCCUCCUGGUAAACCUGAGGUCACUGACAUCUCACGCUCCUCCGUGUCAUUGUGCUGGACCGUGCCCUUCAAUGAUGGCGGCAGCAAGAUUGUUGGUUAUGUGGUGGAGAGGAAAGUCUACAGCACAGACGAGUGGGACGACAACCGCUGGCUCAAGUGCAACUACACCACCAUCACCGAGAACUACUUCACUGUCAUCAACCUUGUAGAGGGAGAGACCUUGGAGUACCGCGUCAUCGCCAAGAAUGCUGCCGGCGUCCACAGUGUGCCCUCUGAGUCCACUGGACCCGUCACUUGCAAGGACGAAUACUCUCCUCCUAAGGCUGAGCUGGACAGCAAGCUGAUCGGUGAGACCGUCACCGUCAUGGCUGGCUCCGACCUGGUCCUGGAUGGUGCUGUGGGUGGUAAACCAGAGCCCACAGUAUACUGGGCAAAGGGUGACAAGAUCCUUGAGCUUGGAGAGAAAUACUCUCUGACGUACACCUCCACCAGAGCCAUGGCUGUCAUCAAGAGCUGUGACAGAUACGACACAGGCAGAUACAUCCUGACUGUCAAGAACGCCAGCGGAAUCAAGACUGCUUCCGUCAGCGUCAAAGUCCUUGACACUCCUGGAGCUCCAGCUGAUAAACUUGUGAUCAGCAGAGUGACAGAGGAGAAGUGUACAGUUUCCUGGAAGAUCCCUCUGGAGGAUGGUGGAGACUUAGUCACCCACUACAUCGUGGAGCGUCGUGAGACCAGCAGACUGAACUGGGUCAUCAUGGAGCCCGAGUGCAAGACACUCUCAUGUGUCAGCUCCAGGCUGAUCAAGAACAAUGAGUACGUCUUCAGGGUCAGAGGCGUCAACAAGUACGGGCCCGGAGUUCCUCUGGAGUCUGAGCCUAUCAUCGCCAGGAACGCCUACACCAUACCAUCCUCGCCAGGCACACCAGAGGUCACAGCGGUGGGUAAGGAGCACGUCAUCAUCGAGUGGCUGAAGCCAGAGAGCGAUGGAGGCAGUGAGAUCAAAACCUACCUGGUGGACAAGCGUGAGCAGAGCAGCACCAGGUGGACUCGCGUGAAUAAGAAUUACACCAUCUAUGACACUCGUCUGAAGAUCUCCGGACUGCUGGAAGGAAGCGAGUACCAGUUCAGGGUGACCGCUGUCAAUGCUGCUGGAGACAGCCAGCCAAGUGACGCAUCCUCGUACAUCCUCUGCAAAGACCCCACAUACACCCCAGCUCCUCCAUCAAUGCCUCGCAUCACAGAUACAACCAAGCACAGCAUCAGCAUGACCUGGACCAGGCCCAUGUACGACGGUGGCUCAGAUGUCACUGGCUAUGUCGUGGAGAUCCUUGAGGAGGGCAUUGAGCAGUGGUACCGCGCCACUGCCAAGGCUCUGAAGACCAAUGAGUACGUGGCAGCUGGCCUGGCAGCCAAUAAGAAGUACAGGUUCAGAGUCGCUGCCAUCAACAGCAAGGGCACAGGAGAGUUCAGUGACCCCAGCGCUGAGGUUGAACCUCUGGAGAGAAUUGAAAUGCCUGACCUGGAGCUGGCGGAAGACCUGAAGAAAACAGUGUGUCUGCGUGCCGGAGGAACUCUGCGUCUGGUUGUGUUUGUCAAUGGCAGGCCGACACCUGUGGUGGCCUGGAGGAAAACGGGUGUGGAGCUGCAGACCCGCGGCUUCAUCGAAACCACCGAAAGCUACACAUCCCUGAUGGUGGAAAAGGUCAACCGCUAUGACUCUGGAAAAUACGUAGUGGAGGCAGAGAACCCAUCUGGCAAGAAGACUGCCAUCAUCUUGGUUAAAGUUUACGACACUCCUGGUCCUCCAAGUUCUGUGAAGGUGAAGGACUACACCAAGGAGUCUGUAGUGAUCACUUGGGAUGUCCCAAGCAUCGACGGUGGCGCUCAUGUCAGCAACUACAUUGUAGAGAAACGUGAUGCCAACAUGAAGUCAUAUAAGACAGUCACCACAGAGUGUAGGAAGACCCUGUUCAGGAUCACUGGUCUGGAGGAGGGUCAGUUCUACUUCUUCAGAGUCCUGCCAGAGAACAUCUACGGCGUUGGCGAGCCCUGUGAGACCUCCGAGGCUGUGCUGGUGUGUGAUGUGCCAUCUGUGCCUCAGAACCUCCAAGUCUCAGACGUCACCAAGUCGACUGUCACGCUGCGCUGGGAAAGGCCGCACCACGAUGGUGCCAGCAGACUGACGGGCUACAUCAUCGAGGCCUGCAAAGUUGGCUCAGACAGGUGGAGCACUGUUGCCACAGUCAAGGCCUCAGUGUCCCAACACACCAUCCAGUCCCUGAUGGAGAACGAUCAGUAUCUCUUCAGAAUCAGAGCCACCAACAGCAGGGGAGCCAGUGAGCCCAUGGACACCGUCACCCCAGUCACCAUCCAGGACAUUAAGAUUAAGCCUUCUAUCGACAUGACAAGCAUUCCUCAGAAGAUCGUCCAUGUGCCCCGUGGAAAACCCAUCGACCUCAACAUCCCCAUCAAGGCCAAACCUCAGGCUGUCUGCUCCUGGUUCUUCAAUGGCAACCAACUGAAGGACAGCCUUGAUCGCAUCAAGAUUGAAAGCAAUGGCAAAUACACACACCUUGUCAUCCGCGAGACCACCAUCAACGACACCGGAAACUAUUCACUGCAGGUGAAGAACGCCAUCAGCAUGGCAACUGAAGUCAUCAAAGUCAUCAUCCUUGACAAACCCGGAAUCCCAGUUGGUCCAGUAAAGAUCGAGGAGAAUGACGGUGUGUCAGUGGCCAUCAGCUGGGAACCUCCAGAGAAGGAUGGUGGUGCCAACAUCAGUGGCUAUGUAGUGGAGCAACGUGACGCCCACCGGCCAGGCUGGAUCACCAUCUCGGAGUCGGUGACGCGACCUUGCUUCAAAUUCACCAGACUCAGCGAGGGAACAGAGUAUGUGUUCCGUGUUGCUGCCAUGAACCGCUUUGGUGUCGGUGGCUUCCUUCAGUCUGAGGUGGUCGAGUGCAAGAGCGCCAAGACCAUCCCUGGACCUCCAAGCACACCAGAGGUGCUUGAUGUCACACACGAGGGCAUGACUCUGACUUGGCAUGCACCCGAGGACAACGGUGGCUCCACCAUCGCAGGCUAUAUCAUUGAGCGUAAGGAGGCCCGUUCUGACAGGUGGAUGAAAAUCAGCAAGAACCCUGUCACAAUGACCCGAUACCGCUCCUCUGGCCUGAUUGAGGGCCUGGAGUAUGAGCAUCGUAUCACAGCCAUCAACUCCAGAGGAGCUGGCAAACCCAGCGAGAGCUCCGCCAUCACUGUGGCCAUGGAUCCCAUCGAACCUCCAGGUCCUCCAGUUCAGCCCAGAGUCACAGACAGCACUAGGACUUCUGUGUCUCUGGCCUGGCUGCCACCUGAAGAGGAGGGCGGCUCUGUCGUUACUGGGUACUUCAUUGAGAUGCAGAAGGUGGACCAGGUGGAAUGGACCUUGUGCAACACCACUCCCACCAAGAUGUGCGAGUACAUCCUUACCCACAUGCCCCAGGGCGCAGAGUACAAGUUCAGAGUUAUCGCCUGCAACGCUGGUGGUGCUGGAGAGCCUGCUGAGAUUUCUGGAGUGGUCAAAGUCCAGGAAAUGCUCGACUACCCCGACCUCGAGCUCGAUCAAAUAUACGAGGAGGGCUAUGUGGUGCGGCAGGGCGGAGUCAUCCGGCUGUCUGUGCCCAUUAAGGGUAAACCCAUCCCUAUAUGCAAGUGGACUAAGGAUGGCCGUGACAUCUCUCACCGGGCCAUGAUUGCUACCCAUGAUGACAUCACUGAACUGGUCAUUAAAGAAGCACACAAAGAGGAUACCGGUACCUACGACCUUCUGCUUGAGAACAAAUGCGGCAGGAAAGCCGUGUACAUCAAGGUGAAGGUGAUCGGUCGUCCAGACACUCCAGAAGGACCCCUCGAGUUUGACGACAUCCAGGCCAGAUCAGUCCGUGUCAGCUGGAGGCCACCAUCAGAUGAUGGCGGCUCCGACAUCCUGGGAUACAUUGUGGAAAGGCGUGAGGUCCCCAAGGCUGCCUGGUGUACGGUAGAUUCCAGGGUAGCCGAGACCUCACUCAUAGUGAAGGGCCUGAAGGAGAAUGUGCAGUACCACUUCAAGAUUUCUGCUGAGAACCAGUUCGGAGUCAGCAGAUCUCUCAAGUCUGACGGGCCUGUUAUGCCAAAGACACCACUCUGCCCACCAGAACCUCCAAGCAACCCACCAGAGAUCAUGGACGUGUCCAAGUCUAUGGUGUCCCUGUCCUGGGCCCGGCCCCGGGAUGAUGGAGGCUCCCGCAUCACAGGAUACUACGUGGAAAGGAGGGAGGUGUCCACAGAGAAAUGGGUCCGCCACAACAAGACCCACAUCACCACCACCAUGUACAACGUCACCGGUCUCAUCCCCGAUGCAGAGUACAUGUUUAGAGUGGUGGCUCAGAAUGACAUCGGACAGAGCGAGUCUGGUCCUGCUUCUGAGUCUGUGGUCUGCAAAGAUCCAUUUGACAAACCCAGCCAACCAGGAGAGAUUGACAUCAUCUCCAUCACCAAAGACAGCAUCACCAUCCACUGGCUCAGGCCUGAACACGAUGGUGGGAAGGAGAUUUUGGGCUACUGGAUUGAGUUCAGGCAGGCUGGAGAAAGUGCCUGGAAGAAAUGCAACAAGGAGCGCUCCAAAGAUCGUCAGUUCACCAUGGGUGGCUUGAUGGAGGCCACAGAGUACGAGUUCAGAAUCUUUGCAGAGAAUGAGACUGGAUUCAGCCGGCCACGCCGUACGCCUAUGGGCAUCAAGACCAAACUGAGUGUUGGUGAGGCUCCAGCUUUGAAGGAGGAGGUUCAAGAUGUUACUACAAAGCUUGGCGAGUCCGGCACUCUGACCUGUGGCAUCAUUGGCAGACCUUUGCCUGAGAUCAAAUGGUACCGCUACGGCAAGGAACUGAUCCAGAGCCGCAAGUACAAGAUGAGCUCAGAUGGCCGUAACCACUCACUUAGCAUUCUGACCGAUGAACAGGAAGAUGAAGGCAUGUACACCUGCAGAGCCAUGAAUGAAGCCGGGGAGGUUGAAACUAGUGGCAAACUGCGCCUGCAAGCUGCACCCCAGUUCCAUCCUGGUUUCCCUCUUAAGGAGAAGUACUAUGCUGGGGCAGGUACCAGCCUCCGCCUUCAUGUUGUUUACAUUGGACGCCCGAUCCCUCAGAUCAUGUGGUUCUAUGGAAAGAAGCCUCUGAACGCCUCAGAGAAUGUGAUCAUUGAAAACACGGAAAGCUACACACACCUUGUUGUAAGGAACGUCCAGAGGAAGACCAACGCCGGCCGUUACAAAGUGCAGCUCAGCAAUGGAUUUGGAACCGUUGACACCAGCCUGCGUGUUGAAAUCCAAGAUAAACCAUGCAUACCUGAGGGUCCUGUGGUCGUUGAUGCUCUGCUGAAGAGCUCAAUGAUAAUCAGCUGGAAAGCUCCGAAGGAUGACGGAGGCUCCAUGAUCACCAACUAUAUCGUGGAGAAGCGGGAGGCCAAAGAAGGCGAGCAAUGGGUCCUUGUGUCCUCCUCUGUUUCUGGCAUCACGUGUCGUGUCCCCAACCUGAUCGAGAAUGCUGGCUACUACUUCAGAGUCUCCGCCCAGAACCAGUAUGGGGUCAGCGAGUCUCUUGAGAUCCCAUCAGUGGUCAUUGUCAAGAGUCCAUUCGAAAAACCUGGCAUCCCACAGCAGCCCUUCAUCAUCAGCUCCACCAAGAACUCCUGCGUUGUCUGCUGGAAGCCUCCGAGCAGCGAUGGCGGAGCUAAAAUCACCAGCUACUACCUGGAGAAACGUGAGAAGAAGCAGAACAAGUGGAUGUCAGUAUCCAGCAAGAAGUUCGUGGAGACCAACUACGAGGUCAAAGGCCUGCUCGAGGGCUUUGAGUACGAGUUCCGUGUGAAAUGUGAAAACAUGGGUGGUGAGAGCGAAUGGAGUGAGAUAUCUGCGCCCAUCAUCCCCAAGUCAGACCAGGCUCCUCGUGCUCCUGCAUUCAGGGAGGAGAUCAGGGACAUGACCGUCAAGUACCAAGCAAACGCCACAUUUGUCACAAAGGUGGUGGGGUAUCCCUUGCCUGUAGUGAAAUGGUAUCGCAGUGGAAAGGAGAUCCUGGCAGAUGGAACCAAGAUCAAAGCCCUGGAGUUCAAGGGGGGUUACUAUCAGCUGGUCAUCACUACCGCUGAUGAGACUGAUGCCACCGUUUACCAAGUCAGAGCAACUAACUCCACAGGAUCCAUCUCUGCAACAGCCAACCUGGAAGUGGAAGUUCCUGCCAAGAUCCACCUGCCCAAAGAACUUCAGGGAAUGGGAGCAGUCCAAGCUGUCCGUGGUGAUCACAUCACCAUCAAGAUCCCAAUCACUGGCAAACCUGAGCCAGCUGUCACUUGGCAGAAGGGCCAGGAGAUCCUGUCAAACUCUGCUUAUCACCAAGUCAUAACCACCAGAUCUUUCACCUCGCUGGUCUUCCAGAAGGGAGUACAGAGGAAGGAUACUGGCUAUUACAUCAUUAAUGCAAAGAACAGAUUUGGAGCUGACAAGCAGACUAUCGAGGUGAAUGUGGCUGACAUACCUGACGCUCCAAAGGCACUUGUUGUCAGCGACAUUUCUCGGGACUCGAUCACCUUGACCUGGGAGCCACCUGCUAACGAUGGUGGAAGUGACAUCAUUAACUACGUGGUGGAGAAGCUUCCUACCAGUGGUGAUAGAUGGAUCCGCACAGGACAGUCAGCUGACUGCAGCAUCACCAUCAUUAACAUAUUCGGAAAGACCAAGUACCAGUUCCGUGUCCUCGCUGAAAACCAGUUCGGCCUAAGUGCUCCUUCUCAGCCAACUGAGCCCAUUACAACCAAGGAAGACAAAUCUGUGAUCAGGAACUAUGACGAGGAGGUUGACGAAACCAGAGAGAUUACUAAGGAGGAGGCUCUGUUCUACAAGGUGAAGGAGCUGUCUUCCAAGUACACCAUCUCUGAGGAACUUGCUCGCUGCCAGUUUGGAGCUGUUUAUCGCUGUGUCGAGAUUGCCACAAAGAAGACCUUUAUGGCCAAAUUUAUCAAAGUCAAAGGUACUGACCGUGAGUUGGUUCUCAGGGAAAUUGAAGCCCUGAAUAUGGCAAGACAUAUGAAUAUCAUUUACCUUUAUGAAUACUUUGAGAGCAUGGAAGAGAUCAUUCUGAUCUUUGAAUUCGUCUCUGGAGUUGACAUCUUUGAACGCCUUGGUACCAGCAACUUUGAGCUCUCAGAGCAGGAAAUUGUCCGCUACUUAAGACAAGUCUGCUCGGCUCUCAAAUUCAUGCAUAGCCAUAACUUUGGCCACUUUGAGAUCCGCCCAGAUAACAUUGUCUAUACAACAAGAAGAAGCAGUAACAUAAAGAUAAUCGAGAUGGGCCAGUCAAGGCUGAUGGUUCCAGGAGAAAACAUCAGAAUGAUGUUCUCAGCUCCAGAGUACUGUGCCCCUGAGGUGCAUCGCCACGACCAGGUCACAACAGCCACUGAUAUGUGGUCUGUUGGUGUUAUGGCCUACGUUUUGCUCGGUGGCCUUAAUCCAUUUGCAGCAGAGUCAGUGACAAAGAUGAUUGAGAACAUCUCCAACUGUGAGUACAUAUUUGACAGAGAAGCAUUUAAGGACAUCAGCAUGGAGGCUAUGGACUUUGUGGACAGACUUCUGGUCAAGGACAGGAAGCUCCGUAUGACUGCCCAAGAGGCUCUGGAUCACCCAUGGCUCAAGAUGAAGAUUGAGCUAGUCAGCUCUAAGGCAAUUAGGACACUCAGGCAUAGAAGAUACUACCAAAGUCUGGUAAAGAAGACAGACACGAUUGUAUCAGCAGCUCGUGUUGCCUUUGGUGGUGCCUUCAAAAACCAGAGAGGACUGGCUGUUGGUAGAGUCAAGAUUGGAACCGAGUAUCGUGGCCUCCGUGCUGGUCCUGUCAUGCAUGGCUCAGCUGAGGAAGGUGGCCAUGUGAGAUUCACUUGCAGCAUUGUAGACUAUGACAAGAGUACUCAGGUGUCUUGGUACUUUGGUAACCGUCAACUACACCAAAGCACCAAGUAUGAAAUUACCUUCAGUAAUGGCUUUGCCAGCAUCUAUGUAAAAGACAUCGAAGAGAGCGAUGACGGAGUGUACAGAUGCAAGGUGGUGAGUGAUGAUGGCGAGGACAGUGCAUAUGGAGAGCUCUUUGUUGAAUCAGUUAGGAGCAUCAGAGAGCACUACAUCAGCCGAUCCAUCAAGAAACUUAGGAGGAGAGUCGACAAGACUAAAAUCCUGCAGAGACCGCCAGAGUUCACUCUGCCUCUCUACAACCGCACAGCCUACAUUGGCGAAGAUGUGCGUUUUGGUGUCACUAUUACUGUACACCCUGAGCCCCAUGUGACCUGGCUUAAGAAUGGAGAGAAGAUUAAGCCAGGGAAGGAUGAGCACAAGUAUACAUUCACCACUGAUAAGGGUCUGUACCAGCUGAUGAUCCACAGCCUGGACCUGAAUGAUGAUGCUGAAUACACUGUCAUGGCCAACAACAAGUUUGGAGAAGACAGCUGCAAGGCCCGGCUCACUGUGGUACCUCAUCCUGUGACGGAGGAAACUAUGAGACCCAUGUUCAAACGUCUGCUGGCCAAUGUUGAGUGUGUUGAAGGACAUAGUGUACGCUUUGAACUUAGAGUCUCUGGAAUCCCAACUCCUGCACUGAAAUGGGAGAAGGACGGUCAACCUCUGCAGUUUGGUUACAAGGUCAUUGUGAUAGAGGAAGAUAUUGACUUAUAUGUCCUGCAUAUCAGAGAGACUCUCCUUGAAGACUCUGGCUUGUACAAAGUUACUGCAACUAAUUAUGCUGGCUCUGCAAGCUGCCAGGCUACACUGAAGGUGGACCGUCUUACCUACACCAGGAGAGAGUACAAGAGUGAGGAGGAAAAAUACAGACAUGUACAAAAACAAAUUGAAAAGACUAACAAGAUGGCUAUGCAAAUUGUUGCCACCGAAGAGGUCACAGCUUUCAACCCCACCGCCCAGGAAGCUCUUAAAUUUGCUGCAGAGAUGUACAAGCCUGCAGUGAGCACCAAGAAUGUUGAGGGUGAGUUCGACAUCAGAGAGGAGAAGUCAGAGACCAAGAAGCUGGAGGAGGAAAGGAGAAUCUUCAUGCCAUAUGAGAUCCCUGAGCCCCAGGUUCAUGAUCCCAGAGUUCUGGAUGAAGACAAGGCUAUCAAGCAGUUUGUGCCUCUUUCUGACAUGAAGUGGUACAGAAAAAUAAGAGACCAGUACGAGGUCCCAGAAAGGAUGGAGAGGAUUGUGCAGAAGAGGCAGAGACGAAUUCGCCUCUCCAGAUGGGAGCAGUUCUAUGUCAUGCCCCUGCCAAGAAUCACCGACCAGUACAGGCCAAGAUGGCGUAUUCCAAAACUCAGUCUGGAUGAUCUGGAGACUGUCAGGCCUGCCCGCCGCUCUCCCUCUCCUGAAUCUGAAGUCUCCUUCAGGUCCAGGAGGAGGUCUCUGGGAGACCUCAGUGAUGAGGAUAUGAUGAUGCCUGUGGAAGAUUACCUUUCAAUGAAGAGAACAGAAGAGGAGGAAAUGAUGCUAGAAGAUGAGCUUGAGCUUGGCUUCUCUGCCUCUCCUGCAGGCAGCCCUGUCCGCAUGCAGCGGCGUGCCAUGGCACGUGAAGAGAGGAGGAUGGAGGUCAGGCAAGAGGCUGUUGAGGUGACUGAAACAAAGAAGAAACGUACUAUUUCUCAGUACAUGAGAAGGAGAAGGUCUCUGUCUCCCACAUACAUUGAGCUAAUGCGUCCAGUUUCUGAGCUGAUCAGACCACUGCGCCCCAGACCUGUUGAGGUAGAGGGUGAGGUUGUGGUGAGAAGGUCCCCUACACCUGAGAGGACCCGCCCCCGCUCUCCCAGCCCAAUCAGGUCAGUUGAGAGGUCAUCCCGGUCCUCCUCCAGGUUUGAGCGGUCUGCCCGCUUUGACAUCAUGUCCCGCUACGAGGCCCGAAAGGCUGCUCUGAAGUCUGAGAGGAAAUACGAGGUGGUUAGCCAGACUCCUUUCAGUCUGGACCAUAUUCCACGUGUGACCGUCAGGAUGCGCUCACACCGUGUACCCAUUGGCCAGGACACCAAGUUCACUCUGAACAUCCAAUCUAAGCCAGAGGCUGAAGUCAUGUGGUUCCACAACGGAGCUGCUAUUUCUGAAAGCAGUGAGAAAUACAUCUUUGCCAAUAUGAGCGGUGUCCUUUCCAUCACCAUUCUGGAAUGCCAGGAAGAGGACAGUGGAACAUACCGCUGUGUGUGCUCCAACUCCAAGGGAGAAUCUUCCGACUAUGCCACCCUUGACGUGUCAGGUGGGGGUUACACCACCUUCUCCUCUCGCCGUAGGGAUGAUGAAGCUCCAAAACCUCGCGUUCCUGAAAUCAACAAGAUUGACCACUACCACACAACCCACUUCAAAGCUGGCUAUGCCUCUGAAACUCACUUAAAGGUAGAAGAGAGCAAAUCUAAGCUAACUGAGACACAUGAAGUUGUUACACGUGAGAGAUAUGCUGCCUCCUCUGCUGAGAGGUACUCCUCUGCUGAGAGGUACUCUUCUGCUGAGAGGUUCUCCUCUGCUGAAAGGUAUGACUCAUCCAUCAGGUUUGCCUCUGCUGACUACCUAUCAUCUGGUUCCUCCUACUCAUCUGACAAAUUUUCCUUGACUGGGAAACACACCACAUCAGAAGCUAAACUGAAGUCAUCUGCUGCUGCUGUUACGGAGGAGGCUGUUGUCACAAAGGUGAAGCCGUCUCUUCCUGCAAGAAUGCUAACCAAGCCCCAGUCUUUGACGGUUGCUGAGGGAGAGACAGCCAAAUUCUCCUGUGAUAUUGACGGGGAGCCUGCACCAACUGUAACAUGGAUGCACGAGACCAGAACCGUUGUCACAUCUCACCGCAUCCAGGUCACCACCACUCAGUACAAGUCCAGCUUUGAGAUCUCCUCUGUGACAAUCUCAGAUGAAGGCAGCUACACUGUUGUGGUGGAGAACUCAGCGGGCAGACAAGAGGCUCACUUCAGCUUGACCAUCCGCAGACCUGCUCCUAAAGAGGAAGUCAAGGCUGUCAAAUCCCCUGAACCAUCUAUAAAGUCACCCACUCCAAGUGUUAAAUCACCAGAACCUUCAGUAACAUCACCUUCUCCCUCUGCAACCUCUCCUAUCCCCAGUGUCAAGUCCCCCACUCCCAGUGUGAAGUCACCAACACCAGGUGUGAAAUCCCCUACACCAAGUGUGAAGUCUCCUGAACCAGAGGGAAUUAAAUCUCCAAGGAGUGUCAAGUCACCUGAGCCUGCUGCACCCUCUCCAGCACCUGGCAUAAAGUCACCAGCUCCAAGUGUUAAAUCUCCUGAACCUGAAGGAGUGAAGUCACCCCAAGGCAUAAAAUCUCCUGAGCCCAGACUGAAGUCCCCACUUCAAAAGUCUCCAGAGAGAGUGAAGUCACCUGAAACAGAGGAAGUGAAAUCCCCUCGAGGAGUCAAAUCUCCAGAACCCGCUGGAAUCAGAUCACCAAGAGGCCUCAAGUCCCCAGAACCCGCUGGAAUCAAAUCCCUGAGAGGCAUCAAGUCCCCAGAGCCUCCCGGCAUCAAAUCACCAAGAGCACUGAAAUCCCCUGAACCUGAGGGGAUCAAAUCACCUCUCAGGAUGAAAUCACCUCCUCCCAUCAUGUCCCCCAAGAGAGUUGUGUCUCCACCCACUGUAAAAUCCCCAAUUCCAAAACCUCCCAAGGUUCUUAGUCAGCUCAAAGCUGAGGCCUUUGAGGAGUCAGUGAAGAUGUGCUGCAUCUGCGAGAGCAGUGUCAGGGAGGUGGUGUGGUACGUCAACGGGAGGAGGCUUUCACAGAGCAGUCGCUUUGAGAUGCAGUACUCUGAAGGCUCCUGCAGCCUUCUUAUCCACGAUUUAGCAGACAGCGAUCAGGGAGAGUACAUCUGUGAGAUGACGUCUGAAGGAGGUGUUUCCAAAUCCUCCUUCUCCUUCACUGGACAGACGUUCCAGUCCAUACGAAUGAAGGUCACAGCUCACCGUGAGCAGCAGCUGGCACUUAGAGGGUCCAUGAUGAUGAGUCACAAGGAGGCUUCAUCGUCCAUGAGCUCAUCCAUGAUGAUGAAGAAAGAAAUGCACACAAUGGAGGAGUCCUCUGCUUUCUCAUCCUCCAGCCAGCAGGCCCUGAUGUCAUCCAUGAUGGAGUCUAGCUCCUUCAGCAGCAUGGCAGCUGAGAUGAAGUUUGAGACCAUGUCCAUGUCCAGCAUGUCAUCAAUGGCAUCUGAGUCAUACGCCAUGAGCUCCAGCAGCAUGACGGAGAUGGCCUCUCACAUGGAGGGAUCCACGUUCAGACCAAUUGGGUGUGCUCCCAGGAUCGAGGCACUGCCAGAAGACAUCAGCAUUGAGCCUGGUAAAGUCCUUACAGUUGCCUGCGCAUUCUCUGGUGAUGCCAAACACAUCGAAUGGUCACGAAGCGGGAGAACCAUCGAGGUGAUUGCUGGUGGACGCUUCCACAUCGAGACCUCAGAGGACCUAACCACUCUCAUCAUCACCGGAGUGAGGGAGGAAGAUGCUGGAACCUACACCCUCAAACUGUCCAACGAGCUUGGAUCCGACACAGCGACUGUUCACAUAAGCAUUCGAUCAGCGUAAAAAGAAAACAAAAAAAACAACUAAUCUUUCAAUCUUCCCCUUUUCCCUACUUCCGUGCCUUUUUAUUUAUUGAUUAAGCAAAAUAAUCUACUUGAUAAAGAUCUGGAUUUCUGUUCUUGUAAAUAUAAACUAUUUUUGUACCAAACUUGACAUUAAUUUAUGCCAAACUAGACUCAAGUCUAAAGUUGUUAUAAGAUGUGCCAUAUUGGAUAAAUAUGACUUAGGAUUUUUGAUCCAUUUUUCUGUGACAUGUACAUAAUGUAUAUAGCCGAAUUGAACGGUUAUGGAAAUGUAUGCAUUGUUAUUUAUGACAAUAAUAUUAACUGAAACAAAAUGAAACUAAAUGUGGUUUAACAGGAGAAAGUUUCAAAAGGAACGAAUACCCUGUUAAACUGAGAAACUAAACUCUGUGCCUCAACGAUAAGUUGAAGUCUUAAGAUUGCCUCAACAGGUAGAGAGGCUCCCUGUUGAUGUUAACUCAAUUCGAGACGGAAAUAUGAACGCACUGCUGUAGAUGAAGAGCAGUGUUGUUGUAUUAGAACAAGAGUGUGAGAUCUUGAGUGCUGUUUGCAUAUACCCUCAUGUAAGCAGGACAACUGGACCUCGUGCUCUGACUGAAUAUGUCAUCCAGCCAUUUCAAUGACAUGCUCACAGUGCGAGCGGCCUGCACUCCCUGAGCACGUGUUUUUUUUUUUGUUUUGUGCUCUUCUUCUGGCAAACGACCACUCGAUAGGACUCUUGGGUAGUACCAUCAACCUGGCCAAUCACGAUAAUAAAAGUCCGUCGGGUGCUCGUUUGCAGAGGCAGAGCUGGCUCCUGGAGGUCUGCAGUGUGUGUGUGUGUGUGUGUGUGAGAUAGUUUUUAGGAGUUCAGUCGAGCUGAGCGUCGCCAUUUGGCCAACACCACCGCUGCUGCUUUCAACGAGGACAGAGAGAAGUCCUGCCGGCGCUCAGCACUUUGAUUUGAUUGAAGUUAGACUUGUAGCGUUGAUUAUUUUCGCAGCCUCCUCGAGUUUUUCUCCAAUUAUUGAUUUAAUAAAGCAUGAUUAUCAGCACUACA